AUGCACGACUACCCUCCUCUCGUGUCUGGAGCCCUUCAGCUACUCUUUAGGCACUUUAGUCAGAGGCAAGAAGUCCUUCAGGCCUUUAAACAGGUAAAUGUAGUGUUCUAUACCAUCCACACUUUCACUCUAAAUUUGUGAGAUGAUGCAAGGGUGUUAUGCAACUAAUGGAUUGCAAUUCAUGUAAGGUCCAACUGCUUGUCACCAGCCAAGAUGUGGACAACUACAAGCAGAUAAAGCAAGAUUUGGAUCAGUUGAGAUCAAUUGUGGAAAAAUCCGAACUCUGGGUGUACAAAGGCCAGGGACCUGAUGAAACGAUGGAUGUAACGACAGGAGAGAAUGAACAUAAGAAAAAGGAGGUAAGAAUAGCUUUUGUCUUUGUUGCAUUGCCGGUGUAACGUAGUGGUCAAGAGCAGGAGAGUUCAAAUUUCAUCUCAGCCGGAAGCUAUAUACAGUAAUGGUGGCUUUGGGGCAAAUUGCUUUCUUGCAGUCUUCAUUUUGUGUGCUGCCCUCUGCUCCCGAACAAUGUCAUUGCCUAACUCAGAUGGCUUUUGUGAAGGUUGACUGGGUUGAUUAAGAUGAAUAACAUUUCAAUGUUGUACACAACCUUAAAAGUAUUAUAUUUUAAACAUAAGUUCUAAAAGACUUUAGCAAAGUUAUGCUAUAAUCAUAGUUUUAUCAUUUUGAUUUCCCUCUCUUCUCCUCCCACCCCUCUCUCCGUCUUCUUACACCUUUGUUGUUGUUGUUGCUGCUGUUUUUUCAUUUCACAGUUUGUUUAUUCCCCCUGCUCCCGGCCAGUUGUAUCGUUGUUCAUGUUUGUGCAAUAUAUUAUUAAAGCUACAUUUACAUAUUUAUUCAUUUUUAAUUCAUGGGAAUCCUGAAGAUUUCCUCUAAGAGGUUUCUUGGUCUGUUUCCCAGCUGCUUUUAACCCUAAAAUCUGAUUGUCUCCUUUUUUAUUCCAUUCAUCAUGUUAUAUAUGCCUCCUCUAACCUCCGUCCCCUGUCCCUAUGGCUAAACCAUCUCUUCCAUAGCUAUUCACAUUAAACUAAAAUUUAGAAUAAAAGACCAAUAACACAAUGUACAUAUGUGUAAUAUCUCCUCACUGCUUACUUGCAAACAGUACCACUAAUCAUACUGUGCCUUUAAUGUAACUAGUAUUUUUUUUUUAAAUGCUGCAGUUAUAUUAUUGUGCUGCUAUAAGAUUUAUCCAUUUAAAGGAAUUGGGGGGGGGGAUGGAUAUAUAUGCCUUAGGUAAAUAGCACGAGUGUGUGACUUGAUAAUUUGUGAACACUCACGGUAGAAAUACCUGUUAGCAUUUCACUCCUCCGUAGCUGGAUGUGUGAUUGUUACAUCACAUGUCAGUGUUUACUUUCUAGGCUUGGAAAUUGUGAGAACGGAAGUCAGUCUUAUCUCUCUUCCGCUGUACUGUACUUUUGUACUUUCUUUCUCUCUCUCUCUUGGAGAAGAAGUAAGAGGACGCCAUGGUUGCUUUGUCCUGUAUAUAUUGCUUAAUAAAUCACUUAGAAUGCCACACUCACACUCCACAAUCAUUUCUGCUAUACUCUGCUGAGUGAGUGUGCACAUGUCUUUUGAUAUGUGUCGCUGGUGUGCACCGGAACUGAUUUGUGAAUGUCCCGGGCUACGCUUCAUCAGGAAGAUACCCAGAGAGGUCUGUCUCAUUCCGGGGGCUGCAUGUGCCCCCCAGGUGUGUUCCGACAACACCGCUGUUAAGUUUGUGUUAAAACUGAAUAUUGGUGAAGAGAGAAAGGUUGGUAAAAGUUUUAAAACUUCUGGAGAGUUUUUGGUGCGAAAUAGCUGCUAAAAUUUGUACUAAUGAUCACCAGAAUGGGGAGGAGGGGAAUGUAAUAAAUUAAUAAAUCUUGCUUGUCCCCUAGGAAGGCCACAGCAAAUCACGGAAACCCGAAAGCACUAGUAGCUAUAAUUACAGGGUGGUCAAAGAGGUAAGACUCAUCCUUUCCCAGCUGCCCAUUACUUUUGCCUUCUUCUUCUUUUCUAUGAGUUGAGGAAUGCUAUGAAUGCUAUGAAUAUAUACCAUGCACCUUUUCCUGUCUGAAUAUGGAAUAUUCCUUGCCUCCUAGAAGAUAAUAGGCCACUGCAUACAAAGAGCUCUGUGCAUAUACUGGAGCCUUUGUAUGCCAAAUGAGUUGUUGGAUCAUGGCACCUGGGUGUAUAGUAUUUAUAAUAACUUGGUUUAACUAAAUCAUUAAACUCUCAUAGUGCUAUGGACUAGACUAAUGAAGUACGGACAAUUAAUGUAUGUGUUAAUGGUUUAUAUAAUUCAUGCACUAAAAUGUACUCAAAGUGCGAGAUUUAAAAUAAUCUACACAGGUUUACUACUGGUUUUUAGAAAGAAAGUAAGAAAAAUCUUAUGCAACAUUGUUGUAUAAUUUCCAUGGACAGUCUUUCAGUCUUAACAUUAAUUCUAGGGUUAUAUUCAGGGUUGUGUACAUGAGGUAUAAAUUAGUAUACAUGAGGUAUAAAUUGUAUACAUGAGGUAUAAAUUAGGCAAAAGAAUCAACUUUGUCCACAGCAUUCUGCUUCUUUUGGUCCUUUUGGAAAGGGCAAGGAAGUUGUGUGAUGCAAAGAAGGCUUGAUCCCUAUGCACUGGAAAUAAUACUUACUGACAUGAGAGUUUUGCCUGGUUUUGUGUAAACCACCCUCUUCCCCCCUCCCCCACAUAUACAAGUGUUUUAGAUUGAAUCUCCCAUUAACUCCAAUCAGCAUGGCCAACAGGAGUUGUAGUCUGAAACAUCUGGAAGGCACCAGAAGACUUGUCAUUGUAGCACUAAAAAGCGGACACUCAUUUUCCUUGGUAAAGGAAAGCCAAGAUACCUUAGCCAGUGCCAGUUUCCUGUACAUGCAUGGUGCAAUACAUGUCAUCCAAAUGUAAUUGCUGUGUCAGUUGCAUGCAACAUGGUGUACACGUUUUUGUCUUUAUCUCCUUAAUUUCACUCUGCUUGUUUAAUGUUAUUCUGUGAUUUGUUGAAAGCGAGCUUUUCCUCCAGCCUGUCUGGGGGGGGGGGGGGACCAUUAGUAUGUCAUCUGGCUCUAAAAGAAAUGUGUUUCUGCAGAUUUUGCUUCGACUUAGCAAGCUUUGUGUACAAGAAAGCAUCUUGGUCAGGAAAAGCCGGAAGCAGCAACAGAGGUUGCUCCGAAACAUGGGAGCUCACACUGUGGUCCUGGAGCUCUUACAGAUCCCGUAUGAGAAAGUGAGGUUUGCAUGCAUCAGUUACUUUACAAUCCAUCAACAAACCACUAAAGUGUCUUUAGAUCUUCCUAAAAGUUGUCUCUUACAAGUUGCAUUGAACAUCAAAGGAGCAGUUGCUAAAUAUUCAUGUCUUAACGAAUAAUUCAUUUGUUUGGGGUUUAUUGAAGCAUACAUUAAUUAUUGCAAGGAUAAACAAAAUAGAAACUAAGGUUUAUAUAGUCUUUCCUGGCUGUCUCAAGGAAGCAUUGGGCAUAACAUUACAAAGGUGCCCCCAAGGUUUCUGAGUUUUUCUAGUACAAAUUCUUCAUAAGUCAGCUGAGGACUUUCCAAGCCUCCUUUUUACUGUGGAAAGACAAAUUGAAGCUGUAUAGUUCACACAGUGGUCAUUAUUCUAAGUCACAGCAACAAGUUGGUUUACUUCUUUAAAUGUCCUUAUAAAAGGGCAGUAUGCUAUAUCUGCUUCCAGAAUGGCCAGUCAGAUGAAGAUAAUGGAGGCACAUGUUGCUGUGGUUCAGAAGGGGGGGUGAUAUGUAUUCCAUUUUUAGUCUUGAAGUCCUCUAGUCCACACGAAGAAAAGCAUUGUGCUGGAGAAACUGAGAAGGAAGGAGAUUUGUGCCUCCUUAGGCAAGGAGUCUGGACUCAUAAAUUUGGGGGGGGGGGUAAAGCAGGAGGGAAGCAAACAUAGCAGCCCUACAAGUAUUUUAGUUAAUAAGCAGAAAAAUAAAAAUAAUGCAACUGGUUCUGGCUGAUAUUUCAAGGCAUAUUAUUAUAGAUCCUAAUCCUAAUCUGACACACUGCUUGAGAUGUAAAGGUAAAGCACCCCUGACAGUUAAGUCCAGCCGCAAACGACUCUGGGGUUGCGGCGCUCAUCUUGUUUUACUGGCUGAGGGAGCCGACAUUUUUCCACAGACAGUUUUUCCAGGUCAUGUGGCCAGCAUGACUAAGCCGCUUCUGGCGAAACCAGAGCAGCGCAUGGAAACGCCAUUUACCUUCCCACCAGAGCAGUACCUAUUUAUCUACUUGCACUUUGACGUGCUUUCGAACUGCUAGGUGGGCAGGAGCUGGGGCCAAGCAACGGGAGCUCACCCCUUCGUGGGGAUUCAAACUGCCGACCUUCUGAUCGGCAAGCCCUAGGCUCUGUGGUUUAGACCACAGCGCCACCCACGUCCCCAUUUAAACAUUACAGAGCCUUUAAAAACUUAAUCUCUCGCUCUCUCCCCCCCCACCCCAAUUUAUCCCAGUUUGCAGCAUGCUUUAAAAAGGGAAUGGGAAUACUGGUAUUUUGAAAUUAGAACUGAGCAGACAGGUCAGUUUGCUUAAGCACCUCGUAAAUCAAUUUAACUUUAAUUUAUUCUGGAGCACUUGUGCCUUGUUAUUCCAGGCUGAAGAUACAAGGAUGCAGGAGAUCAUGAAGCUCGCCCAUGCAUUCCUGCAGAACUUCUGUGCUGGCAACCAACAGAACCAAGCAUUGCUCCACAAGCAUAUAAACCUGUUUCUCAACCCUGGGGUAAGAAGUUAACUGAAAAAUAUAGAAAAGAAUACAAACCUUUUCCUGAUUGGGGGCUGUAACCAGAGUUACUUUAGAGUGGAAAUCCGCUUUUGCAAAGUAGCUUCCCACACCACACACCCUGCCCUGCUUACUGCUACCCCCUAUGUUCUCCAAAAGCUCUCCUGGGGGCUGCUUCUAGUUUUCCAAGCUGCUUUGUUUAAUUUCUUACAAGCCCACCACCACUGCUAUGGCAUUUCGGCACUUUACAGCCUUUUCAUGAGUUUUCCAGAUUUUCAGCAGGACUACCGUUCAUUAGACAGAGUGGGACAGUCAUCUCAGGCAGCAAGGCUGUUCUUUAACCCCUAAACUAUUUCUGCUGAUCUCAGGUGCAUGGAGGACAGUGUCCUUUCCCCAGUGUUGUAGUGAGAUUGUGCUUCUGUAUGUGGAGGGGUGGGGUGGGGGAGGAAAUACGUAAUAAGUUGGAAGGAAUGAGAUGUAUUGCGUUGUGUACACUAGGCCUGCACAACUUACGCUCCUUAUGCACUACAACUUACAGUGCAGCCUGCCUUUUUCUUCUUCUUUCUACUGGUUUGUUGGAACUGCAAAAAAACAGGGAAAGUUGUAGUCUACCUGGAAGGCCACAAUACAUUGCUGCUAAGUUGCUAAUGGCAUGGUGUAGGCCUAUUGUGGGGGUUUUCUAAGGAAAAAGAGAGUUCAAGCAGUUCAGGGACAGAGGAAAAUAUCCUCUUAAAUACUUCUGUGUCAAUAUGUUCAGAAUGCCUGAUUUCUGAAUCUUCUCUGACCAAACUCGCCUUCCAUCAGCUUGCUUUCAGAAGUUUGUCUGUUAGCACUAAAUCUACUGUUCUGCUCUAAUAUGCAUUCCCUAAAAGCUUCCAAAGUGUUGUGGUGUCGACUUUGUCAGGAUUCACAUUUCUCUCUACUACUGUCCCUUUUAAUAGAUCCUGGAGGCUGUAACGAUGCAACAUAUCUUCAUGAAUAACUUCCAGCUUUGCAGCGAGAUUAAUGAGCGGGUGGUUCAACACUUUGUGCACUGUAUUGAAACUCAUGGACGGAAUGUCCAGUACAUUAAGUUCCUGCAGACAAUUGUUAAGGCCGAAGGAAAGUUCAUUAAGAAGUGCCAGGAUAUGGUCAUGGCUGAGGUGAGAAGGCUGUGUUAUACAUAUUUGUGAGCAUAAAAUCAGCCUGAGGAAAAUCCAUGCAAAGAGAAACUAGUUGGUGGACAGGCACUGCUGCCUAGGCGUCAGCAUUAUGAAACUUCAGAUUAAUUGCAAUGGGUUGUCUCCAACAAAGUUGGAAUUCAAUUAUUUAUUUUCUGGCGUUGCACGCAAGCCGUUUGCACAUAGGUGGGGAAGAUGUAUUUAUUGCUAACUUAGGAAAUAUCUGAGCAGUGUACAGUAAUAUGUAUGCAAUAGCACAUGAAGCACAGUGGGUUUUUUUUAAAAAAUAACAAAAUGUUUAGCUAAUCAGGAAUAUUUUAUUAGGAAGUCUCUCCUUAAAGAAAUCUGUGUGUCAUCAUCACCAAUGUCCGGCAGCAAAAUGAAAGACUUUUUGAUUUAACCCAUCAUUUCAUUAUAUUAACUAGGUGGUUCUUUUCUGUUUACCCUCAAUCUGGUUAUGGACUGCUUGUUUUGAAAGUUUGUAGCUUGCACCAGUCUGGUGCUUUAGUGGUGGCUUAUAAAUUUAGGAAAUAAAUAAAUAAGCGAUCAAAACAAACAUCGUAAAGUGCUUUGUACACCGAUAAAGCUGUAGAAAUCAUUAAUCUUCAGAGAGAGAUAGCAUGCAUGUUGGUGCAUAUGAAAACUUGAUUAUAUUUUCUCUGUUUUUUAUGUUUAAUGGGACAAUAAUGCUAUUCUUUCGCCAGCUUGUCAACGCGGGGGAAGAUGUCCUUGUUUUCUACAAUGACAGGGCCUCUUUUCAGACACUAGUGCAGAUGAUGAGAUCAGAACGGGACAGGAUGGAUGAAAACAGUGCUCUAAUGUAUCAUAUCCAUUUAGUUGAGCUGUUGGCUGUUUGCACUGAGGGCAAAAAUGUCUACACAGAAAUCAAGUGCAAUUCUCUCCUCCCUUUGGAUGACAUUGUUAGGGUGGUGACCCAUGAGGACUGCAUACCUGAGGUGAGGUUCUGUCCAUCGUCCUUUCUUCCCCUUCCUCAGAGGUCUCAUCCAAAUAACUCUCUGGUCACUUUUAUCACUCAAAUUUAAGGACCUGCUGCUCCCUGACAAGUUUUCUAAGAGGGGCUUAUGUAAGUCGGCAGAAGGAUUCCAAGUUAGCUUUUAAGUAUAGAACUUUAUAAUAAAUUCAAAACCUACCUAUAAAACAAUUGUUUUGCCACAUUAACCUCACUGUGGUUGUCAGUAUCCCUAUAAUACUGGGGGGAAACUACAGAAGCAGGGUUAAAUCCUGUUCACUGCAGAUUAUUCUUGUUAUCAGCAGAACAAUUAACUUUAUUAUUAGAGAUAAUUAGAUGGCCAGCCAUUACUAAGGUUUUCUUAUCGCCUGUGUUUUCCUGUCUGCAGGUUAAAAUUGCCUAUAUAAAUUUCCUGAAUCAUUGCUAUGUAGACACAGAAGUUGAAAUGAAAGAGAUUUAUACAAGCAAUCACAUGUGGAAACUCUUUGAGAAUUUCCUUGUUGACAUCUGUAGGGUAAGUGUUUUCAAUAUUUGGAAAUAUUAAAAAAGCUGAGUGACACAAAGCACCCAUAACUGACUGCUAAUCACAUCACAUCAUAUAGUUAACACUCAUGAAAGUACUAUCCAUUGCCUUAGUUUCAUACAUUUUCAUUCAUCCAUGGCUAUAGGAUUCAGUGAUAAUGAUGAUGCAUGGCCAAAGCUAAUUAUAUGUACAGAGCACAUCUGUACAUGCCUUGAAGGCUCUUCACACAGUCAAGCUUCCUAGCACUUUAGUCCUUCUCACUCUUGGGUUGCUUCUAGCUGUAACAAAAUAAAGUACGGCAAAUUGAAAUUAGGUGGGGUAAAAUUCUUUGUUCUCUUGACACGUCGUCUCUUCGUUAGAAUUUGUGGGAACUUCUGCUUUAGUUCAUGUUGCUAUAGUGUUGUACAAAUGAUGCCUACAACAAAAUGUUGCAGAGUUUAUUCUCCCUCCUAAAAUGAGCGUUUCUGUUUGGCUCUUCAGUUGGCCACUCCCUUUAAGUAGAGAGCAUUCUAUUCUCUCCCACCCUCACAAUCCAAUUUCACUUUCUAUUCCAUGACCACAGAACACGCUCUGUCCUCAACGGGCUGUUUUCUUUUGCUGCCUCAGGUUCCCCCUCUUCUUUUUGCAAACCUUGAAGUUCCCUUGAGAAUUGAGAUAUCUCACAUUUGUCAGUAGCACAAUUUUUACUACAGUCCUGGUAUCACUCGUUAUUGUCAGGAGUUUGCUGUCAGGAGUGAUGUAUCACUUGAGUUUAUGUCUAGUACAGUCUAUGGUAUUUCAGAAAGUGCAUAUCGCAAUGAUAUCAGCUUGCAUUUGUCGGGGAAUUAUCAUUAUUGUAUAGGGUUUUGUUUUUGUUUUGUUUUGUUUUAAUGUGAAUUGUUUUCCAGACUUGCAACAACACCAGUGACAGGAAGCAUGCAGAUUCUGUAUUAGAGAAGUAUGUGACUGAAAUAGUGAUGAGUAUAGUUACCACUUUCUUCAGUUCCCCAUUCUCAGAUCAAAGCACAACUCUGCAGGUAAGAAACCAAGGGGAAUCAUUUACACACACACACACAAAAAUAUUUUGUUGUACUAUUUACUAUUUGCUCCACCUGUGAAGCAGAACAGCGUUUGUGCAUCAGACUAGAACACCAACAUGAGUUUGAAAACGGUGGUGUCUUCUGAUAGUGUUUCUCUGUGGUUAACUUUACGGCAGUGAACCUUACAAAAGCAGUGAGUCCAUUGCUUCGGUCAUUUCUCAUUUCCCUAAAAGUGUGGGGGUGUGGGAGCUUCCUGCUCGUCUCUAGUACUCAUUUAGUAAUGCUGGAGUAUGGGAAAGUCCCUGGAAAACAGGAACAAUUUGACACAUUUCCCCUCCAUGCAGACUGUGUGCAUGUUUCCUGCGAUUGCCCCAGCCCCCAUGACUGAGACAUGUACUGCUGCCUAUCAAGUUGAGCAUUCUGUUUCCUAUAAUGGGCAACCAUAUGCCUGUGGGAAACCGACAACCAGCUCAGGGAGGCAUUAGCCCUCUCAUACUGCUGUUCCCAGCAACUGGUAUUCAGAGGCAUGCUGAGGUAGAAUAUUAGCCAUAGUUACUAGUAGCCAUUGAUAACCCUCCAUGAACUUGUCUCGUCCACUUUUGAAGUUGGAUGGCUGUCACCACAUCCUGUAGCAGAAAAUUCUGGCUGUUCCAAAUCUCCCACUAUUCACUUUGGAACCUCCAGAUGGUUAAGUGGUCUAUAAAUAGGAAAAAUGUAAUUUAGCUUCAUUGGAUGAGCCCAGUUCUAGUACAGUGGUACCUUGGGUUACAGAUGCUUCAGGUCACAGACUCCACUAACCCAGAAAUAGUACCUCAGGUUAAUAACUUUGCUUCAGGAUGAGAACAGAAAUCGCAUGGUACCCAUUAGCUAAAGUGGUACCUCAGGUUAAGAACAGUUCCUGGUUAAGAAAAGACCUCCAGAACGAAUUAAGUUCUUAACCCGAGGUACCACUGUAUUAAUGAAAAAGGGGGUGGGGAGGACUUCUCUCUAUCCAUUUUCUCAACACCUUGCUCCUGGUAAACUGAGAAGCUCUAUACAUUGUAAUAUUUGGUGUGAAUUUCUCUAGACCCUUAAUCACUUUGAUUGUCCUUUUCUACACCUGUCCCAGCAUUAUAAAAAAAGAUUAGGGCCAACAUAAGUGAACAUUCAUGGAAUGUUUAUGUUGACCCGUGCCUCCUAGUCCUGAACAAUGUCCUCUUAGGGUGAGGUGGCGCAGAUUGAUGCAGAAAAAUUCAAUAUCAUAUUUUAUGUAACAAAAAAUGAGUCAAAUAAUUUAUUUUUUGCUUUAUGCAUGGCAUAACUAAUCAAUAUUAUAAUAGCAAUCAAAAGAACCAUUGUGGUUAGAAGAUAACAAGAAUAUAAUGACUUGAGUAAAAAAUGGGUUUUGUAUCAUUCUGCCCCACCUACGGGGCACUUUGAUACAUUGGAUGGGGCACUUUGAUACAAAGCGUAAAUUUUAUGAGAAUGGUAACUAUUUACAAAAAUUUAAUGAAAAAACAGUUUUUAUUGUGAGAGAUCAUAAUCAGCCUUACAAUUUGUUACUUAAAAUCUAAAUAACGUAUCAAAACCAACAAUGUUUCACACAUAUCAUAGACUUUGUGGUUUUCUUAACAAAACAUCAAAACUUGUAUUAAUCUUUCCUCAAACACUUCUCCAUUUAAAAAAAAACUUUGAAAAAACUUUAAAAAGUAUAAGAACUCACAUUAGAUCAUAAAAGAAUAGUAAUUUAAACAAAAGUCUUAUAAGAAAUAAGAUAAUUACUUAAUGUUUAGCUUCUAUUGCACAUUAUAUCCACUGAAGUCAAUAGAAAAAGUACAAAGAGAUGAUGUUUGAGAUGUGCCCUUUGAGAAAUUCAGUUUUGUCAACUGCAAAACAACAUCCUUGAAAUCAACGCUUGCCUUAUCUUCUACAAUGGGGAAGACAAACAUACAAGAUCUUGGUUUUUCCUUGAGAUACGACAUUUGAAAAUCGGUCAUAUUAUAUUUAGAAAUGACUUUGGCCUCGUAGUAAACAACAGUUUUCUUUCUUUUCAAAUUCAAUGAGUAGGAAAUCUCCAACAUUUAUAUUUUCAGGAUUGGGAACAUCAAAAUUUAUAUCCUCAUCUUUUGGAAAACAGAAUAACUAGUUUAGAGAUUUUAUGCAAACUUGUAUAUUGGGGCACUAUUGUACACUAGCGGGGCACUUUUAUACGUAUUAAUGUGCCCGGUGUCUUAGUGUAUCAAAGUACCCCAAUGGACAUUUUCAAAAAACUAACGCUUAUUAAUAAAACCACUGAACUUAUUUAAAAAUCACGUGUAAUCCUGAUUACUGAGUGGAAUAACUCAGUAUUUGGUAUUUUUAAAUCUUAACUAAACGACAUAAAACAGCGUUGGAACACUUUUACAUUUCACGUACUUUUCUAGUUGGCUGCACUAAAAACACACCUACUCUCAUCAAACGCCAACAGCUAACUGGCGGGCAGCGUGUUGUAUCCGCACAUGUAUAGACACAUUUUAAUGAUGUCACGAUACAAAUAACGUUUCUCAAAAUUGAAAUGUUGCUGGUGUAUCAAUGUGCCCCGUGCAUCAAUGUGCCCCGCCUCACCCUACAUAUAAUCCCUCAAGACUAAUGCGCAGGGGGUAGCAGAAAGCCUCAUUCUUCCCCUGUCUUCCUUUGUACCAUUUCUUGCACGACUGACUUUUUCCUCCUUCCAGAGAGCUGUGUGGCAGCCUUGACAGCUGCUCAUCGGCUCCUGUCACAAUAGCAGCGAAUGGCUGAAUUCAGUGACACUUUAAUAGUAGAGGAAACUUUCCGAGUAUCUGUCAUUAGUCCUCUAAAUAGUUUUUCAUAUGGUGCCUUGUGGGUGGUUUACUAUUCUCUACACACACACCCCCACCACCAAAUGCUUCAGUUCUCACAUUUUGCAGUGGCUAUUGGAAACUCAUUCAAAAACAUGGCUAGGUUUAUGUUUGUAUUUCAUUGCAUUCUGGGUAUUUGAGCAAUACUGGCAGAUUAGCAAUUGGGAUGCAUCUGCUGGGUAUAUGUUGAUAUGCAGCUGCCAUAGACACUGUUGUGGAUCACUUUGUGCAUUGGAUGUAGAACCAUUUCUAUCUAAACCAGAGAGAAUUGUGAGAGAUAUUGCAUUUGGAGAGGUUAAAUUGAAUCAAUUUGUCCAUGCAACUGUUUUGGGAUUGUGCCUGUCAAUGGAUCCCACAGAAAUACAGGGACUUUUCCCACAGUUACGCCAGGAAAAUUGUUACUGUCCCCAUGUUGAAAUAGAGAGGAAGAUGUGAUGGCUUGAAAGUCUAUCCACGAGUGCUUGAGCUUAACCUGAAAUGACAUGGAUGGAUGUAUUUAAAUUGACUUCUCUCUAAUGUAACUGACAGUUUUAGUUCCUGUGGGUAAUGACUGCUUUUAUUUCCUGCCCAUGCUCUUUCAAAAUACGUUUCCCCCUUCUUUUCUCUAAUGCUUUUUACAUACUCUCUCCAUAUAACAGCAAUCAGUCUUUGCCAAACUAAAAGAGGUACUUUUUGGAAGCUCCUGAUCUGCUUUAGUUUCUGUGUUAGUGUCACUAACUUCCAUUAGCUAGUUGAGAUGCUUAAGAUGUAGAUAAUAGGUAUAAUAGAUAUUACUAUUUAUUAAUUGGUUUUUUUUCUACUAUUGGUAGGCUUGUCUACACAUCCCUGGAAAAUCUUCCUUUUGGGGUUGUUAGUCCUUGCUAAAAUACAGAGCUUGAACAAAAUUACUACUCCUGCUCUACAACACAGUAAUUAUAUUACUGGUUUAGGAAAUGUCAGUCAUGGGUGAGAUUUGGCACAGCAGAGUUCUGAUAAUCUCGGGGUUUCCAGCCUAUCCAUAGUGGAAAAAUAUUACAAUAUAUUCCUGUAUCUCUUUGUUCCACACCAGUUGGUUAUGUUGCUUUCAACCCUGAAGCUAGGAAUGUGGAUUUUAGAGACAUUUAAAAUAUAUAACAUAUUUUUCUGUGUAUAAGACUAUAUUUUUUCCUGAAUUUUUGAAGUUUAAAGUAAGGGGUCAUCUUAUACACGGAUAGUGCAUAGUGCAUUUUCUUAAUUUUGAAAAAUCUCUUAAUUUUGGAAAAAUAUGGUAAGUUGUGUUCCAGAACGAUCAAAAUAAAAAUAAUUAAGGAACACUUUUAAUUGUGCAAUAGAGCUUUAAUAUUUUCUUCAUCCUUCCUUAAGUUUUAAUAACAUUAUAGAGCCACCUGCUGGUCAGUUGUAAAUUUAAUUACUUUUUUCCUCCGUAAAUUCUUAAAGAAAAAUGUUUUUUCUAUCUUUUCCUUUAUCAAAUUAGCAUGUGCUGAGCAUAUCCUAGUUAAACUUGGUCAUCAAAAUCAGUCACAAUCUUUUUACUGUUUUACAAUGCAUAUGUAGCUCAGAAGCUCAAUUUGGUUUUGCUUUCAAAGUGUCUUUGGACUCCUGAACAAACCCACUAGUUUGCUUAGCAUCCUGAUAGACCCCUUAGUUCUCCAAAUAUAAGAAGAAGCUUUCGGAACUGUUCCCCUGCCUCAGACUUAUGCUUGUGUGUGUGCUUGUUUCAGACUCGCCAGCCUGUAUUUGUGCAGCUCUUGCAAGGUGUGUUCAGAGUGUAUCACUGCAACUGGCUCAUGCCUAGCCAAAAAGCAUCAGUGGAAAGCUGUAUCAGAGUACUUUCAGAUGUAGGUAAGAAAACUGUGUGCAUGCAUUUAAACAUAAUAUAUGCAAGAUCUGUCACUUUAUAUUACAUCAGUGCUUAUUAGAACACCUGUUGAGUGGCAGCAAAAGCACUCCAAGGUCCAUCUUCUCCCCUUCCCUCCACUAUUUUUAUAGUGGUUCAAGUGAUACUUUUUAUUGAGACAAUUUGUACUGAUGAGCCUAGGAGCCUUUUAAGAUUUACAGGCCAAGUUCCGUGCAAUCUCAAACUUUACUGCCCUUAGCAAUAAUAGCAAGUCCAAUAAAAUAUAUAAUUUGAACUGUUGUGUGCCCGAUCUGUCUUUGUAACCAACAACACACAUGAGAUAGUCACUUUCUAGUUGAUUUUUGAGAUGUGGCUGGCUUUAGUCCCAAGGCAUGUGGGACAAUAAGCAGAUCUGGAGUACCAUCAUUUAAUAAAGUGGUCCUGAAGUUGCCUGGCAAGCUCUUGUCCAUUUGAAAGAACAGACUUUCUUACUAAACAGAUAAAUGAGGGAUGAAAUAACCAUGCCCUACUUUGAAUACUCUCCAUAUUUAGAUGACACUAUUUUGCCAUUCUAAACCUUCUACAAAUUUUUAUGCAUACAAGCCAUGACUUUUUAUUAGGCAGUUUUUGUUUUUGUUUUAACCUUAUCUCUCGGCUAUCCAGGCUGACUUGUCUCUCUUGGUGACCGGUGGAUGUUCUUCCUAGACCAAAACAGCCCUUCCAUGUAAAUGCUGCUGUAUGCAAAAUAUACAUAUGUUCUGGAUACAUACAAAAUAUUUUUCUUUGCUCUUGCUAAUACUUCUGGCUUCUCAUGCGCUGAUUGAUGUAUAUCAGUGAUGUAUAUAUUGGUGCAAUUGAUUGGAUUUGUCAGCAGAUUCAAAUCAUGUCUAUUUCUAUUGAUCUUUUUAAAUAUAUAUAUUUAUAAUGACAGCUGAAUUCACAAAUACUUGCUCAGGAAUUCAUCGGCUUAAAUCAGCUUCAUGCUGGUGUAUAAACUUUGUUGAGUAAAAAACUACUUGCUGGUUCCUGAAACUGGUUUGAGGCCACAUCCAUAAUCGGUAAAAGCUGAAUUUCAUUGUGACCUCACACUGAAUUUCAUUGUGACCUCACACUGAAAGAUUAGGUCAGGGGUCAGCAAACCUUUUCAGCAGGGGGGCGGUCCACUGUCCCUCAGACCUUGUGGGGGGGGGCUGGACUAUAUUUUUUGGGGGGGAAUAUGAACAAAUUCCUAUGCCCCACAAAAUGAGAUGCAUUUUAAAUAAAAGCACACAUUCCACUCAUGUAAAAACACCAGACAGGCCCCACAAAUAACCCAGAGAUGCAUUUUAAAUAAAAGGAUACAUUCUACUCAUGUAAAAACAUGCUGAUUUCUGGACCGCCCGCAGGCCAGAUUUAGGAGGCGAUUGGGCCGGAUCUGGCCCCCAGGCCUUAGUUUGCCUACCCAUGGAUAAGGUUCUGAAAUCGAAAAUUGAGAAGAUGUGGAAGGAGACCUCCUCUGUUCUUCCUACAAUUUUGCAAAAGUGUAUAUAUCUGGCUGCUGUUUGCAUUUUUGGUUUUGGCAAAAAUAUUAACAUUCUCAAACUUGCUACAUAUGUGGUACUUGGGGUGCUUUGCCAUCAGUGCAGAUAUGUGCUGUUCGUUCUGCAUACUGAAAACUGCUUCACAUCCUUAGCCUGUGGUUGUUCCUGCCACAAGGUACUGCCAAGGGGCCAUGCUUUUCUGUAUAACUGAGCUGUGUUUAAUAUACAGUUGUGCAUAUAUUCUUUUUAACUUUAACAUGACUCGUGUAGAAGAAGGAGAUGGUUAUAAAGCAUUUUAAAGAAAUUAAAUCUAAGUAGAAUAAAAGAACUUUAAUAGCUAGAACAGUUCAUUACCAUGGUAAUGCACAAAUAUGCUUGUGGACAUUUACGUGCAUAAUAUGGUUUUAACACACUGUUCUGUUUCAGUUGAUGUGUGUACUAAUUGUAUGGGUCUGACCAACAUAGAAUAAAGCAGCGCUAUUACUUCCCAUGAUCUGGGCUCUAUGUGUCCAUUAAAAUAGCCUGAAAUUCUACAUGCAUCGCACCACUGGCUUGCGUUCAACUUGCGAUCAAGACACCUAGACCUGGUCUCUCCCCAGUCCUUGCACCCAUUGCUAUUAUUUUGUACUUAAGAUGCAGGAGUUUUCAUUAUCUGUGCUAAAUUCCAAUUCCAGUUCCAGCUGUUAAGAUCAUUUUGAAUCAUGAUUCUGUCAUCUUUGAUGUUGGCUUCCCCUCCCAGCUUUGGGUCAUAGGGAAAUUUGAUAAGCCACCCCCUAUAUACAUCCUUGCCCAAGUCAUUAAAAUGUUGAACAGAAUGUUCAGGGUACUGUAGUGGAGAGAACAGGUCAGAAAAUCCAAUUACACAUGCAGCCUUUCAUCUGCACAAUUUUUGAUCCAACCCAUGCAACUAUUUCAUAGUGUUCUACAACAAUGUGUGUGUGAUUACACGGAGUGAAAAACGAUAUUUGUUUGUUCUACUCACAACAAUUCUCCACCUCCCUCCCCUAAGGUGAACAAAACUCCUUGUUGGAACUUGCCGUAAUACAUCUAGAUUUUGUAUGAUCAAUAUGAAUAAGCACCUUAUGAGAAGAAAAACGUUCUGAAAUGCACAUUCUGUGACAUACUGUUGGAUCAUGGAGACACUUUCAUUUGUCUGUUUCAGCAAAGAGCAGAGCAAUUGCCAUCCCGGUUGAUCUGGACAGCCAAGUAAACAACCUCUUCCUGAAAUCUCAUAACAUAGUACAAAAAACAGCAAUGAACUGGAGGAUGACAGCAAGGAAUGCUGCUCGGAGAGAUUCGGUGAUGGCUGCUUCUAGGGAUUACCGCAACAUCAUUGAGAGAUUGCAGGUGGGUACAUAGCACAGUGUGCUAAAAGGAUCUUUCUGAACUGGGUAAAUGGGUAAUAAAAUGGCAAAAAAGUGAUGCACACUGGGUCAGAAAAAAAUUCCAAAUUUCAAAAAAUGUUCUAUUAGGGUCUGGACUGGCAGUGACUGCCUAGGAAUGAGCCCUUGGGGUUCUGGUAGAUAGCUUGAUGAAGCUGCAAAAAGGUGAAAUUCAGCGUUGGGGUGAUUGGGAAAUAAAUACAAUAAAAUAAAACAAAAAAUGUUUUAUAGAAACAUAUACUGAGACCACACUUUGCAUAAUGUAUAAAAGUUUUGUUGCAUCACCUCCAACAGGCUAUUCUAGUGCUAAAAAGUUUCGGAAAAGGGCAACCAAACCACUUGGUACUUUUUAGUUAGGAGAAAAGGCAAGUUAGAGGGGAUGUGAUAUAGAGGUGGAAGAUGGUGUGGAGAAAAUGGCUAGAUCUCUCUCAUAAUACUAGAACUCAGAUUCAUCCAGUGAACCUGAAUGUACCUCUUCACACAACAUGUAGUUAAACUAUAGAAUUCGCUCCAUAGAAUCAAAGAAUUGUAGAAUUGGAAGAGAUGCAGAGAGUCAUCUAGUCUGACCCCCUGCAAUGCAGGAAUCUUAACUAAAGCAUCCAUGACUAAUAAUAAUAAUUAAUUUAUUAUUUAUACCUCACCCAUCUGGUAGCUUCCAACAACAUUAAAAGCUUCCCUAAACAGGGCUUCCUUCUGAUGUCUUCUAAAAGAUAGCCAUCCAACCUCUGCUUAAAAUCCUCCCAUGAAUUUAAAGACGAUUAGACGAAUUCAUAAGACUAGAGGAUAAGGCUGGUAAUUGCUACUGGUCACAAUGGCUAUGUUCAGUUCUCCCCUGUUGGAGGCAGUACACUUCUAUGUAUCUGUUGCUGGGAAUCAAAAGCAGAAAGAGUGCUGUUGCAUUCUGGUCCAGCUUGUGGACAUCCCAUAGACAUAGUUGGCCACUGUGAGAACGGGACACUUGACUUGAUGAGCCAUUGGCCUGAUCCAGCCAGCACUCUUCUCAUAUUUAUUUUUUAAAGAGUUAGGUUGUAUUUACACGAAUAUGGGAAAUGGCAUUAGUUGCUUGUGCAAGAGAUAUUCAAGACAGCAUGUCUUGCUUCUGUAAGCCACACAUACUUUCAUUUACAGGGAUGUGUCUUGCACAGUGAGCAUUGUAUUCAAUGUAGUUCAGAACUGCAUAGAUAACACAUUUAGAAAGCUGUGUGAAGUCCUUCCUCCCACACCACAGUCUAGAAGACACAGACCAUUAAAUUGGUGGGAAUUGUAGCAGUGGGGAUGAGGAAUAUUCAGGGUACCAAUCAGCCACACCUUCUUCCAGGUAAUCCAUUACAUUCCCCCACCACAACAGACACUCUGAGUUUCAUGGCCAAUGAGCAUGUUCAUUCAUGAUCUCUGAAAAGUUCAUUUUUUAUUUCUUUUUCUAAAUCUUUUUUAAUAUAUGUACUUCCUAAAACAUUUGGGUUUCCCCCCCAAGCCUGCUUAUAGCUUCCUCUUCUGCAUAGGUGGUGCUAUUUGGGCUAAAUAAGGAUUGCCACUCAAAACUAUGAGUUUCGUUUUAGUAUAUAGGAAAAAUAAUUCUUUGAAACAAAUGCUUUUGCUAGAUUAAAGCACUGCAAGCUUGCAAUAUGUUGAAAAGACCUAGCAUUCCCAAUGACAAGUUCUUCUGCUAGUAAGCAUCAGACUUCCUCCCCUCCCCUUUAAAAACAUUUUUUAAAAUUAUUUUUAUUAUUUUUUAAAAUUAUUACAAAUCAAACAAAAUUACUUUAAUGUGAUUUCUUAAAAUCAGGUUUCCUGUUCCUGUUGCAGACAUAUGUCCAUAAUUCCCCCUGUUGCUGCUUCAUUUCUUAUUUUGUCUCCAGUUGACAUCCUUCACUUGCCAUUAAACGGUUCUUCCAGCUGACCAAUUUUUCACCUUACAAACAGCAGCUCCGUUACAUCUUAUAAAUAUAUAAUCCAUUUCAUGUGUGUAAUCCUUCAUAUACAUUUUGUUCCAGACCUGGUGUGUUGAGAGAGUUCAGUUCUUCCUUGUUCAGUUUUUUGCAGUGUUUAUCUGGAUGGUACAAGGUCACAUGCCAUUUCUUUCCACUGUUCUCAAACUAACCUACGAACCACAGCCAUAAAUAACUCACAGGGUGCACCCCAGGCUUCCGCCAUUAAGUUCCCCUCUGGAGUUGUUUCUUGGCACACAGUUGACAGCAAGGUCUUUUCUCAAAUUCAGCCUCUCUUCCACAUCUAUUCGGCUGCAGGACAUUCUCUUUCCACCCUUACUGCAGUCCUCUGACAACACCCCCAUCCAGACGUGGUCAUAGUUAAAGUCCGUUCAGCCUCGAUUGAGGGAGGAGGGCAUAGCAAAACCUCAUUAAAUUCCUUAUUGAGCAUAAAUCAAAAGGCUCCCCCCUCUUUUUUGAAGUGUCAAUCAGAGUAACAAAGCAACGACUACACACGUCUCUUUCAUUGUGCAGUGGAGGACAAGAAAAAGAAGGACCAUUUGGAAACCAUAAAGCACAAAGCACCUUCCUUUCCCAGCUGUUGCAAGUCUUCUCAAGCUUCAGAAAAACAGUCAAAUACCUUCAGAGAGCCAAGCCCAGUCCUUUCGGCAGCUGAUUGAUUGCAGCCCAUUAGAAUAUGUCGCUUCAGGAGCGCCUCUUGAUUAAUGCCAAUUGUCCAGAUUAAGGAAGAACUACAGCGCUACCUUGGUUCUCAAACUUAAUCCGUUCUGGAAGUCCGUUCCAAAACCAAGAUGCGUUUUCCCAUAGAAAGUAAGACAGAAUGGAUUAAUCUGUUCCAGGCUUUUAAAAACAACCCCUUAAACAGCAAUUUAACAUGAAUUUUACUAUCUAAUGAGACCACUGAUCCAUAAAAUGAAAGCAAUAAACAAUGUACUGCAGUCACACAAUCAAUCAGUACCUGAACUGGGUUCCACACAGUCACAAAAAAAACAAAAAAAGAGCCGCAAAAACGCAAAAUAAAUAGCAAAAACAGACAGACCUCAGUGUAACACUCAAAACGGAAGCGUAACACUCAAAUCGGAAGCGUAACGCUCAAAAUGGAGCAUGUUCGGCUUCCAAAAAAUGUUCACAAACCGGAACACUUACUUCCGGGUUUUUCAGUGUUUGGAUUCCAAGUUGUUUGAGUACCAAGGUGUUUGAGAACCAAGGUACCACUGUAUUCACAAAUCAUGCCAGUAACAGAGGCUCGUCCAUGGCAGGGACACACUCCUAGGUUGCUCCUGUUUUGCCUUUCAAGUUGGCAGACACAGGAUUACGCAGCACUGCAGGAUACAGUGAACUCCCCAGACCCCACUGAGAAACAUUGGAGGAUUUAUACCAAGGGAUUCUCCCUUUCCCCUAUCUGAACUUCUUCACAGACCAUGGAGAGCUGCAAAGAACAUCCACCAUUGACUCAUGGGCGUAGCCAGAAACUCCUUUAAAAAACAUUUUAGUCCCUACGAAUUUCCCAAUGUUAAUUUUAAACUGUUAUAUAUCUGCACUUCAGGAUAUAGUAUCUGCUCUGGAAGAUCGCUUGCGCCCGCUUGUCCAGGCUGAGUUGUCUGUAUUGGUGGACGUCCUUCAUAGACCAGAGCUGCUCUUCCCAGAGAAUACAGAUGCAAGAAGGAAAUGCGAAAGUGGAGGUUUCAUCUGCAAGUGAGUGGUGGAGUUGUGUUUACUUAAUUCUCUUCCAGUAAAUCCUGGUCCUUUUUCCUUUUAGGAUGUUGCACCGUAUUCUAAUCUCAGCUUGUUAUCAUUUAUCUUCGGUGAGAUAUUUGCAGAUGUGCACAUGGAUCAGGCUGUCAGUAAAGGGCUCUGGAUACAGGCAACAUCUUUAUGGUUGAGGAAAACUAAACUAUACUGCAGGUUCUGUAACAGGAACACUGAUCAAUGGGGCCCCCCAAAAUAUGAAGUGCAGCUUCAACAACCUGGAUGCAGAGUUAUAGUUCACCACAUUUUCUGUUGUGUGGGCGGUAUCAGGACCAGUAGGACAGUGCCAUUUUCUCAAGUUUAUUUUGAAGAAAUUUCCAUUUUUUUCUGCUGGUUCCCAGGAUUUCAAUGACAAAACUAGAUGUGUGACUGCCCUCAAAAACAGCCUUCCCUCCAUAAUGACUUGUAAGAAAAAAAAUGUGUAAUAUCAUAUUAACCCAGUUCACACAUAACUCUUUAAGUGUUAGCCAUAGCUUGGCAUGAACAAACAAAUAUGAAGGCUUCCAGAGAUAUGAUCCUGGCUGAUUUGCUCCUCCCUGGUCGUUCUACUCCUGUGGUGCACUGAGCUAAGCUGCAGUUUGCCAUAGUGUGUCAUCUGAACCCAGGCUCGUGGUUUAGCGCUCUCAAAACAAACCAUGAGCUGUAACCAUGUUUCUUUAUCCCUGUGGUUUGCUGUUCAUGGUUUGUCUGUGGUAGCUACACCACAAGUCCAGGAUGGGACAACAGGUCAAACAAUCCUACAGCUUAGCGCAACACAGCAGUAGAAUGAUUAGGGAUGAGCAAGUUGACUAUGAUAUUCUUCUUGGGAACCAACACGUUUGCUCGUUCAUGCUAAGCCAUGAUGAAUGAGGUCAUUGUCAUGUUUGGGGUUUUCUCAUUCUCAGAAGUGUGGGGAUGCCAUGUUAUUUCUAUUUGCUAAACUUUAUGUGGGAUUCGGUGGGGCUGCUGUUUUUGGUAGAAGCCAUGCAUCUCUUGUAACAGUUCAGCCCUAAGUGCCCAGAAGCUUUCUUUCGGUUGUAGUUGUGUUCCUUUGUUCAGUCCUUCAGGACAAUUCACAAUGAAAGAGUCUGAUAACUUUUAGACCAGAAAUACUUUUAGAGCAUGAAAAUAGGUAAGUGACCCAAUAGUUUCCAAAAACAGCACCCCAGAAUCACAUGGUUGAUUUGCGCACUUAUAGUUUCCUUAUUGCAUAUUUAAAGCAGCCUUUCUUUUAUCAUUAAUCCUUUUAGUCCUUACAUAUAGAAGAAUUGUGAGUCAAAAUUAUCUUGCUGCGUGAAACCUAUCACCAGUAACACGGCAAAUAUAAACAACAGAUGAAUAUGGCAUAUGCUAGCCAAUUUGUUCUCCCUCUUGACCCUUGAUUUAAAAUAGCCACAAAUGCCUUCCUAACCAAUUAGAAAUUCUAGUACUGAAACAAACUGUGAUCAAUUGGUUGUUUUCAGGUUAAUAAAACAUACUAAACAGCUGCUGGAGGAAAAUGAGGAGAAACUUUGUAUUAAAGUAUUACAGACACUCAGGGAAAUGAUGACCAAAGAUAGAGGCUAUGGAGAGAAGGUACUUUAAUUUACCGUAUAUUAUCUUGUCUUUUAUUCUGUCUUUCUAUUUGCAGUGUAGUAAAAGAAACAUCAGUACUGGGUCCUUAUCUUUGUCUACUUUCUGCAUUGUAAAAACAUCUGAAACAUUGUUGUGCACAAUUGAAUUGCUGCUGUUGUUUUUAACCCAGCUAUUUUUAACAUAGGCUGGGAAUACCAAAGUACCUCAAACAUACCUUUUUCUUUGCUGUUGAGGAUAACCGAUCAUAGAAUGGCUUACUUGGCUUUUUAUCACAUCAUGAAUACAGAAUCAAGGGGAAAGUGAUUCUUUUUUUCCCCCAGGGGUUCCCUUCCUACUCACUGUGUAAACAAAUACUGAAAAUAUUGAAAUCAGUGAAAAUACUUGUAGGGCUGCUAACCUAGGAUAACCAAUGGUUUAAAUCAGAGGUGACUAUCCUGCAGCCUUUCAGAUGCUGUUGGACCUCAACACCCACUAAGCCCAGCCAGCCAGCGGUGAAGGGUGAUGGGAACUGUAGUCCAGCAAAACCCAGUGGGCCAAAGGACAGCCACCCCAAUGUAAACCUUAAACACUUGUUCUACUAUACUUCACAUGGUCUCCCAGGAUCCUUAGUGUAAAAUAAAAAUUGCAUAUGAUCUAUGAAGUCCACUUGUAUGAGGAUAAACUAUAUGUUACAUCUGCAUCUUAAGGUUAUGUAAGUUUUGAGGUGCCAGUGAAGUUCAUUCAGUUAAGAAUCAGAUAAGAAAUUCAGGGGCUUCGCAAAAAACUAGCACGCAUGAGAGGUGAGCUCUUAAAACCCCUGACUCGGAGGCAGAAAAGCAUUCUUGGUUCCCUCUGUAUUUCUUAGUCCCAGAAGCCCUCCCUGCCAGCCAUGGCUACACAUAGGGAGGGGACAACAGGGAGAUUUUACCUUUCUGUCCUUCCGCCUUUGUUCCCCAAAUAUAUUCUUGAACAAAACCCAUGAACCUUUCAUGCCUCUUUAAGAACUCAGGAUCAAUAUUUUAUCUGGUAUUAGGUCCUCUUUUGGGCAUGGGACUUCCACGCUUUAGGAAACAGUAACAACUGGAUUCGCUCUAAAUCAUCUGCAUGGGAUCACUUGCGUUCUAACGCUUAUAAGUAUGUGGUAGGCAUAAAGAAGAUUCUACUGUCUCAAAAAAACUGAAGAAGAGAUCCAUUACUGCUUCUGUUUUCAGUGAAUUUGGACAAGUACUUACUUCCUUGACUCUACUUAAACGGGCAACAUUACAUUCCUAUGAUUUGCCACCUUUUUUCUUCGUUACAGUAUCUUACAAAUACAAUAUUGGCAGUGGUUGUGGGUAGAGUAUGAAUUGUGGAUCUUGGUGCUCCUAUCACCUGGUUACUUGCAAUUUCUCUUGUAUUAAUUCUUGUUUUCAACUUUUUCUCCUCCUUUUUUUCACUUUCCAGUUGAUUGCACUUGGUGAAUUGGAUAAUGCUGAGGUUUUGCAUUUCUUUCUUUCCCCCCAAAAUGUAGUGUUUGUAGCCUUGUAAUCUGUUGUGCUGUUUUGCCAGUGCUUAAGCGUUGUGGUUCGUGUACUUGUACUAGUGACGUAGUAGAAUGUAACUUGCCAGUGCCUGCAGUGAGGAAACAAGUAAUUAUAUUGUCUCUUAUCCUUCAACAUUAAUUUUGUCCAAAUGUCCUCUGGAGGAAACAUUUUUAUCCUCUCUUGAAAGGUAGAAUGGAGAGGUAGCCAUCAUUUGCAUUACUAAACAUAAUGUAACCCCCCCACCCCACCCAAAGAUUAUUUGCGUGCAUAUAGAAGCAGUUAAUGAAGAUGCAAGGAUGGAGGAAGUUUUGUCCCAUUGUCUGCCAUUCUGAGUAAUUAAAUGUGGGAAAGACAACUAGAAUAAAGGAUCCAAAUAGUUUCAUUAUUCAUAAAUAGACUUGAGCGUGUCUAGUGAAGUUUUUGAGCCCAUGCCAUAUCUCAAAUUGCCUUUUAAAGGACUUUCAGUUUCCAAAAUAGUUUGCCAUGCAGCAGGAAAGUAUGUUUAGAUAUGCAGAAGUAGUUGUGUGAUGCCUUGGAUCCUGGAAAAUGACUGUUGCUACCAGGGAGACACCACCCUAGAACAGUGCAGUCCAAUAUUAACUGUUUAUAUUGUUGAUUAAUUUUCCUAUGCUGACACCUAAACAGAGUGAGUCUUUCAGUGGGUCAGUGACUAGCUGACCCAAAGUUUUCAUUCUAAUAGAGAGCUGGGAUCAGUGACGCUGAAAGAUUUACAUUUAUCUCCUAAAGUGAAAAGCGGCCAUACGCCCUAAAACUUGGAAUGGAAAGUUGAAUCUAGGUAAAUGAAUGGGAGAGCAAAACCAAGUGGUGAAUUUUUUAUUGUGGAUUAAUUAAUCAAUUCUGAAUAAGACUGCAGCUUUGAAGGUGACACCUAUAAAGCAAAAUCAGCAAACCUUUGCAUAUGGGAGUAGAACUAUUGAAUUCUAAAGUUUACUCUGAGUAGACAUGGGUAGAACUGGGGUACACUUUAGAUAACUUGAAAAAUGUACAUUUUGAAUGCAUGAAGACAUUCAUUGAUGGGUGUUGGAAUUUCUCUUAAGUGUAGCGAAUUUUCUUAUUUCUCCACUGAAUAGCUCUGAGAAAAUGGUAAAGGUUUAUUUAGAAUAUUUACAUCUCACCUCUUUUGAUCCCAAAGCUGGCUUAAAGUAGUUUGCAAUAAGAUGCACACAAAGUCCACACAAUUCAGCAACCCUAUGUCCCCUAGCUGAUAGCACAGGCCAGGAUACGUUUUGCUGCAGUCCUAGGACAACUGGCAGUUGUGUCUGGAGAGUGGUUGACUGGGAACAAGCCUACUGCAGCUGCUCCUUCUCAGGCAAAUGGAUAGGGCUAGGUUGCUUUUACUUUGGCUCAAGGUAGUAGUGUUGGUCGUCUUCUCCACUGCCAAAAUUUCAUUCCGAUCCAAGUUGACUGCUGCUGUUUAAAUGUCACUAGGAUCUGGUCUAUGCCUACAUUGCUAGUAGGGACUCUAGGACCUAGAUACUUCUAAGGUUCUGGAAGAGAGCAUAACCUAAGUGGCGGAGUUGAUCAAGUGUAAGCAUAUUGUAGCCUUUUUGUAUUGAUAUGUAGGCUUUUUUUUAAAAAAAGAAAUUGUACUAAAGUGAACUCCUUCCUAGAAUGCUGUAUUGGAAAUCCGCUGUCUCCAAGGUGCUAAGUUUGUUCAGCCUCAUCCUAGACCACAUUGGCUUCAAAGUAUAGAUCAGCUUUCCCCAACCAGAUGCCCUCUAGAUGUUUUGGAUCGCAGCUGCUUAGAGGGCUGAUGAGAGUAGCACUCUAAAACAUACUGCGGGCACCGAGUUGGAGAAGGCUGGUGUAGAGAAGCUUCAUGUAUUUCUCUGUCUAAUUAAUUUGUGACAAAUUCAGAUGGAGUUUGGGGCUGUUUGUUUUUUUGCUUUGAUUUUCAUUUAAACUCUUCCCUCUUCCCCACCCAAGUCUCUGGCCAUUGUAGCCUGCUGUGUUUUGCAGUAAAUCAACUACAGUGAUCAGGCUCGAUUUAGAACUUAGGCUCUUGAUUUCAAGUAAGAACUUUGUUGGCUGCCUUGCAUGGAAGGGAUUUCAUGCUUCAAGCAGGUGUGUUUAUAAAUAUAGGAAAUGAGCGCUGUCUGUUUAUUAAAAGUGUCUUCUGGCAGUAGUUUGGAUUCCCUGAAGCCUCUGUAAGGAAGCCGCAGUGUUUUCCUUUGCGUAAUUUCCACUAGCCACUGUAAAAGCAUGGAAUGAAAGAAACUCACCCUUUAGUGUUCAUUCUGAUAAAAUACGCUCUUGCAAGUCCAAUUAUUUGCUCAUCCUCUUUGCCAGCCCAACUAUAUGUCUUUGGUUUCUGACACGUAUAGAACUGCAGGUCUCUUCCACAAGGUUUCAUGCACUAGAACCCACUUUGUCCAAUGCAGAAAUAAAAGCAGCAGUGCUUAAUUUUGUGGGUGUGCGUCCUCCAUUUAACUAGUGCUUUGUACUGAUCAUACUGUGUGACACAUUAAGUAAAGAAAGGGAUCCUGGCUAGGUUGACAAAGAAUAGCAGUAGCCUAGUGCAAUGGUUAACUCAGCUGUGCAGUUUUCCAAAUAAGAAAUACCCCAUUUAUACCAAUGGAAUCUCUGCUUGAAGUGCUGGGCUUUCAACUUAACACUCCAUUGCUGCAGUUGUGGACUGGCUGCUGAUAAGAAAAUUCCUUUUGGAGCAAGAACCAUUGGUUAUAUUAAACCUAACCUCAGAACAAGUAUCAGUAGAAGAAAGGUGAGAUAAAAUUACAGUGAAUAGUAAUUAUGCAUUCAUGAAACUGCUGCCUUAAGGUAGAAGAACAGGAAAAUAAGAACUCUCCAACUCCUGGAAACUCCUUCUGCAGUUCUGCUAAGAAAAAUGAAGGAAACAGAAAACCUUGGCUAACAAUUACCCUAAUGUGCACAGUCAGUCUUGGAAUAGAGGCAAGUACAUGCCAUCUUAGGUGAAUCUGGCCAUACUGGACAAAAGGGAUUGAACAAAUGGAAAAUGAGGAACUAACUAAUUGGAAGGGGGCCCCUUGGAAGGUUGUGAACUUUCCUUCAUUGGAGUUUUUUAAGCAGAGGUUGGAUGGCCACCUGUCACGGAUGCUUUAGUUGAGAUUCCUGCAUUCCAUGGGGUUGGACUAAUGACCCUUGGAGGUCCCUUCUAACUCUAUGAUUCUAUGGUAUUUCCUACAUACCACCAGCUUCAGAGCUUUGUUGCCCAAGGACCUUAUGUGAAAUGGGUUUCUGUGCUGGGGGGGGAUAUAUAUGCAUGUAGGACUAAUAUAAUUUUAAUUUUGUAUUUCUGCUGGUUACAUAAGUGGAUUAAGUGCCCUGCCAAUUAAUUGGCUUCUGCCAACCUAGCAGUUCGAAAGCACGUGAAAGUGCAAGUAAAUAAAUAGGUGGGAAGGUAAACGGCGUUUCCGUGCACUGCUCUGGUUCGCCAGAAGCGGCUUAGUCAUGCUGGCCCCAUGACCCGGAAGUUGUACGCUGGCUCCCUCGGCCAAUAAAGCGAGAUGAGCGCCGCAACCGCAGAGUUGGCCCCGGCUGGACCUAAUGGUCAGGGGUCCCUUUACCUUUUAUUGAUCUUGGAGGUGUGUUGUUCCUUCAAUAUAUUAAAUAAGCCUUAUCUUUUUUUAAAAAAAAGGAGGAGGAAGAGUAAUUGAAAAUCUUAAUGGCCUUGAUAAAGAAAGCAGAAGGAAUCAAAUGGAACACUGGAGUGAGAUAGCGUUUAGAAGAACUGAUCUCUCUUCUGAAACUAUUAAACUUUGCCUGAAGGGGGCAUUCUGGUGAUGCUGAAUGGAACAGAGAGAUGUCCUACUUGCCUUCUCUCUCUCUCUCUCCCUCCUACAUUGCAGUGAACUGCUCAGUUGGGCACCUGCCAACAGCCAAGCAGCAGUUACAUAACAGGCAUCUUUUUUUUUUUCUUCCUGGAAUUUAGGCUCGCUGCUGAUGUGUGACCUUCAGCAGUAAUUGCCAAUAAAAUGUGGUGGAGCUGUUUACUGUUAGUUCAGCCCAGACUCUGGCUGUCAGUAUCCCAGACUAUGCUGGCAGAUAUUGCAGUCUGUGUGGUUGCUAAAGCAUUUCUUUUUUAAAAAAAGAAAAAGAAAAAAGCAGCAACAUUAAAAUGCUAAUACAGCUUCAAGGAAGCAUACAGGGAACUGUGCCCAAAGCUAUAAUAGUGCUGUAAAAGCAAGAGAGGUAGUGGUGGGGGUUUGCAUACAGAAAGAAAGAGGGAAUAUUUUAUAACCAGCCCUAUGCUGGAGAAUUUGCUCGUCUAUAAAAGACUUUGGUCCAGAUUACUAAGCGGCUCAUUAUGCUUAAGUGAUUGUAUUUAAAGGGAGCUCCCCCAUCCCCGUAUAUAUUUUCAUGCGUACAUCAUAAGCAAAUUUGCAUUUAUUAUCAAAGACAACUGAUAGGAUAAAGGGAGUAUUUUUGAGCCUUUGCCUUUUCGGCUGCAUGCCAGGCACGCAUUCAACAAAUGAAGUUUUUCCCAUGGCCACUGUUUUAUAACUGUUGGGUGUCUUGCCAGAAGAAAGGGCAGCAGCUCCAGUAGGGUGUGGAACAAGAAAGGGGGAAAGAGAAGCAUUUCAAGACUAGUCAUAAUAUUGAGUGUUUUCAGCCAAGUAUUUCAUGCCUCUCCUCUCCUCUCCUCUCCUCUCCUACAUAGAAACUGUAGAUCAGGAGUCAGCAAGGUUUACCUCACCUGGGCCGGUUCACUCCAGCGGAGAUCCCUCUUGUGGGCUGGAUUGCGUGUGUGUGUGAGAGUGCCCCCCCCCAUUUCCGGUGUCUCUGUCUGCGCAGACGCGAUUUCCAGUGCCGUGGAAGCGAGUCCCCGUGCCGCACUGUGCUGGUUUAGUGCAGUGUGCGAGGACUCACCAAACAGGCGGUUUGGUUCGGGCCAGAUAAAUGACCCCCGUGGGCCACUUGUGGCCCAUGGCCUUAGGUUGCCCACCCCUGCUGUAGAUUGCUGUUGGAGGGGAGGGGUCAGUCCACUAAUGUAACUAACCUUGCCAGCAUUGCCUUGACUUGUUACCGACUCAGGGAAGGUUUUCAUUUUAAGUUCCUCCCUGCAUGGAGGGAAGAGGGAAGUAACACACACACAUGUGCAACUCUGUGUGAACAGAGUUUUGUCACAUAAGGACUUUCCUCUCCAAAAUUUGCUCUGGAAUGUCUACCAAGUUGCUGGAACACAUUUUGAUGGGUGUGGGGCUGCAGAGGAGAGGAGUGGGAAGUUUCAUUUCACAAGCAGACCAGUAUUGUUGGAUACAAGCAUGUACAAAUAAAUAAUCUGGGCAACAGCAUACUAUAUUAGACCCCAAAGACAAAGUAUGUAUGUGCGUGUGUGUGUGAAAUUUUUCAAUUCAUGUUUUUGCAUAUUUGCUUUUAAUCUGUUUUUACGCUUUGCAUGUCACUUUAGAAUUUGUUUAGAAAAAAAUAUGCAUUGGAAAUAGGAAUGCUGAAAUUUUGGGACACAGUUAAACUUGUAAUUUUGCUGACUAAAAGUACUUUAAGGAAACUGCCCUAAGCCACAAAUAGGGAUAAGAAUAGCUCCAGGUGUACUAUUCAGGUUAUGUCUCCUUGAAAACGUUCUGUUCUCAUUUUAAUGGUCACUUAAACUGAAGAGUAAUGAAGUGGACUUGUGAUUAUUUUGAACCUGUAUAGUCAAGUCUCCCCAAAAUGCACUGGUACAUUCUUUGAAAGUAUGAAAUAUAUUUUAAUGACUGAAACCAUAUUUCAGUGCUACACUAACAAGACUGCUUCUGUCUCAAGCUUCUGUGCUCCCAUUCCCUCUUUUCUGAUGCAUCCCAGAAGAGGAAAUAAGUAGCAUUAUGCCCAGAAAGGAUAAACUGUGCUUAGUUUAAACUAGUUGAAACAAGCAGAAAUAAGUCUGUCAUUUCUGAAGCUAGCAUAUUCCAAGGAACCAUAGUUUAAACCAGCCUUCUCUCACUACCAAAGUCCCCUCCAUAUAUUUUUUUAGACUACAACUUGGCUGGGUUAACUGGGGCUGCAGUCCAAAACAUGUGAAGGCCAUCAGAUUGGGGCACACUAAUUCAAACUAAAGGUGGGCCAAACAUUAUUCUCCAAUUUCACUGCAAAACCGGAGGUAACAUUUCUUGAGCUCUUGACCUGGAGGAACCAAUGAAAUUGGGGGCGGGUACACUUUUUUAACUGUACAAUGUGGCCAAGGAAUCUUUAUUACCCUUAAAGUGUUUUUAAAUCCUUGUAUUUGAAUUCCAUGGUGUGACCCUGUCUACAUGAAUGCGCCCUGUCGUCUUUCUAGAAAUAACCAUGUUACUACAUGUGGUCACAUGGGCAUACCAGGAAGCAGGAAGCUUGCAUGUAGAGUGCCUAAUGUUCCUGCUAGCUAGUAUGUGGGGGCUUUUAAAUGGUUUUAAGAACAGUGAAGACUGCUCAGUUUUUAUAUGGCAUGCUCCCCAACUCGCUUACGCACUCACCCCAAAAAUCCAAAUCAUUUUCACCUAAACCAUUUAUGCUUGUCAUACAGCAAGGAUGGGGAAACUGCCCCCAUAAGCCAAAUAUGGCUUCCAUGGCCUUUGACCCACAAGGCUCUUCUUGCCAAGCCAUAUCCUCUACAUAUCUACCUCCCCUUACCCCCAGGGCAGGCAAUUAAGGGUGGGGCUCGGCCGAAGGGCCUUUCUACAGCGGUUUCCAAACACAAAUCAUAGGGCUUGAAAGCGCUUUGCAUAGUGAUUCCCAAAUGCAUGGCCUGUUCAAGAGGCAGCAACACAGGCAUCCUACUGCCUCCCUCUCUAAGAUGGAUCCCUGCCCCUCUUCCUGCUUCUUCCUCCAAGCUACCCUUGCUUGAAAACUCCCUUUUCCUGUCCUCUCAAACACACACCCCGUCACCUUGGUAACAUCUUAUCCCCCAGGCUAAAGGAUUCCUCUCCUCAGUGGCCCAUCAACACCUUUUGUCAUGUUAACAGGUUUUCUCUUUACUAAGCCAGCCAACCUUUGCAGCUUGCAUUCUCCUUUCCUACCACAAAUAACUAAAACCCUAGCAUUCAUUAAUUUCUAAUCUAUAAUGACUAAAUUCUCUUUUGAGAUUUGUUGUUUCAGCAAUAUAUAUAUAUAUAUAUAUAUAUAUAUAUAUAUAUAUAUAUGCUUAACCAUUACAGUAACUUUACUUUGCUAAAUCUUUGAUAAUAUGUAAAUAGUUGGCCAAGAAAAGUCCCCCUUUACUUAACAACAGUAUAGCAAAACAGCAAGGAAAUGCUUUCAGAAUUACAUUUUUGGGGAAUGGAAAUCUUUCUUUAACUGCUUAUACCUUGCAAUCCUGUUGUUAAAAGGUGGUAGUAUUGGAGCGAAUGGGCCUUGGAGUUUUAGGCAAGCUAUUUAACAUUUUUAUACACUUUGGACCGAAAGAAAACUAUUUUGUUUAAAACUUCCAGUAUGAUCUGAAAAGAGGAUAGAUAUACCAGAAUGAGCUAGAUCAGGGGUAGGCAACCUAAGGCCCGUGGGACAGAUGCGGCCCAAUCGCCUUCUCAAUCCGGCCCAAGGACUGUCUGGGAAUCAGCGAGUUUUUACAUGAGUGGAAUGUGUCCUUUUAUUUAAAAUGCAUCUCUGGGUUAUUUAGGGGGCAUAGGAAUUCGUUCAUUUUUUCCCUUCAAAAUAUAGUCCGGUCUCCCACAAGGUCUGAGGAAUGGUGGACCGGCCCAUGGCUGAAAAAGGUUGCUGACCCCUGAGCUAGAUGUUAGGUGAAGGAGGAUAAGCUCCUACAGCUGCUUCUCAUUUAAGGGUUUACGAAGUCUCCUGAAAACAAGCAUCCAUCUUCUUGGAACUAGUUCAGGAAAAGAGACCACUCCAGAAAUAGUUGGACAUUGUAGAAGAUUGUCUGGGAGUUAGCCGCUCGUAACGUUCUUUGGCAAGACUUUAAUUUACACGUAUUUUCAGAAAUAGACCUGAAUCUUGCCGUUCCAUAUAUUUAAACAUAUUAUGAGAAGCAUCCCUUUUUCAUGUAACAUGACCGAAUUCCAAGUCAUCAUCAUCAUUAUUACUUCUACUACUGCUGCUAUUACAGGUGAUAGUCCAGUGCUUGGUGUGUCUGUGUGGUGUAGUUUGCCUUCAGUUUCCUUGUGUUAUCUAGGUGUUUCCUUGUGCAUGCGGUAUUGGUUUGCAAUAGAUGUUCACGUUUUUAAUGGAUUUUGGUAUAGUCAUUUAAAGUUUGAAUAUGUUCCUUAGUCAUUUUUUAAACAUUUAAAUGCUGAAAGCAUUACUGAUCAGCUAUGCAGACAUUCUGUUUUGCUGCUGCUCAUAGCAAAUCUGUACCACAUAUAUUAUGGAAGAGGAAGGUUUGGUAUUGGAAAAGGUGAGAAUCUAAUUGUGUAUUCUUGGACAUGGCAUUCCUGCUUGUGUAUGUCUUGAACAUUUUUUCUUCCAUUAUUUUGGACUGGAGGUGAGAAGUCCACUGUAAUUAAAUUAAUAAAAGGGAACUGGGAACAGAUAUUUAACACUACAUCCCUAGCAUAUUGAUGUGUAUACAACUGGGAUUGACAUUACUGAGCAAGAUAUGCAUGUGGUCAUUGUGCUAAUGACCAUGUACUUUAGGCAUAUGCCUAUUUUUCCAAGGAUCAUUUUUUUUUUUGAUGGGGGACAGGAUUCUGUACUGUUGUCAAAUUAGUAUUUUGUUGUCUUGUAAAAAAAAAAAAGUCAGUAUCUCCAUGUGCCAAUCAUUGGUUUACAGGAAAGAUUGAUGACUAAUGAAUUUUCUUUUUACAAUUUUGCUUUUAAAUAGCUGCCACAGUCACCAGAAAUGGAAAGCUCCAUAGAGGUCUGUCACUCGCUCACCUAUAUUUGUAAAACAUACAAAUAUUGGUGGUUUUUAAAGUAGCUGUGGUUGAAUGUCUGUCUGUCUUUUUGGUGGUUCCAAUUCCGUUCAGAUCAGUGAAGUUUAGCCAGUGAUCUCUGCAUGUGUUCCAACUGCUAGGAUUAUAGUGCUAAGUGGACAAAUUCAUCCUGCUUCACUAAAAAAGAGAGAGAGAGAAAUGGAAAAACAAAACAGCAAAGGGCUAUGUCUAUUAAUUCUGAUAGAUGCCUAACUAUACCUUACUAUCAAAGAAAUAUUGAACACUUCAAAAAGUUGGAAUAUUUAAAUAUAAUUGCAAUGUACUUAGUCUCUUGAAAUUCAAAAUACCUAUCACCUUGGUGUAGCAAGAGAAGCCUGUAAUUGGAUCUCCAUUUACAGUAGAUUGCCCUUGAGCUAUGUGCUUCUGUUUUUAUUAUUUAUCUUUUGAACUUUUAUACCACUUUUCAUGAGGCUUUUGAAGCGGAACAUGAUGCCCAUUAAUCUUGUAGGCCGUGUAAUCCUGUUUGAAAAUAAGCUACUUGUACUUUAAAUGGAUUUACUGACCUUUUCUUACAGGAUGACUCAGUAACAUAAUGAACAUGCAUGUAUUGGGAAAGUGUGGUUCAGUGUUUUGUAUGCGUAAACAUUGGUGACUGUCAUGUGUGAACGUUUUUAUCAGAGAGAGUACUUUGCAUGUUACUUGCAGACUUUUUACUUUUGUUUUGGGGUGAUAUCCAGUAUUAGUCAUACAGUAGAUUUUGGUCAAUUGAUUUCAGUGGGUCUCCUUAAUUCAGGGUACCCCAGUAAAGAGGGAAGGUUCUGUCUAGUGGUCCAGACGGGGGCCAUUGGGCCAAAGAACACCCUACUGGCGCCCUGGUGGGAUUAUCUCAUUUGAUCUGCGUCAUGGUGAGAUCCUUGAAUCCCCCAUCAACCCUGAAGGAGUAAUCAAUCAGCAAGUGGGUUGGUUGAUUUAGGAUACACACUCAGUGCCUAUUCCAAAGUCUACUACAUCUGUAAUCAAUGAAGUUGUGGCCAAUUUAAAUCCCAGAUUAUUAUCUAGUCAUCAAUCCUGCUAUUACAAAAUAACCACCCAGGUCACUGGCUCAUUGUGCUUGGACCCACAAUCAGACUUACAUGCAUCCCUUUCUUCCUCUUCUCACACACGAGAGGAAAUUAAAAUCUGUUGCUUUUAAACUAACCAGAGUCCCCAGAAUCCAGACAUAGCAAACGACUAUGGUUGGUUUAAAAUCAGAAGUGGAUACUUUGUGUUUUCUCCUCAGGUCUGUGCUAGAGGGAGGAGAAGGGGAAUGUCUUAAAGCCACAACUCACUAUGGCUUCUGCGUGAAACACUAAACCAUAGUUUAUCUUAGAUACAAACCAGACCAAAUUUCCAAAACAUUUCUUUAAAAACUAAUAAUGAAGACUGACAAUAUUACAUCAAGCAGAAAUGAAGCACUUUUUCUUAAGUUCUACUUUUUGAAACAGAGAUUUGGAGUGAAUUGUGUCCAGAAUAACUGCACAUUAAACUGUGACGUGUCUGUAUAUUGCAUGGAGGCAACCAUUGGCAAUUUCUUUUUCUCUUCAUUCAUUAUGGUUAGGUAGAGAAAGAAUGCUAGAGCCAGUGCUAUCAAAGCUAGAUGAAUGUUGAACAAAUUCAUUGCAGCAACUAGUUAGUUAUUGGUGCUAAAUUUAUUUAGUGUCUCUUUAGUAUCAGACUUUAAAACAGAAUUUUUGCAUACUCGCCAGGAGCUUGAUCAAAGUCUACCACAGAGACAGCUUGAAGAUCAUAAAAGGGUAUGUAUAUUCUGUGGUGGUGUUUAGGUUUAAUAUGUUGGGUGCUAAUUACACCUGGGCUUUCUUUGUUCCUUUUUCUCACUUUUUAAAUAGCUUAAAGAAAAUGUGGAAGUAGCUGAAGGAUCCAUCUGUUUGUUGCUGUUGCAAAUUUCAAAAAAAAUAAUUAUUGAACAAAGAUGACAAACGCCAUUUGAUAGGUCCAGAUUAGAUUCUGGAGGCUUUCGGAUGUUAGAGAAUGUGUGGGUGUGUUCUUUUAUUUAUUUUUAAUGGUGUCACCUGACUUGUGAAAUAUGGCAUUGUAAAUUAAGUUAAUAUAGAUGUAGCUGCAGCGGCAACUGGUAGUAAGUGUUUUAGAAAUUAGGGCUUGCUUUCAGGGGAAAAAACAUUGGUGCAAUGUCUCUUUCCUUAUAUAAUGUGUUCUGUACCAUAGAUCCAGGGCUUCAGUUUUGGGGGGAAGGUUACAGCAUUAAUGAAGCCCAUUAAUAUUACCUUGUGUGCCCCUCUCCCCACUUGUAGUAAUCAAAGUCUUCUAAAGCUGUAAUUUAGAGGGCGUAUCUCUCUAGGGGUCCUGUAAUAUUGCAGUAUUCUGCUGCAUAGACUAUUAGAAACAGAGGUGUCUUCACUUGACCAACCCAGUAGUCCUAAAGCUCAGGAUUUAUUUUAACAUAAUCAGUUGGAAAACUCUUGCAGCCAAUGCUGAAAUAUAGCAGCAGAAUACACGAAAUUGUUUGUGUUUUUUCCAGUAGCCUACUGUCUGCCUAUUUCAAUGCAUGAUUUUAGCAAUGUGAUUUCUUUCUUUACUGGAAGUAACAUAGGUGCCCCAUACUAAUAUUCUGAAGAGGCAUGUCUUCUUUUUCCUACUGGGCUUGAGGAUCAAUACUACUGUUCCAUAUACUGUAGAUCAGCUUUUGCCAGUCUUUUAGGCCCCGUGGGCACAUUUUCAAACAGGAGGAGCUAUUGUGGGUGCUGCGCACACCUUGAACAAAAACCGCAUACUGCAACCUGAACUUCAGCCAAGACAGAUGGAGGGGGCCCUACAGGAACUGAGAAAGACUUCUGUGGGCCAGUUGUUAACAGCAACCGGUAGUAAAUAUUGUAGAAAUAAGAAUAUAAAACUCAGCUCUAGCACUUCAUUAACAUAAAUCAAUUUUCUCCUAGGGGGAGGAAAUACAAUAUAAUUGGAUGCCUAUUAAACUUGCCUGGGUCUGUUGUAUGUGCUUUGCUUCCAGCCUUGCAAACUGUGCAGGAUUGAUGUCAACAUAGACAGCUAUGCAGAUUUUGUUGUCUCCUUCUAAUUCACUCACCCCAUGAUUGUUUGAAUUGGAUUUUUGUGAGGUCUGUACUGUCAUUAAUGCUUCAUUGUGAUGCUGGACUUCUUCUUCUUCUUCUUCUUCUUCUUCUUCUUCUUCUUCUUCUUCCUCCACCACUACCACCACCACCACCACUAAAUAUCAUUGAUUUAUUAAUAAUCUCCUAAACAACCAUCUAAAGGCAAUUUGCACUAAAAAUUAUUAAAAGCAGUUAAAGCACAAAAAAUACAUUUAAAACAAGACGGAAACCAUACAAAAUAGAUGUUUCUGUAGCUAGGAAAGCCUGACAGAACAAAAAUAUAUUUAGUUAUUUCUGGAAAAUGCAGAUAGUGGGUACUCUUAACAGAAUAUUUUGGUGGAACACGUUCCACGAUGUGUUUUUUUGUGGCAGAAAUAACUCUAGAGAGAAAGGUGGAGUUUGGUCUCAUUAAAAAUGAGAUGCUUAAAAUACAUUUGAGUCUCUGGACUGGCUCACUCACUGUGUCACAGAUCAUUGUUCCAUGGUGGAAGGAAUGGAUUGUGUUCUUCUCCUUAUCAUGUCUACGAGGCACUGUUGUACCUCAGCGACAGAGCACAUGCUUUGCAUGCAAAAGGCUCCAGGUUCAGUCCCUGGCAGACAGUAAUGAGCCAGGUGGAUCAAUGAUCUGAAUCUGAAUAAGCCAGUUUCCUCCACCACAGAACAAUGAUCCUAGUCAAGUAAGUAAGUGUAUAAGUUGGACUUCUGUGUUUGUUCUAAAGGUGGCCAAAAGGCCAGUGCAUCUAUUUUCUAUUAGAUGGAAAAAUAUGAAAAUAUUUAAGCCAUGAAGUUCAUUCUGUUUAUAGAAAAUUAUUGUUUUUCUGUCUCCAGUAGAAACCCGGUUGUUUUUAGUUUCUGACGAACUGCCCUAUGUCAGGAUUUUUCUAGCCAGUUUAUAACCCGUUUACCUUUAACAUGGAGGUAUGUUAGAAGAAUGAACCACCUAGUUGCAGCUGUCAAACGAAUGCUAGUGUAACGGAUAAGGACAUUUCCAUAACUGGUUGCUUAAGGCUAUCUAGGGAGAGGAGUGAGAAUCUGCAACUUACGGUGCAAUUCUCCUGGAAGUAAAGAGUAAGGAUGUGUUCAAACUAAAUGGGUCAUUUCCUUUUCAAUUCCACUUAUUAAAUAUAUCCUUUUGCUUCAUUAGUUUUUCACAGGUGGAUUCAGUUGAGUGAAGAACAAUGAUUACUAACACGGAGAGCUGCCAGUCUGGGAGCCAUCUAGUGCCUACUUAAAAGCUUACGGUCACUCCAUUAUGAUGAGCAUUGUCACUUUCAGAAGCAGAUGUGGGUCUCUCUGGGCUUAAUCCAUCCAGGUUUGUGGAUGGGGAAAGUACUAGGAAGUCCCAAAGCCAAUGAUACCAUUUAAAUAUGCUUCCUUGAACAAGUCCCAAGUGCAGGAUAUCUCUUGCUAUGAGGGAGUGCUUAAGAGGGAUAUUUUUAUUUAAAAAACACACACUUCAUUACAUGAUUUAUCUUGAAAUGGGCCGCAAAUAAUGUUUUGCAAACAUCUGGAGAGCUCUUAAGGUGGUUCAUCAAAGGGCAACUAAUGUGCAAUGCCUAUUACUGAUCUAUUGUGACUUUUGGCUUCUCAAAUCUUCACCAAGCCCUACAACAACUCACUGGAGAGGAGCUAAAAGUGCCAAUUAUGUGUGUAUGGCAGCACCAAUGGUUCAUUUAGGCAAAGAGAUGGAGACAAACAAGUUAAAGAGCAGAAUAUCCCUACCCGUCCCCAGCCCCACCAAAAAAAAGAAGCCAGGGAAGGGAGUGCCAGAUUUCCCCCGGAGGGAGUUUCAGAGAAGGGGGCACUAUCAUGGGGAAAGUCCUCUCUUGUGUUCAUACCGGCAGCUGAAGUGAGAGAAAGGCCUCUCCUCCUGACUGACACCUACUGGUUGGAGCAUAUGGUAGGCCCGCCAAGUCACCACACAAGUAUCUGUACCUUGAAUUGGGUACAGAUUAGUGCAGUGCUCUCUGAACUGGAAUGAUGUGUUGUCCUUUAGUCACUGUGCUCAGAAACUGAGCCACUGGAUUCUGCCACAGAUGUAGCCUCCAAACCUUUUCCAAGGCCCCAUGUAGAGGCCCAUUGCUGUAAUUUGUAUCAGGAAAGCACAGAUCCUGUUUAUCAGGGAUGUCCAACAGGUCGACCGUGAUCGACAGGUCAACCCCUGGUUGUUAUUAGUUGAUCCUGGGCUCAUUUUUGCAUUUGGCCUUGCAUCCUCCCUCCUUCCUUUAUCCGUGCACGAUUUCAAGAGCGGAAGACGGACUUUCUGCUGGCGGGAUGACUUCUUGUCUAUCUAUUUUUGUUGCUGCCCCCCCUAAAACAAAGGUUGACAAUUCAACUUUGACCUGCCCCCCCAUUCAUUGCCAGUUUUUCAUUCUGUGAGUAAAUCACAGUCUCUUGGGAGUUGGAUGUCCCUGCUGUAUAUGAACAUCUGCACUCCUCUCUAAACCAUCAUGACCAAAAAAGGCUGAGAUACAAAGACCAUACUUAGAUCAGGUACUGGGUUCAUUCUUUGAGGAGUUGGGCAUCUUUUUGUUUUCAACAUAUCACCUUUUGUUUUCGUGGACAGUUAGUGAGAAUUUUGCUAUCUAAAGUCAUCCAGUCUACAGUGAAGAUUCACAGCCACUUAUCCCCUUAAUUUGCUGGUAGAUAAAUUAGUGACUGUUUCCAGUGUUGUGAGGCGUGUGGGAGUAGAUGAAGGGGGCUAUAGGUUCUGUCUCCUUUUGUGUGAUGUAUCUGUUCAAAUAAGCUAGAUAUCCUUCCCACCAUGUAGGGCCUUACAUCUUGGUGACUAAGAGGUCAGUGCUCAUAGAGUGUGUUUAUAGUAGGGGGACUAGCUGUCUGAUUUAAAGAGGUAAUAGGCCUUAAAAUCUAUGAAUGUAGCAAAUCAGGGAUAACCUGAACCACAAUAGCUUUAUUCUAAGUUUAGUGAUCAUAUUCAAAAUACUUUGUAGGUAGUGACACUUGUUACAUGGUAGCGAAUAAAUUUGUAUCAAGUCUGAAAUUAAAGAAGAAUGUUUCCUUUCAAAAUAUGCUUUCAAAACACUUAAUAAAUAAUAACUGGUAUUAGUUAGAAAAGGACAGGGUAAAUUCUGGAAAUAGCAUCUUUCUGUUACUAUUUCAUAAUAUUUAUCUCAAUUUAUGGAGACAGAUUUUUUAAGUGAUAUAUUUUAUAUAUCUGGCAACAGUGUUUUUUAAUUAUUAUAAUAUUUUAAUCCCUUAAUAACAUUCUCUCUCUUUCUCAGCCCCAUUGCUGUUGUUGUCUUGCUGUAUAAUUGUACUAAAAAUAACUUUUGCUAGUCCUGUUGAGUCCUGCAACCCUGCUACACUCAUAAUUUGUCUACAUGUUGUUGUUCUUUAAUUUAAUAUCUUGUUUGAAUUAAGGGUGAGGCACUCAGACAGGUUUUGGUCAACCGUUACUAUGGCAACGUCAGAAGCACAGGAAGAAGAGAGAGCCUGACCAGCUUUGGCAAUGGCCCAUUGUCUCCUGGAGGCCCUGGCAAAGCUGGGGGAGGAGGUAGGAUGUUCGCUGUGCUAAUUAUGAAUUUUGUGUGACUCUAGCCUGCCAUGUUGAACGUUCUGUCUCUGAAUAACAAAUCAGUUAUUUAAUAGCUUUGGCAGGUUGUCAGCAGGUAUUUUUUUCACAUUGUCAUUUACAGAAGAGAAUUACUGCAGUUCCUUAAAAAGUUGAAAAUUAAUCCACUAAUUGCCUUCUCCAUCCUUCCAUUUCUAGACUUUUCAAUUAUAUAUAUUUCUUGCCAGUUCCCAAAAUCUGUAUGUAGAAGUCCAUUCCCAACAUGUGGUCUUUUGUCAUAUUUCACACGGUUUUUGUUUGUUUAUUUGUUUUUAAAAAACCUUUAUUUGCAUUUUGAAGGACUUAGUACUGCUUUCGAAACAGAGGUGGCUUGAUGGCCUUCUGUUAACAAGAUGGUGCCUUUUCCACAAACCUUACAUGACUUACCAUUGGGUCCAAGCCCUUGCUAUUUAAAGAGGUUUGUGACACAUGGAUGAUAAUGAUGAUCAGUUGAAUUUAUAUCCUGCCCUUCAAUCCAAAGGUUCACAAGGCAGCGAACAAAAAAAUUCCAUUAAAAGACAAAAAAUCUAUACGGAUCCACUGUCAGAAAGUUUUCCCCGAUGUUUACUUGGAAUCUCCUGGUAUUGAGAGGCUGUAGCUCAGAGGUAGAGCAUGCGCUUUGUAGGCAGAGGGUCCCAGGUUCACUCCUCAGCAACUCCAGAUAGGACUGGAGAAUUCCUGCCUGAAACCCAGGAGAGCCACUGCCAAACUGUGUAGACUAGUGAUUCUCAACCUGUGGGUCCCCAGAUGUUGUUGGACUACAACUCCCAUCAUUCCUAGCCAGUGGUCAGGGAUGAUGGGAAUUGUAGUCCAACAACAUCUGGGGACCCACUGGUUGAGAGUUCACAGUACUGAGCUACAUGGACCAAUGAUGGUCUGAUUCAGUAUAAAGCAGCUUCCUAUGUUCCUACUCCAGACCAAGAUUACAUGUUAGAAGUAGCCCCUAUGUGAUUUUAUUUUAUAUAAGACUUCAUGUGACUUCUUCACAAUUGAAAGUAAUUAGAGAAAUAAAAUGUAUUGUUUGUCUCCUUUAAUGUCCUUUAUAUGGCUUUCCCUCUUUUUUUAGAUAGGUUUUUGGGCCACAAACAGUUGCUCUGUUUUUUGGAAUUUUUUUUUAUGGUGGUUGUAUUUUUCUUCUUAUUCUCUGUUGAUUUUGUAUGUCACGGCUGUUUAAUUGUAUUUAUUGUUUGUUGCUGUACUGUUAACUGACUGUUUUAACGUCUGUUAGCUGCCGCGGGUUUGUUGAGGAGCGGGAGAGUAUGAAUGCUCUUUACAUAAAUCAAUCAGUCUUAAUGACAGCAUCAUCUGCUUGUAUUAUUAAGAGGCAAGCAUGUUGUUCACACUUUAAUGGUUAAUAAAGCUGUGAAUAAAUGGAAUAUGUUCACAGUUACACUUCGAUUCAUUGGUUUUUAUAGGUGAGUGACCAGUGUUUUCAGACAUUGAAAACAUUGGGGUUCAUAAGAGCCUUCAUUUUGCUCAACCUGUGUGACUUACCUUUCUGUAGGAGGCGGGUCUGGUUCCAGUCCAGCAAACCGAGGUGAAAUGAGUUUGUCAGAAGUCCAGUGUCACCUGGAUAAGGAAGGUGCAUCCAAUCUGGUCAUAGAUCUCAUCAUGAACGCCACCAGUGACAGAGUUUUUCAUGAAAGCAUCCUUCUGGCUAUUGCCCUUUUGGAAGGUGGAAACACUAUUAUACAGGUAGGAAAAGUGCUUGUGUACUGUUGAUAAGCUUUGUGAGUCGGUGAGCCCAGUGCAUUGUAAAGAGGUGGGAUCCAUCAUGCUCAAGUCACUCUGCAGAUAUUGAAGUAUAAUAACUUUGCUUUCCACUCUUUGCUCUAGGUUCACUGCUGGAGGAUUUGGGGAGGUAGCCAUACUGGUGUGGCAGAUGAGAAUAGAGCCAGAUUUAGUACUCAAAGAAAAAAUCUAACAGGGUUUUCUCAGCCGCAGCUUCCCAUGCAGGUCUGGGGAAUCCUGAAAAAGCAGAAUGAGGGAGUUAGUACUGAUUGUGUAAAGCUUACUAAAGAUUUCUAGACAAACAUAAUUUUGAUAAACUCUUCCUUUUUUAAAAAAAACUGCAUUCAGCAGGGGUUUUUUUUUUUAAAAAAAUUUGCUGAAUUUUGAAACUUUAUCAAAUAGAUUGUACUCUGCUAGUUAGGCUAUGUUCAGCAAUAUUGAUUUGCAUAAGACUGCAGUUUCCUUAGUGGCUGGGUUUUUCACAUCUAUGCCCCAAACUCUGAGCCAUCCGAAUAUCUUAAGCAGUAUCGGCAUGCAAAUAUUGCAGCAUCUACUGUCAUGUCUGUAUAUUUCUCCCUGUGUACAAGAGCCAGUGUGGUGUAGUGGUUAAGAGCGGUAGUCUCGUAAUCUGGGGAACUGGGUUCGCGUCUCCGCUCCUCCACAUGCAGCUGCUGGGUGACCUUGGGCCAGUCACACUUCUUUGAAGUCUCUCAGCCCCACUCACCUCACAGAGUGUUUGUUGUGGGGGAGGAAGGGAAAGGAGAAUGUUAGCCGCUUUGAGACUCCUUAAACGGAGUGAAAGGCAGGAUAUCAAAUCCAAACUCCUCCUCUUCUUCUUCUUCUUCUUCUUCUUCUUGUGCAAGACAUUUUGGUCCCUGAUUUAGAACAGCACCUUUCUCCAUCUCUCUCUCCCCCCGCAACCCUGCAUGCCAAUCAGGGUUCAUGAUACAAAAAGCUGACCAAGUUAUUUCAGCACCUUGGGCAGAAAGUCUCACAAACAUUCUCUUUAGCAGUAAAAAUGUAGACAAGCUACUGCUCGAUCUAACACUGGUGAAAAGAGUGUUCUAUGCCGGGUUGCCAGGUCAUGUGAUCAAAUUGACUAGGUUUAGGAUCCAGCUUAGGUCCUCCUCCUCCUCUAGUCAUGCCCUGACCACACCCUGGAACACCCUUUUUGGGGGGAAUCACACCAACCUUAGCUGAACUCUGAGCUAUGAUGAGCAAGUUCCAGCAGUGUAUCUUUGGCUGAGCUGGAGUUAGAGACUUAAUGUUGGCUGAGCCCAGAGAUCUGUUGCAUCUUGAAGCCGCUGAUCCCAGCAGAUCUUGCUGUAGGGUUUCCCCCUUAAUAUAAUUCGAAGACUUGUAGCUGAAUCUGCAGUAUUUUGAGCUGAUGUGAUCAUGAUAGCUCCAGCAGUUUUUUUCCAUUUUGCAUGGUGUUGUACUUCACAGCAUGCACAACUUUGAACUUAUCCUUACUUUGGAGAGCAUUAAAAUACUAGCAUAUUAUUCACAAAUGUUGUCAUAGCCAGCUCCCAUCUUAAUUACAGGUUUUGUUUUUUUAAAAUCUCUUGGAAAUAGCAUAAUAGUCUCUUCUUAUGUGACAAAAGCAAAAACUCUUUAUUGUUUAACAAUGCCCUUGUGUGACAAUCCAUUCCAUGUUUGCACUUUGAUCCCCAAAGAGGUUCUUUGGGUGCUGGCAGAGCGGGCUGCUACAAACGCCAACUGUCUCUUAUCUACCAUUGCUAACAUUUGGGUGUAUGGAACUGCAUCAUUGUGCACAAUGUAUGUGUGUUCUUUUUCUUUUUAAUGCACAUUGGUCUAUUUUAUUAGGUCUUUUUUAUCUGAGUGUGUGCCUUCACUUGAAAGUCCAUCAGCUAACUUCUUUUUCCCUAGAGAAGUCACACACUCUUCCUCCGAAAUGGUAUCUCCAUUCUAGAGAUGCUUCUAUAUGCAGUACUGUGUCUUAGAAAUCACAUUCUGAAAGUUUGGUAACGUUGCUGCUGUAGUGAUAAUAUUGUCUUAUCUCAGUUCGUUUGAGCACUAGGUGGUUCUCAUCUGUAACUAAGGCAUAUACAGAAGGUAGUGUGUUUACAGUCACACAUGAAGGCCCAGAUAUCCCUGUUUCAUCUGCAAAGUCUAUAUAAAAUUUAUUCAGACUUUUCAGAUGAUCCCUAACAAGAUUAAAGUCCCUGACAAGCAGGCAGAGGCAGGCUAUUGAAAACAAGGUCAUGCUACUUUUUCUUUUUUUUUUUUGGUAAGCACAGGAAUCAACAAAGAUGUUAUAUAACUUCUAUUUAUAUCCUACUUGCUCACUAGCUGCAGGCAUACAAGAGAAGCUGAGGAGGGAAUUUAAUGAGCUCUCAAGGCUUGCUCACCUUCCCAGGCUGGUAGAGACAGCUUGAGUUUUUCUGCUGGGUUUUUUUUUUUUAAGUGCGUCAGCAAAUGAAGCUGGUGGCUGGUGGGUGGUGUGGGAAGAUGGACUGACUAGUUGCUAUGGUUUUUCUAUAAUUCCCCUCUCUUUCACUCCCCCCCCCCGUUUUUUUGAGGGUUCCUCACUUCCAGGGGCCUGUAAAACAUCCUUGUUUCUCACACCUACAUAAAACUCCCUCAUUCAGGAAGGAAGUAGGAUGUGUGCUGCCUUGUAUUGAUAGUGCUGCGUGGUUUAAAGGCUCAUGUACUUGUGUGGGUAUGUGUUUGUGUGGAGCUGUGUUUAAAUGUAUGAACACAGAGGCUCCGUUGUUGUUGUUUUGUUGUUUUUUAAAGCAGUAUUGAAAUGGUAGCCCCCCAACUUGCACAUAACCAGAAUCAUCUGCUGCAUUCUAUUAAAUGUUUAAUCCUCAUAACAGAAGCAGAACUGUAAAGUGUGCACAUUCAGCCUCCAAUCAGUUGCUUUAAGGUCUCAGAGUCCUUUUGUCCUUUCCUCCCCCCCCCCCAUCUCUCCUGUUUGGUUAACUGCCUCCUUUAAAUUGGAGACAAUCAGGAUUUUAGGUGUGCCUGUUGAGGAACCAUCAAAUGAAAUACCUUUUUCAGGAAUCAAAUGUCACAGAUGGCCUCAUCUGACAUCCCUUUUAUUGCUUGCAAAGGAAGACAAGUAGCAACCCAAGCCUAUCCUUAAACAAUUUUGUCCCUUUGAAAGUGUCUGCUUAAUCAGGUUUCUUGUUAAAAUGUCAUGCAUCCAGUUCUGAUGAUUGGCCUUUUGGGAAGCAUCAGGAAUACAACCGAACUGUGCGUUUGAUUCAUAUUAGAACUUCAUACUCUGACUACGUGAUGUCCCCAUGACACUCUCUGGUUAUUUUAAAACCAGAUUGUAAGCUUAUAUUAACUCUUAAGGCACAAAGCAGAAAUCCCCAAUGAGCUUCCUUUUUAGGCUGAGAAGGAUGACUGCCACCAGAACAUUUCUUGCUUUUUUGGGGAUACUUGAAGACGAGCAAGGGAAUUUAACAAUUAUUAAGUAUAUAUUGGUUUCAGGCCAAGAAAAGUGCAUCUUUGAUGUGCCUUGUUGGCUUUGAAAAUAGAAUUUAAUAAUUGACAGUUAACAAUGAAGGUUUAUUUAUCUUAGGGAAAGCAUAAAGGGUUGACUCCCAUAUCUUGAUAAACAAGUUUUAUGUAUGUCCAAAGGGUCUUAGCAGUGAUUAAUGUGACCAGGUUAUGCCCAUCCCCUUACAGAAACCCUUUAUCCAAGCUAAUCCUUUUUCAGAUCCUCUUACGUUUUGUCUCUGUGCAUUUUAUUCAAAAUUUAAUGGGAACCUAAGGUCCCAUUUCAUUGAUUUGUCUUGAAUCUAAAAGCAUAUACAGUGACUGUACAGAAGAGAAGCAGGAUUGCUUCCAUAGUCCCUGUUGUCCUCUACCUCCCUGUAUAUGGUUUUGUGCCUGUUGGCACAGAGCCUAUGGAUGCUUAUAUGUGAAAAGUAUUCCUUAAGUAUAACAUGUUCCAUGUAAGUUAUUCAAGGGAAAAAUACCAUGAAAGACAUUUUUUAUUUUUAUUUUAGGGGGGGAAAUGCAUAUGACCAAGCGUGAGAAACCCUAUGCAUGAAAUAUUCCUAAUGAAUGUUUCUGUAAUCACAUUACUGUUCUCUUUAUGAAGGAAUGUGGAUAAAUCCUACUGCUCUUACAACAUGAGCUUGCAACAAGCAAAGCCUAUGCAGUAGCAAACCUCUAAUUAUCAAGUCUAAGCAAAAACCACACCACCUGAUCCAAAUUUUCCUGUUUCCUCUGUGUGUGUUUUUGUUACAGUAUAAAUAGCUGUAACUGCAGGGCAGACCUGGUUAACAGCUAACUGGGAUGAUAAUGCUCCCCAUGUGUAUGGCAAAUGCGCACACUUCAAGAUCUGAGAAAAAACUUGAUACGCCACAUAUAUGCAAGAGUAAUCCUUAAGCUACCUUUAACUAGUCCAUUGCAUCUGAAAUGUUGGAGUUUUUUUUUAAUAUAAAAAAAGUUUGGCCCCUGAACAGUUGAAUAUGCUUUACCAGUUCAGCAAACCUGCAGCAGCAGAGAGAGGUCCAUGCUGAGUGUCCACCUUUUAAACUACGGUUCUCUAGUGUGCUUUGGAAUGAAGACAUCAAUCAGCAAGGCAUAUGAUCUGCUAUUCAAUACUUCCCUGAAUCUUGAAAGGGCAGAUUUGUGGCUUCAGCCAACUAAGAUGCAACCCUUGACUUAUAACUGGACACCAAUGUUUAUUAUUUAGCAACAGCAGCAGUUUGAUGGACCUAGAUAAGAGGAUUAAUUAAUGUGAAUGAGUUCCAUUACACUGUGCUUCUUUGCAUUGUAAAUAACAGGACAGUGGUGAAUGGCCAGAUGGGGGAGUUGAUGAAAUAUGAGGAGGAAUAGGAAGAUAUAAAGGUGAAGCGGGAGAUGGCUUGCAUUAGCAGGUACCGUGGAAAUGAAAUCUGUUCAAGUCAUAAGCUGCAACAAGAUGCUAUUUAAUAAUGAGAAGUGCACUUGUGGCAGUUAUGCAAAGAAGAAUAGGGGUGAUAAAGUGAGCAAAUAAAGAGAAAAGGAUCAAGGAACAACCAGUUAUAUCCUCUCCCCCCUAUUAUUAUUAUUAUUAUUAUUAUUAUUAUUAUUAUUUUAGAUAUUCUGAGUUAGACCGAAAAGUGCAGCUAGGAUGGUUGAGUCUGGAAAAGGAUGAAAAAUGAAAUAUAUAGCACACUAGGAAAGACACAAGUCUAUAGGAAGGUUUGCUUGGUUAAAUGGAGUGGAGCAGCCUUCCUCAAAAUGGUGCCCUCCAAACACUUUGGACUGCAAUUUCCAUCAGUCCUGAUGGGCUGGAUGGGGAUUAUGGGAAUUGUAGUCCAAAACAUCUGGAGGGCAUCAGGAGUGGGGAGGGUGGGAGAGAAGCUGUGAAAGGCAAGAAUUCAAAUAUGUUAAUUACUAUAACUUUUCUGAAAUUCUGUGGCAAUCAGUCACAAUCAUGAUCUCAAAGAAAGAAAGACAUUCAGUUUAGAAAUAAAAGUGUGCUUGGGCUGCAUGCGUGGUUACUGAUGCCCAUCGUUUGUGAAGCAUGCCUCAUGACCUCUGCACGUCAUGUGAUAGUUCUUGUUUCAUGGCAAAUGAUUUGGUUGUGAAACAAAAUACCAUCUGAUUAUCAGCGGUUCCUCCAAAAAGCAGUUUCAAUGGCAGCAGGCUUUGCCAUAUGUCUGGCAUUGACUCGUUCUCCCAAGUGUUAUCCCCCGUCACCAUUGGCAUAUGGGACUGUACAGUUUUCUUUUGAAAGUUUUCUUCUUUUUUUCUAAAAAGAAAGAAAGAAGGAAGGAAGGAAGGAAGGGAAAAGGCAAGUAAGUUCCAGGGUGAACUUACCAAUCGGAAGUAGAAGGCUUCGUGCAGCACCAGAAACAAGAUAAAAAGAAGUAAAUGUGAGGCUCCAAACAGUGCCUUUAGGGAAACAUGGGGAAGUUGUGAUUUCCCACUGUUGAGACAUGUCAGGACCUUGUUAAUAAGAGGAAAAGGAGGAGAGGCAGUAGCAAUGUAGGCAUAAGUGAGUGUGAGGUGACAAAGAACAGCAGGUGGGCUGAAUAUGUGACCUCAGCAAAAAGUCUAGAAAGCACUUUCAACAAGUUGGAAUUGGAAAAGGCUGGUGAGUGGCUGCUGCUGCUGCUGGUGGUGGUGGUGAGGCCUUGGGGAAACUCACAGGGGUUUCUUACAAGGGGUUUCCCAGAGUUUUGCUUGUCGACAGUUUUUCUGAGACAACCCUAAUGAAUAACUGGCAAGAUAACAGUGGGAUGUUUAGCGACCUUUAAAAAGCAAGCAAGCAAGUAAGCAAAAACAACCACUUGUUUGAUGCCAUGGUUCAGUACUUCUUUAGAAAAAUAAAGGAACUGAGGUGCCUGUACUCAGACCUUUCAUGCAUGGACAAGACAGGACAGUUGAUCUCCCUUCUAUAUAUAGAAGGAAGAUAUGAUUACAUUAGCUCAUAACUCUUUAUUGGGGGAUAGCUAAAGAAAACAUUGAAAACCCUAAGUCUGGCAAGAGACACAACCUUAGUGCUCCCCUCAAUAUCCCAGAACCAGAAAAGGUUACCCUCAAGUUGUUGUUGUUGUUGUUGUUGUUGUUAUUAUUGUUGUUACAUACCAUCCUUUAUCUCAGGUUCACAGAGCAGUUUACAAAAACACAAAAAUACAUAGCAUAGUAACAAACAAAAACAAUACAGUUUAAAAGGUAAUGGACUGCAUAAUUAGCCACAGGCCUGAGAGGAGAAGAAUGUUUUUGCCUGGCACCUAAAGAUGUGUCACAAAGGUUCCAGGUGAGCUUCCCUGGGAAGAGCAUUCCACAAGCAAGGAGCCACCACAGGAAAGGCCCGUUCUCAUGUUUCUUAGUCCCGUCACAGGACAAAGGUGCUUCAAACUUGUGGUUCUUGUUGACGCCUAGAAAAUAGCACAACAUUGCCUCUUAGCAUACAGUGUGAAGGAAUUAACCCGGGUGGAAUUUGCUACUUUAGGACAAUCUUCAUCCAAUGUGAGCUGUAAGCACAAGUGCCCUAUAGGAUAUACAGUUUUGUGUGUGAAAUGCAGUGAAACAAUAUUUAAAUCUGAGAAAAGAUAUAGCUGCCAAUAGUAUGUGAAAUACAGCACAGCUUUCACUGUUUCCUAAAAGGCGAUAUUCUUUCGGCAGAUAAAAUCUGACAUGAAACACUAGAAUGACUUGUGAUCUUACUGUGUGCAAGACUAUAAACUGUCAUUUCCAGAACCGAUGUGUUGCAGUUUCUAGUAUUUAUUCAGUCACUUUAAAUAACUUCACUUAGUCUUAGUAGUGCAUUUUCCACAAAUUUUAAUAGGAUACAAAUGCCAAACUGAAGCAGUUUUUUUGGAUGCGUACAGUAUGAAUUAUAUAUUGUUAUCACAGUGUGUUUUUUUUUUCAUCUAGAUGCAGUUAACCAGUUACUGCAAGCUAGCUCAAGACAAUUCAAAAGAAAGCAUCUGAUUAAAUACUUCAGGCAGAAUUCAGUCAAACUGUUGUUCUGCCUCAUAAAAAAAAGUUUUCUUGGAACUGAACAAACCAUUCACUCCACCUUGAGCUCCUUGGAGAAAAAGGUGGUACAUAAAUUCAAUAAAUAAGUAAAUAAAACAUGGUGCACUAGCCAUUAUUUUAAAUUAAACAAUUGCACCUUUGUUUUGGUUUAAUUGUUUACUUGUGUUUUAUCUUGUAUUUUAUUCUGUGAACCGCCCUGAGAUCUUUGGAUGAAGGGCAGUAUAUAAAUUUAAUAAAUAUUUUUUUCAGAAAAUAGGUUGUUGCUAGUUGUGUUUUGAGCUGUAGUUCUCUAACAAGUUAACCCAGAUCCAUUAUGGGAUUAAACAUUUCGAUCUUUUUGUUUUUAAAUUGUUAUGGUCAGUUUAUUGACCAUGCUGGUAUAGCUUUAGAAGCCAGGGCAGGGCAACCUGUUUGCAGAACAAGUUAACACAGCUACAGAAAUAAUAUAUAAUAUGUGACCACCAUGUAAUGGAAGGGAAGCACAUAAGUGUUAAUAUUUUGUAUGAAAUUAAAAAUUUUAGGGUUAAAAAUACUUAAGAAUGUCCCUAUUUUCAUCCAUGAAAUGUUGGAGACAUAUUUCAAAAUCUUUAUCUAGCCACCCAGAUCUAGCAGACUCGAAAAGUGGAAAUUUGCCCUAAAACUUGCUCCGACCAUAAUGCUGUGAAAAUGGAGAUGAAAUUAAUACGUACCAGUUCCUUCAGAUGGAGGAUGAAUGACACCUUGUUUAGAGAUCAAGAAGUUACCAAGAAGGCCCAAAAAACCUUGAGAGACUAUUUUGAGAUAAAUAUGAACACUACCAUCGAAAAAAAGAGUAAUCUGGGACGCAAGCAAAGCAGUUAUGAGGGGGUUUCUAAUUCAACAGAAUGUAAUAAAGAAGAGAACUCAAAAUGAGAAAAAAGAUAAAAUUUUGGAAAAAAUAAAAGAGGGUGAGAAGAAACUGAGAGUGAAACCAAAGUCACAAGAGAUUCUGAGAGAAAUAAAGUUAUACCAAGUUCAAUAUAUGAAGAUGAUGAAUCAGGAAAUAGAAUGGAAAAUUAAACAGAUGAGACAAAGGACAUUUGAAUCGGCCAAUAAAUGUGGAAAACUGUUAGCUUGGCAAAUGAAAACUUUAUUAUGAAUCAGCAGCAUUCUGCUGGUUGAAAGAAUGGCUGCUUCUUGAGAACACAGACAUUUUGGAUUUAGAAGGUUUCAAUAAUGUUUUUGGGUGGCAUGCAUAUUUGUGGUAUGACAAGGUUAAAGCACAUAAAGCAUUUAAAAACCAUAUUGUUAGGAAAGCAUUGUUAAAUGUCUGGAUAAGAUAUAAGGACUUACUUGAAAAUAAAACCCCAAGGUGGUUGUCACCGAUGGAAGCAAAGGCUCAGAAAAAGCUCAAUAUGGAGGCCAAAUGGCUGAAAUAUUGGGAAAUUUUGGAACAAGAAGGAGACAAAUUGAAAUUGCAGAGUUUUGAGAAAUUAAAAGAUAAAGUGCGAGACUGGCUUCAUUAUUAUCAGAUAAUGGAGGCAUACAAUUUGGACAAGAAAAUUGGCUUCCAGGUGGAAAAAUCAAAAUUAGAAACAGAACUGUUAGAACCCAAAACUUAGAUUUUGUCAAAGAUGUAUAACUUGCUGUUGAAAUGGAAUACUCAGGAUGAAACGGUGAAAUCUGCUAUGAUUAAAUGGGCACAAGAUGUUGGACAUAACAUUAUGUUUGCUGUCUGGGAACAGUUGUGGACUACAGGUAUGAAAUUUACGGCAUGUAAUGCCCUAAGAGAGAAUAUUAUGAAAAUGAUAUACAGGUGGUACAUGACACCAGUCAAGCUUGCAAAAAUCUAUCAUUUGCCCGAUAAUAAAUGUUGGAAAUGUAAGGAAAACGAAGGUACAUUCUUUCACCUUUGGUGGACGUGCCCAAAGAUUAAGGCUUUCUGGGAGAUGAUCUAUAAUGAAAUGAAAAAGGUAUUUAAAUAUACCUUUCUAAAGAAACCAGUGGCCUUCCUGUUGGGCAUAGUCGGCCAAUUGGUGCCAAAGAAGGAUAGGACUUUCUUUAUGUAUGCCACAACAGCAGCAAGAAUACUUAUUGCAAAGUAUUGGAAGACACAAGAUCUACCCACCUUGGAAGAAUGGCAGAUGAAGGUGAUGGACUAUAUGGAACUGGCAGAAAUGACUGGCAGAAUCCGAGACCAGGGAGGAGAGUCGGUGGAAGAAGACUGGAAAAAGUUUAAAGACUAUUUACAGAAAUAUUGUAAAAUUAAUGAAUGUUAGAAUGAUGUUGGAUAGAAACUAAGUGGUUUCUAGCUGCAAUGUUAUAAGGGAAUAUGAAAAAAUGGACUAUUAAUAGGUAAAAAUCUAAUGUUACAAUACUUUAAGAUUGAAGAUUAGGAUAAACAAAGAGGGGAGGGAUUUGCUGAACUAACAAACUGAAUUGGAAUACAGAAAAGGGAGGGGUGAGGAGAUCCGGGAAAUAAGCAAAUGAAAGAUAAGUGAUUGAAAGACUGAAUUGUUUUUAACUAUUUUUAUUUUGUAUUUUUCUUUUUUCUUUUUUUUCCUUUUGUAAUAUUUUGAAAAUCUUAAUAAAUAUCUUAAAAAAACCCCAAAUAAAAUCUUUAUCUAGCCACCCAGAUUCAGCAUACUGGAAGCAAAUCAACAUCCAAAUAAGGACAAAGGAGCCAUAAUCUCUGAGCAAAUAAAAUUAAUAGCAUGCAGUUUGCUGUGGUUCAUGUUUGCUCAAUAUUUGUACCCAGCUGGCUUGUUUGAGGAAGGUCUUCUUCUUGGAAAUGUCCAGGACAUUUUAAACACAUGUUCAUUAUACUUUUGAGGCUGGUUGUGUACGCAGCUCUUUUUACUAGCAGUUAGAUUCUGUGUUUUGCAGCUGCAUAAUGCACCCUGUCAUGUUGCUCCACUCCUUUAAUUCUUUGUAAUAGAGUAGGUAGCCUAAUCAGUGUUUACAUUUCUUCUUGUCUAGUAAUUAUUUAAUAUAAUUUAUUUGCUGUCUAUCUAAUUAGAAUUAGAUUUGUGGACCAGUUUUAAGGCAGUUUCUUUAAACUACUGCCUGCCUGUGCUUGCAUUGAUAGAGGCUUACUGAUAGUAUAGAAGCUUGAUUUGACUCAGCUGCAGAGCAUCUGAAAGUACCUCUGAACAUGUGCAGAGUUCUUCCAUUACUUUAUCCUCCCUUUAUCAUGUAUGUAUCUGGGGUCCGGGAGAAACUUAUAGUUUAGAUUGUAUGGCUUCCAGGCAAGCUUAAGCAUUUUACUCUGUAUUUUUGGAAAUUAAUUGGUGCAUGUCAGGAAAGGACCAUGUGUCUUAGGAAGAUGGCUGCAGCAUCCUCUCCCUUUGCUCCUUUGGUGCAAAGAAUAUGAGAAUUGACUUUCUAAUCACACACUUAAGAUUCACCUAGUCCAGCAUUCCCAGGGAAGUCUGUGCACAUGCAGAACAAGUCAAUAAAUUGUUUGUCCUUAGUAUCAAAAAUCUCUUCUUCCGAAGCUUCACAUAGUAUUUGUGACAGCUGCCUUGUCUGCCUACACUUCCAUAAAGUAAGGGGAAAUGAUGUUACCCAUAUUUCAAAGUCACCUUGCCACACAAUUUCUCUGGAGAGUGAUUAAAGGGCACCAUGCAAGGGACAGCCUUGUGUUCUCUGCAUCUCAGAAGGAUGUAUUGCCAUCCUCUCUUCUUUUCCUCUUUUCGAUUUGCUUUUCCAAUAAAUCUGACUUGGUGUCAGUCUGCUGUAGGAGAAGCUGUUGCAACAUGAGCCACUGCAGAAUGCUAACUAAUUUCAUAAUACUCCGCAUAAGGUGACCCACUUACAAGUUCAUCCUGCAGUCAUGCUUUAAGCUUUGUUCCUGAUUUACGUAACAGCAUAUUGGUUUCAUCAGAUAGCUGUCAGAUGUAGUCCCUGGCUGCUUGCUCUAGCUUCCUCCAUGCACACAGUCUUUGAUCUGUAUUCCACACAGUUUUGGGGGAAAUGGUGCUUUAUUUGACUUCUCCACAUCGAAAUGAUAUGAACACUAAAUGUAAGUGAAACACUAACGUUAGGUCUGACUAUGACUAGAGAAUAUUCUUUCCCAUGCAUUAGCAGCAUUCAUGCCAGGUUUAAAGAGUAUUCCCUGUCCCUUCUGAAAGCAUCAUAUGUAGUAUAUCAUAUCAAACCGGCAAAUUCUGUAAGGUAAGUGCUAAACAAACAAACAAACAAUCCCUCUGACCCAGAAGUGCUAUCCCCUAAUCCCAGAUGUAUUGAGAAGUGACUAAAAAUGCAAUCUUUUGUAGCCAAACUGACAUUUCACAUCCUUUGAAGGAUCUGCAGUGUUUUCUCAGUAUUCCAUGAUUUGAAUAUCUCCCUUUCACCAGCAAUUAUAAGCACAGGACCUUGGGGCCAGCAGCUGGCUUCACAGGAGGAUUGCUUUGAGGAGAGGUAAAGGUGGCGGCCAAACCUCCCUUACAAAACGCAUUCCAAAUAAUACCCAUUUCCAUAACAUUUCUUCCCUCAUUUCUUGCCCUGAAUAUUGCAGUUGGGAGCAUUUUGAUACUCUUUAAGAGCUGCAUUUGGUUCUGGGGCCUUCACUUACUUUAUUUCAUUAACAGAAGCUCAGUCAGUGACUGUGGGGUUCACUACCUGGUAUCUAUGUGCCAUUGAUACUGGGUUUUACCAUUUAAGGUGUUCUGCAUCUCUGUUGUUUCUGUAGCACUCAUUCUUCUGCCGACUAAUGGAAGAUAAAAAGUCGGAAAAAUUCUUCAAAGUUUUUUACGACCGCAUGAAAGUGGCUCAGCAAGAGAUCAAGGCUACAGUCACAGUUAACACCAGUGAUUUAGGAAAUAAAAAGAAAGAUGAUGACUCGGACAGAGAUGUACCAGCCAGGAAAAGAGGUAAUUCUCCAGUGUUCCUUAAUGAAGGAUAUGAAAAUCAAACCCUUCAGUGAAUUCUUUUAUUGAUCCAGAGGUUCUGGUCCACAACAUGGAAGUUAAAAAUUCAGCCCUACCAUGGCACUGCUUUCCUCCUUCAUCCAUUUGGGAUGUGGCAGUUGCUAUAGUGGUGACAGGUAUUUUUAGCAUUAAUGGGCCAGCCAGCUUGAGUAGCUUGACAUGUUGCUUAAUCCUUGUUUUUAACACUCUGCUCUGCGUGCAAUAGGUCUAGGAUUCUGUAGCUAAAAACAGACGUCCCAUAUUCUCCAUUUGUAAUAAGAGAGGGAUUGAGAUGGGCACUUGCACUCUCAAACGUCUCUUUUCCUUUGGAAUCAUUAUAACGUACAUGUCUGAUGCAUCAGUACAUACUAUUAAUUUUCAAUAACAUGACACUGGAAGAAACAGAAAAGGUUGCUUUCUAGUGGCACUUUACAUGCCUACGGUCAGGUGUUCUGUUGUGGGGUUGGUGCCCCUCAUGUAUGAGAUUUGUCAGUGUCAGUUGGCAUCAAAAUGCCAGCACAUAUUCUUGCCAUUACCCCCUAUUUAAUCAGGAUUUACCCUCACUACUGAAAAUUCAAUACUCGUUAGAAAGCCCUGCUGCAAUAUCUGAAGAACCUAUUUGCAUUAUCAGUCACCCUGCAGCAUGUACUUAGGCACCAGAUGCAAGCAUUCAGGGCUGGACAGGGGGAAUAGCAUGGACAUGAGUAUGACAGGAUCAUAGGGACACAGACCAAAGUCCAUCUAGCUCAGUAUUGUAUACACAGUAUGUCCCAGCCCUACAUGGAGAUUCCAAGAAUUGAACUUUGGAGCUUCCCCAUAAAACUUCUCAAAUCCUUUUUUUUUUUUUGCUCUAAAUCUCAUUUGAUUCCUGUACUGUAAUGGUGGAUGCUUAUCUAUUCUUUAGGGAACAGCCUUCACAUUUACAGAAAGGAUAUUGCUGUGUCUUGUGUGGUGGUAUAAACCAAAUCAGGCUGCCUCAGUAAAACUUGCGGCAUUAAUUUGGAUAACACUUACUACAAAGGUAGAUGUGUCAACAUGCUGAAAAAUGUUGAAUUGACUCUGCUUGGUUGUUGUUUGCUAAUGGACCUUUGUCUCUGUGUUCUGUAGCUUUGAGAGAACCCAUGACCCAAAUAACAGAGGAGGUGCGAGAUCAGUUGGUUGACGCCUCUGCUGCUACAAGGAAGGCAUACAACACUUACAGGAGGGAAGCUGAUCCCGAUGACCAUUAUUCAGCUGCAGAUGGCGCACAGUCUGCAGCAGACAAAAACAAAGACGAACUGGAGAUGAGUCCUGUUAUCACAAUAAUGCAGCCCAUCUUGCGGUUUUUGCAGCUGCUGUGUGAAAACCACAACCGGGACCUGCAGGUAGGCUAUGCAGCAUCUUCAGGCUCAGCUCCACAAAAAAGGUUUUCUGCCAUCCUCUCAGUAGAAAAGCAGACAUCUCACUUGAGCUGAGGGCAUGGAGACAUAUGCUACUUUACCCCUAAAUGAACAGCAGUGCCUUCCCAAGAUAUGUUGUUGCCAGCUCAUUGAGGAGCAAAGUGUUUCUCUGAUGGGGUGUGGUAGCUUGGAACUGAAGCCCAUGUGAUAACAAAACUGUCCCUUCCUGAGUGGAAACCAGCUAGAGGCAAGGAAGCAUGGGGAGAUGUUGAUUCAUGUUGUUGUUGUUUAGUCGUCUUAGUCGUGUUCGACUCUCCCUGACCCCAUGUACCAGAGCAUGCCCUGGAAACUCUGACUUUCUUCUCAAAGCUUCUUCUUUUUUUAUGUCCAUGGAGUUUUCUUGGCAAAAUACUGGAGUGGUUUGCCAGUUCCUUCUCCAGGUGGGUCACAACUCUCAGCUAUGACCUGUCCAUCUUGGGUGGCCCUGCAUGGCAUAGCUCGUUAUUCAAGCCCCUUCGCCACGACAAGGCAGUGAUCCAUGAAGAGGGUUGAUUCAUGUAGCUUCCCUCUAAAGAUUAUCCCUGAUGAUCUUGAUUCGGUGCGGUUUACUUUGAUCCAAGAAGAUAGGUCUGUCUACAGCACUGUUUUAUCUGUGUGGCCCAGUUUUGAUUGUGAUAAUUUCACAGUGCUUAACAAUAGAUGGGCUGUUUGUUCUGCAUUAGGCUUGUUAAAGAUUCCAGGUCUAACCAAUGAACUGAAAACCUGACAAUAUGUUUUCUUUGAAGCUCCACAAUCUUCGAGACUACUUUGAAACAUGCAAUGCUGAGAUGGUCCAGGACAUAUUUUCCAGUGCCAAAAGCUAUAAGCAAAGCAUCUCAAACAAAUCUCACAGGCAUGAGCUGGGUCAUUUAUAGUUUGAAGCCUAAAACACUAUGAGUGGAUUCAUACGAAGCAAGAGAUUUUAAAGACAACCUGGACCCAAAUCAGUUAAAAUCACAAAGAUCAAAAACAGCUCCUUAAAAUGAGGAGCGUGAAAUUGCUUCAGAAUUGGCACUGUGUUCUUCCUUGCAGCCUUCCCUGACCAGUAUCCUGGUGGCCACAUUCCUAACCACCUGGGGUCCACCUCAGUGACAAGACUCAGGCAGGGAGGCAGGUACACAAAACCAGGUGCAUACACUCAAAUGUGGGUGACUAAUAGAAUACCUAGCAAGGGAAGUGGGAUCCUAAUAGUCCCUCAUCAAAUUUAGGCUGCUGGUGGUGAUGGGUUGUAGCCAGAUGUGUUCUUCCAUUCACUGAAGGCUUGAUUCAGCAGAGGCUUCAGUGCAUGGAACAGGGAAGAAGGCAGUUUUAAAAAAUAUACCCUCACACACCCAUCUCAUGCUUUUCUGGAUGGUUUUUCUAACCCUCUGGAACAGAUUCUUUUGGGCGGAGUGGUGGUGGCUAAAGACUGAAGGGUGCGGUCAGCCAAAAAACCAGCCAGCGUCCUGCUUCCUUUCAUGGGAGUUUCCCCUUUUAUCAGAAAGCCCUCCAUGAACAAGUCACUGUUGAAUAUAACCCAAAUAUAGUGAAUGCAUCCCUUAGAUGUGGUGGACUAAGUCAGGAUCUCAUUGUUGCACACCCAGUUAUCCUGCUCAUCCAGGAUCAAAUGCUUUCCAGUUACCAACAGGGCUUUAAAUGGCAGCUAAAGCAAUGGGCAAGAAACAUUGCCCUCAGACUUCCACUGCUGGAAGGGGAUAAGAGAACAGCAUAAAGAUGUCUGAUCUCUCUUUCCAUCUUCAGGCUUGCUUGUCUCUCACAUCUCUAUCUUCCCCUAUCCCAGAUACCAGCGUAAUUUCAUCUUUCUCCCCAUGUCAUAGGCAGACAUGUGACAAGAUUUCAUAAGGGGCAGAAUAGCAGAAGAACAAGCCUCUGGGGUUGGCAAUGAGCCUUGGCACAUGUCCAAAAAUGCUUAACCCAGAUGCUGACUUAGGAACAAAGAUACUUAGCAAGCAUGAGGGAAAAAUAAAAGAAUUAAGCUCAAAGAGGGAAUUUCUAACUAGCUGUAAUCUGCAGGAACUUUGAGUGGGUGGAAUGAAAACUUGUUGCUCUUUAUAGAUCAAAGACAACUAACUAAAAGGAAAGUUUUGAGGUUAGAGAAAUGAGUGUAAUUGACCUAUAGGCACUUGCAAAACAUUACAAAAGUCAAAAGCCCUAAAUAUUUAUCUAUGGGUGUGUUGAGAGGCUUGGAUCACACUGAGAUCAUGUUCAUUAUUGCUUUUAGAAAGUGAUGUGUGAAUGGAAAACUGUGUGAAUCUGUUGCAAAAAAAUAUCACAUUUUGAUUUCUUUUGACCAGCAUCAAUGUUCAAAAAUGAAACUGAACUUUCCCCUCUCCAUUAUUUCAUAUUCAUCUAUAGAAUUUCCUGCGUUGUCAAAACAACAAGACAAAUUACAACUUAGUGUGUGAGACUCUGCAGUUUCUGGACUGUAUCUGUGGAAGCACAACUGGAGGACUUGGACUUCUUGGGCUGUACAUUAAUGAGAAAAAUGUAGCAUUGAUCAACCAGACACUGGAAAGUUUGACUGAGUACUGCCAGGGACCAUGCCAUGAAAACCAGGUAAUCCAGUUAUUGAGUAGAAAACGUGACGUAGUCGCAAAAUUGGGAAUCUCAUGUACAAUUUGGCACCCUAAGAACUUAUCACAGAACUGUUGGAAGGGACCUCAAAGGGGCAUCCAUUCCCAUACCACCAAUCGUUCCAAAGUGUGCUGCUUAACUACAACACCCCAAAGAAAUCAGAAAUGAGAUGUCUAGAACAGAGCAUCCUCAUCAGUGAGAACCCCCAACUCUUUCUUAGUGCAGGGGAAUAGCUGGUCUCAGCAUGAGACUCUGAAAAUACCUUGGUGCAAAUAGAGAAUAGUUGGAUUUGUAGUGAGGUAACAAAAGGGACGUGGGUGGCACUGUGGUCUAAGCCACAGAGCCUAAGGCUUGCCGAUCAGUAGGUUGGCGGUUCGAAUCCCCUGUUGUUCGGUCCCAGCUCCUGCCCACAUAACAGUUCGAAAGCACAUCAAGUGCAAGUAGAUAAAUAGGUACUGCUCCAGCGGGAAGGUAAAUGUUGUUUCCGUGCGCUGCUCUGGUUCACCAGAAGCAGCUUAGUCAUGCUGGCCACAUGACCCGGAAGCUGUCUGCGGACAAACGCCGGCUCCUUUGGCCUAUAGAGCGAGAUGAGCGCCGCAACCCCAAAGUCGUUCACGACUGGACUUAAAUGUCAGGGGUCCUUUACCAAACAAAGGGAAGCCCAGUAGUUUAGCUUACUAUGGGCUGCAAUGAAAGUAGCAUUAAGUAGAAUGCUCUGUGAGCAUUUUGAUUUCUCUUUGCUCAAUGGGACACUUUCCCCUCCUCCUGCCCCUGUUCCCCCCUCCCCGGCUCAAUCCAUUCUGGGGUUUUCUCCAACUUUCCUGAGAAGGUUUUGGGACAACAUGGGCUACACACACGGAGUGGAAAGGGAAGAAAUUCCUUUGCAUUAGUGUAAUAAUUUAGUUGAAUUCUUCCCUAUGGAACUCUUCAUGGGAGUGGUGGGCAGAGAGAGACUUAAUAGGCCUUUGGGAAGAAAGGUUAUGUUAGCCACUUAAAAAAGGUUUCUUCUUUUUAUGUUUCUUUCUCCCCUGUGCAGAACUGCAUCGCGACUCAUGAGUCCAAUGGUAUAGAUAUAAUUACAGCAUUAAUUCUCAAUGAUAUCAACCCUCUGGGAAAGAAGCGGAUGGAUCUAGUAUUAGAACUGAAGGCAAGUGGAUACUCAACUCUGAAGAUGGACUGUAGUAUCACAACGAAAAAGCAAAAGCUUCUAUCCAGAUCUUGAUAAUUCUAGCAGGCUCCUUGAGUGCCCUGGGCAGUUUGCUAUCACAUGGGAUUAUUUUUUUAAAAAAUCAUUUUAAAAGAAAGACUUCAUAAUAUUUUAUUUCAAACAGUUUGCCUGUUCUUAAUUUAAGAUAUGGAAUGUAUUUCAUACAUUCAAAACCUGAAUUUCAAAGAGAACAUUAAGUACAAUUACUUAGCUAUGAUACUGUAACUUGCAAAAUUAUUUCAGCCUGUUAAGGGGCUUAGGACAUGUGAUCAGAGCUGUAUACAUAACCAGUCCUGUGACAGAAACCAUCAGGUGGUCUUAUGCAUAGCUGUCCUGCAAUUUUAGGCAGAAUAUAGAUGUUGAGGGAACAGGACAAAGGGGCCAGUUAUCUAUUGAUCAAUAGCUACUUUGGGCAAGCCAUCCAGUGCUGAUCCUGAUCCAUUGAUUAGGCUCAACUUUGAGUUGCAAUUAAAUCAGUGGAGCCUCUACUCUGUGUUAGUGCAUAAUUGCUGGACAUAGUUGCUGACCUUGCUGCCAGCAUCGACUUAUGCACUGUGAAUUUAACAUAAUUUUUAUAUACAGAACUUAACAUAGGGGGGACUUCCAGUGCUAAUUGCAGUUUGGAGAAGCAAGACGAUAGGAAAGGAAAAAGUCCCAUUGAGUCCCCUCACGCUAUAUUGGAGAUGGGUCAGCUACCAUCUGUGUCUAGUACACAGUGUUGCAGUGUGCUGUGCAUACCCAAUAUUACAAGAGGGGUAGAGUGAUCCUGUAGUUUCUUGUGAAAUACUGUGGUUUGAUGUAUCUCUCCCCGCCCCCAAAAGAAACCCAGCUUCAGUCUGAUUUGAAACCAUAUCAGGAAACCAAGCAGGCAACUUACACUGUGCCCACUGAAGCAGACAGGCAGUGGGUGGCAUGGAUAUAUACCAAAGCAUACUGAUGUGUACAGCAAAGUUCAAUUGUGACUAGAAAUUCAGUAGGGAGAAAGCUACCUCACUGUGUCCUCAGGUGGUAAUGUGUACACAGUCUCAUCUGAUUUCAACCAGUUUGCGGUUCUUUAUAUUUUCCCCCUUUCAAGCUCAGCUGCCAUCAGUAUUCUUUCAGCUCACAGGUUAACAGAUAGGUUGUUUUUGUUUUGUUUUUAAAAAUCUUUUAAUGUAUAAAUAUCUAUACUUCCACAUAUUUAGGGAGUGCCCCAAAUGCAAAAACAAAAAACAAAAAACCACCACCUUAUUGUUUAUAGUGGUCCUGUUCUGCUUCCAAACCGAUAGACACUUGACUUCACAGUUUAAAAGGAGAAAAGAUGCAGCUAUCCUUUGUGUGUUGCCUGAAACCUACUUUCAUUGUAUUUAUGUAUCUAAAUGACAUCAUUGCUUCUUAGUAGAAAUCGUGUUAGAUUUCAACUUUAUGAUACCUUGCGGUCUUUCACAUUUGCUCAUCUUCGUUGCUUUGACAGGUUUAUGCAGCUGAAAAUAGUCACAUAGAUCUGUGGGUUGUCUUUUUUACUUCUUUCCGUUUUUAUAACACAUUCAACUAUUCAUCAGAUAUCUUUCUUUGACUUUUACCAGAACAAUGCUUCUAAGUUACUCUUGGCAAUAAUGGAAAGUAGGCACGACAGUGAGAACGCAGAAAGGAUCCUGUAUAAUAUGAGACCCAAAGAAUUGGUACGUUUCCAAGGAUACGCCUCCAAAUUUUCAGGGGUUGUGGUGGCAAAGGCGAAUUUGGCAGUAUGCAAUAAUCUUGCUGCUGGUUGGGUGGCUAAGUUCAUACUAAGUAAAGUAAAGUAAAGUAAAGUAAAGUAAAGUAAUUACUUCCACUCACUGAACUCUUGAAGUGGACUGCAAAGAUGUUGGGGGAGUUCAUAAGCACACGGGUCAGUUGAGGAUGGGGAAAUUAAUUUUUCCAAGUGAGAUUAAAAAGUAAAAGGGUGCAUCCAGAAAGCACUGUUUGUGCAGCAUCAGAGCCUAUAAGGAUUUGGAAGAUUUGAGAAGCAUUGUUGUACAGUUCUCUUCUGACAAAUUCCUGUGAAAUUAUCUCCCGCGCAACUUGGGGCUAAGAGCUCAGUAGCUCUUGGCAGCCUGGAAAGCUAUGGUGGUCCACUCUGCCUGCUUCUUUGAAGAUCAGAUAGCAGAGGGAGGGAAAACAUCUGAAGUUCCAUGAUGGUCCUCUCUGCAUCCUCAAAUUAAUUUUGAUGUAACUGCUAAUCAGCUGUAUAGUAGUAUGGCUGCUUAAUUUGCAAGUGAGUCAUUGAGAUAUCACAAAUGGGUAGUUGGCAACGCUGUAAAAAAGAAAUGAAAACCUUGCAAGCGUGAAGUGCACUGAUCCAUCAACACCCAUAUAAAAACAUCCUGUGUUGAUGAGGGGUGACAGUGUUUGGAUUCAAAUAAUCUAUCACAACUAGAUAUCAGUUUGACAAGGAGUUGAGACAAAAGCCAUUUAACAGCUUCUAAGCAUUUUGUUCCAUCCAGCAUUAAUAAACAGCAAAACGUCAAGCCAGGGAUUCCAAAGUGCAGGGCUGAAAGUCUAUAAACUCGCCACAUUGUGCCUUGGUUAUGGCAGUAGUCCGAGACGGGUGUGUGAUGCAAUGUAUUUAUUAUCCAGCAACAAAGGGGUGAGCUGGGGAUAAAGUUUCAGUCUUUAUUUUGGCUCCUAUUCCACUGAGUCAAGUGAUUCGUAAUGUAGACUCAAUUUGACAGCAAAUACCAGCUGCUUUAAAGACAAAACAAAACGGAAAAACCAACCUUUUUAUAACUUGAAACGGAGACCUCUACUUCAGGAGGGAGGGAGGGAGCAAUAAAUGUGAAAUUCCUUUAGAGGAGUCAUCCACUGGCAGUAUGUUUUGGCUUUGGCCUUGGUAUUUCUGUCUCUCACACCACCAACAACACCACCACAGUUUUGAGUGUUGUAUUUAUCUUUUCUCCCCAGGUUGAAGUGAUUAAGAAGGCUUAUCUGCAAGGUGAAGUUGAGUUUGAGGAUGGAGAGAAUGGUGAAGAUCUUGCUGCAUCUCCUAGAAAUGUGGGGCAUAAUAUUUACAUAUUAGCCCAUCAGGUACAAUUGCAUUUAUGCAAGGAGAAUUUUGUGGCACAUUCUACGAGUAGCAGGGCCCUAUACCCAAAUAUAGGCAUGGCCAUGUGCAACCUAUCGUUUAGGCUCAAGUGCACAGAUUCAGGAAAUCUGAUCUCUGUUGGGACAGCCCAGAUGUGCUGAUUCUGCACACUGAUCAUGUUUUCAUACACAAAUGACCAGGAGAGUCAUGAGGUCAGCAUAGAUUCAUUCCACUGGCAGAAAUGUUGCAUGAAGUUUCACAGACUGGUGCCUCCCAUUGGUGCUGUUUGUCCUAAAUUUCUGGUUUACCACUGAAAUGCUACAUCUGUAACUUAGGGAGCACAGGUUCAAAACAGCUUUAGGCCACUUCAGGGGAAAAAAUUAUUUUCAGUUACCCUGACCAGCCAGCACCUGGAAGAAUACAAAGAAAAUGCAAGUACAUUUUCAUUGAGAUGCAGGCCGCUAUCACCAAAUGUACUAUUCAUUUAUUUUAGCUCGCUCGUCAUAACAAAGAGUUGCAGAACAUGUUGAAGCCUGGAGGUCAAAUUGAUGGAGAUGAAGCUUUGGAAUUCUAUGCUAAGCACACAGCUCAGAUUGAGGUAAAGGCUACAGUAAAUUCUGGGUAAUCGUUGCUGUGCCAGUCCAAGAAAAGAUAAACCAAGAAAUUGUUUUAAAAUUAGGCGGGAACGUCAGCAGAAGUGUCCUGUGCAAACAAUACAAUGCAGAUGUACUACAUCAAAAUCAACUUGCACCUAUGGAAUAUUAUAGCAAAUACAAUGCUAUCCAAUUCUAAACUGGCUUAUAUUCCAUCUUCUUUUGAAUUUAAUUGAGUUUGCCAAAUCUUUUCUAAAUCAAACAUUUUUUAAAUUUAAAAAAUGGUGCUUGUGGCGAGCUUUAGACAAGACGGAUUAGCCACGUGGAUCUUAGCUACAUAGCUCUGUGUAAUUGUAGUAGAGAUAUACGCACAAAAUUUCAUACUGUGACAUAUCCCCCCACUUAAGCAGGGGAAGGACAGUUUGGCUUGAUUUGUUCUGGGUGAACACUGUUCACUGAGGGGUGAGUGUUGGAGACAUUUGCUAUAUUUGCAAAUACUGAAUACCAGAACCAACCUGUAUCCCAGCAGAACUGUUGCCCUAUCUCAGAUCCCAAUGAGCAGUCCUUCUUUGUGAUUGUACUCACUAGGACAGAGAUCUGUCACCUUCCCCCACCCCCGCCCCCACUGUCAUUGCAGUCAUUUUGUCCUGGUAUCCAUGUGAGUAUAGGCACCUCAUUUUUUAAAAAAAGCACUGCUAAUGAGAGACAUGGCACAGUGUUUCAUCUUCUCGUAUCUGUUCUUCUGUUUUUAGAAAUUCCAAAUGAAAACCUGCUUUUUUAUCCCAUCUCUUACGGAUGUUUUCAUUCUUCUAAGCUCUGAUGAGAGUAUCAUUCAAAAACAAAGAGAGAAAGGUCCUUAGCUUUCAGGACACCAAAUAACCGUUAACUGGUUUUUUUAAUGGAAACAUAAUUUAACCACCCUGGACUGUUAAAUUUGCCUAACAAAAGGAAUAGUUGGCCAUCAACCAUAAUGAUAUAUGUAUAUACCCAGCUUUUUGGACUUGAAAUGUUACUGAAACAAAAGGGAGAGACCUACAGUAAAUGGUGUUACACUGAUGGAAAUCAUGAAGUAUUUUUGUGAGGAGAGUAGCAGGUCUACUGCAUAAGUGAGGUUCUGAUAAAGGAAGAGUUUGCAUCGUGGGGGAUGAUACAUGCUCGUUUUAAGGGGCAGCCAUACGAAGUAAUACUUAAAUCCUCUCUUCUAUAGAUUGUUAGAUCAGAUCGCACCAUGGAGCAAAUAGUUUUCCCUGUGCCCAGUAUAUGUGAGUUCCUCACGAAGGAAUCUAAACUACGGGUGUACUAUACUACCGAGAGGGAUGAGCAAGGCAGUAAGAUAAAUGACUUUUUCCUGAGAUCAGAAGACCUCUUCAAUGAAAUGAACUGGCAAAAGAAACUCAGAGGUAAACUGGAUUGCUGCCAAAGGCGAUUUUUCAAGAUACUAAUUCUUGAUCUGAGAGGCUGCAAAGUUCUUCUCUGUGUCAGAGAAGCAAUUUCAGCCUCUGGGGAAUUUUAUCCUCACACAAAAUUAUUCUCCAUGUAAUUUUGCUUUCAGUAUCUUAAAUAUUUUCAGAAAGACUUGGUUUAAUCAUUAGCUGUGCAUAUUGUUGUGUGUUUCCAGCAUUACAUUUCCUGAUUACUAUUGUGAAAACAAAUGCUUUGAAGCAGCCAGAAUAUUAUGCAGAUGGAUAUCAUUGGGAAGGGAAUGGCCAGCCAUUAAUCUUAGGGGCAAUUUGCCCUAGGAUCCUUGUCAGAUAUGUUACAUAAGGACUAAACUAGACAUGACACAGGAGAUCUGUGUUCACAAUCUCCUGUGGGGUUUUGCUUUGGUUUUUACUUCAAGCAGCUGCAUUGGGAUGCUAAUUUGGGGAAGUAGCUCUCUGAGAAAGUGCUACACCCUUUUCUGCACUAUUUCCUGGAUGCAGACCUCUUAAUGUACAAAGCUACUAUCAGCUCAGGGUGGAGUUUGGGGAGAGAAUAUAGUACAGAUUGCCUGCAGGGCUAAUAGCAACUCCAGCUGUCUCACAGUGCUGCUCCUCUGACCAAAUUAGCUUUAAAAUUACAUAUGUAUAUAGUCACAGGAGAUGCUUAUCACCGUUCUCCUGCACCAUGCCUAUGCUCAUGCCCAUGUUCAAACUACAAGAGCUCACAUCUGUGACUAUUGUUUUUGCGGCGACAUAAUUUCAGCCGAUAUAGUCGCGAAAGGAGAAGAACUUGUAAAUAAGAACCAAACAUUACAUUCAGCAAUACUGGCCUUAGGUAGUCGAAACCUCUGAGACAGCUGCAUCUGCUUGGCACAAUGGUCCACUUAUAUCUUGGUUGCUUUCUCAGUUUGAGGUUAUGACAUUUUCUAAAGCUCACAUUCCACUGCAUCAUUUUGAAGUUUGGCAAUGUAAUGGUCAGGGACCAGACUUGAUGUGACAUUAAACCUAUAAGAUAUACUUGAUGUUUGUUUACUAAAUAGCUGGAGUGGGGAAGGGUGAUCUAGAUCAGGACUAUAGCAUGGAAGCUGAGGGAUAUUAUUCCUCUGCCACAGUUUGGAUUGCACCACUCUCCCUACACAGCUGCAGAAUAGCAUCUGUGGCUGGGUGAUCCCAAGCAGGACCAUAACAGGACUAAAGGGUCAAAUCUUCUCUUGUCCUCCAUCCUGAACGUUGAGGUCCCAAUCUGGUCCCACAGCUACCAUUUAGUGAACAGAAACCAGUCACGCAUUAAAUGCAUAAUGCAGUUAUCUGGUUUAGCUCUGAAGCAACCACUUCCACUGCAGAGAAUAAAGGCUGGAAAUGAAAAUGAGGGUGUGUCGGUCUCAAAAGUUCACACAGUGCAGAGUGCCAUGGCAUGCAGUCAGCACAUUCUGACCUUUUUGUGUUUUUUAACGCACGAUCAACUUUUGCUCUCCUGGUGCUUGUAAACCAAGUGUUUAUAUAAAAAGUUGGUUUCUGUUCAGUAUGGCCUUUGAUCUGAAAAAAGGUUCUCUAGGAAGCAAAUGCCCUGAACUUAUGGACUCUGCAAACAACAAUUAAAGCACAAACUUUAAAUCAAAUAAUAAAGAUUACUACAGUUCACAGUGUGUGAUUCUAGGAAAAGUUGGCAAUACAAUGAUCUCUGUUGAUUUAUUCAUUGUUAGGGGCAAUCUUGUACUUUGAAUCCCUUGUAAACAUUUUUAUUUUUUAUUUUUUGCAGCUCAGCAUAUACUGUACUGGUGCUCGCGCAACAUGUCCUUCUGGAGCAGUAUUUCCUUUAACCUUGCAGUCCUUAUGAAUCUUUUGGUAGCAUUUUUCUAUCCAUUUAAAGGAGUCAAAGGAGGUACUAGUAUUUCAAAGUUAUAAAAUGUAGUUUUUUACAAAAAUCAAAGCCCAAUGACGGUGGGUGGCGGCGGCUAACUUAAGCAUCUUAGUACUGGUGAAUUUUUAUCAGUUGUAUUAUUAAACACACUCUACAUCUCAAGGGAUGUAGGGGUGGUGCUGUGGUCUAAAACACUGAACCUAGGGCUUGCUGAUCGGAAGGUCAGCGGUUCGAAUCCCCGCAAUGGGGUGAGCUCCCAUUGCUUGAUUCCAACUCCUGCCAACCUAGCAGUUCAAAAGCACGUCAAAGUGCAAGUAGAUAAAUAGGUACCACUCCGGCGGGAAGGUAAACAGCAUUUCCGUGCACUGCUCUGGUUUCACCAGAAGCGGCUUAGUCAUGCUGGCCACAUGACCCAGAAAAACUGUCUGCGGACAAACGCCGGCUCCCUCGGCCAGUAAAGCGAGAUGAGCGCUGCAACCCCAGAGUCGUUUGCAGCUGGACUUAACUGUCAGGGGUCCUUUACCUUUCCAUCUCAAGCAGUGUCAGAUUAGGAUCUGGGAGAAGUGUUGGCUCUCAAAAUGCAUAGUUCUAAAGGUGUUUUAUCUCAAAAUGCAAAUUUUAAUAUUCAUUUUGAUGUUUUUGAGCGAAGAGCAUGCAUGCUAGUCCAGAUGGUACACUUCAAGUUAGACUGGAAGCUGCAAAUUUCCCUACUUAAAAAUGGUUUCAGCAGUUCCUUGCCUCAGGGAACCCUGAGGAUGGUAGCUGUAUAAAACAGAUCCCAGAUUCAGAAUUUUCAGCAGUCUCACAAAACUAGAGUCCCCAGGAGUUUUUGGAGGACGUCAUGACCAUUAAACUAGUAUGGAACCAAUCUAUAUCUGCAUUGUAUAUCUGCCGCAAGAGAGCAGAAUAUCACGGAAAGUUAUGUUCUGAGUGCACUCCAUAAACCCUUCAGCCAAUGGCUAUGGAAUGGAUGUUAGGUUCAUUAAUAUAGCCUGUGAUGUUAGAGCUGCAUCCUACCAGCUUUGCUCCACUGCAGCUACUUUGUAAACUUAAAAUAAGGGUGCUUCACAAUGCAUGUUGCAGUUAAGUCACAUUUCUACGUGGCUUAUUGGGAAAGAGAAGUAAUAACAUGCUUUUGCAUCAAUGUUGGCGUGAUUUAUAAUCCAUUUCAACUGGAGUUGAGCUCCAAGUUCAGUUGGAGUUUUAUUAAUAUGGCAGCUUUCACAUGUUAAUGCAGGUUUCUAUCCAUUAUUUUGUAUUAAUUUAUUAAUUGAUAUAUUUAUAUGAGGCAACAGGAGCAACAAAAGUAAGCUGUUUGUGCCAGGGCCAUUUCAGACUGAUCAGUGGCUAACCACAACAGACUUUUAAGUACUCAACCACUUAUCAGUCCCAAAAUAGUAAGGUCUAGACAAAAAGGUUAAUAAGCAAUACUAAAUGUGUGUAUCAGAAUAUGGCACUUCCAAGGGUAGUUUUGAAAAUUUUGUGUCAGGUGAGGAGGGAUGCUGCCAAACCAGGGCAGUUAAAUUCCCCCCUCUCUAGAAGGUUUGUCUGGGGGCUGUGGGGAAGGCUGGUGCAUGUUUACUAUAAUCUACUGCUUAGUUUUUUUUAAUGCCUUGCUCUGUUGCCUAUGCCAGUCUGUAAGUUAUAGAUGCUGUUUGUUGGCAUAUUUCAAACUGAUACUGUGUGAGAUAUUGUUCUUAGCAUCCCAGGGGGCUUUGUGGAGCAAGCAGGAUAAAUUUUAAACUGAAUAAACAAUGAACUGUCUUUGGGUGUCUUCCUCUCCUCAGGUACGUUGGAGCCCCACUUGUCAGGCUUACUUUGGACAGCCAUGCUGAUAUCAUUUGCCAUAGUUGUUGCCUUACCUAAACCCCACGGCAUUAGAGCCUUAAUAGCUUCCACAAUACUGCGGCUAAUAUUUUCUGUAGGCUUGCAGCCAACAUUAUUUCUUCUGGGGGCUUUCAAUGUAAGUAUCAGAUAGAAGUCUCUCUGAAAUGUUCUUGCCCUGCACCAUGAAAUAUUCUCUACAUGCUUGUAUGUUAAAAAUUCAUUGUUCUGCCAUAAAUCAUUAGCAACAACCCCCCCAAAAGGGUUUCAACCAAUUGUGGCUAACCUACAGCCCUUCAGAUGUUGCUGAACUACAGCUUCCAAUCAUCCCCAACCACUCACUGAGGAUGAUGGGAAUUGUGGUUCCGUAAGGUCUGGAGAGUCACCGGUUAGCUACCCCAGUUUAAAAGAAGAAUGCUGGAACUGGUGUGUUGUGUUAAUAGGUUUUCUAAAAUAUGCUCAAGAAUGAAUGUUCUCCAGGCAUUCAUCUUCUGUCCUGUGCUCCACAGGUUUGUAACAAAAUAAUAUUUCUGAUGAGUUUUGUUGGUAACUGUGGAACAUUCACUCGAGGAUACAAAGCCAUGAUCUUGGAUGUGGAGUUCCUUUAUCAUCUACUAUAUCUUCUUAUUUGCGCAAUGGGGCUUUUCGUUCAUGAAUUUUUCUACAGCUUGCUGGUAAGCAUUUAAUCCCAACAAUUUAUAUUUUUGACUGUACUUGAUGACUGUAGAUAUUAGUGACCCUGAAUGAUGCUAAAUGGGUUUAAGCUGACUUUCAGAUGAUUCCCAGCACCAGCCAUGGCAGAAAGCAGCUCGGAAAUUCAACUGCCCCUCCACUUUCCAAACAAAUACACAAAGGGACAAGAGAAGGUUUUAGGUUAGACAUACAAUAUUUUCAAGAAAUAAUUGACAGUUACCAAAACAGCAAAGAUAUUCAGCAUGUGAUCUGGUCAUGUACUUCACAGCAGUUAACAAGUGUUUACAUAAGCAAAGGCAGUUCAAUGUGAAAUAAAUCUUUUACAUGUGACUACAAAGCAGCUUGCUUUUAUGUCCUUGAUCUGCGUGCACGGAACCUCAUUUUUAUUCUAAGCCAGAGUAGAAUUUAUGGGCAAAUUGCUGCUCAAUUCAUAAAGCAGCCUAAAGUUAUGAGUUGGCCAAUUUAUAUUGCAAACUUCAAAUGACAUCACUACAAAACACUGAGAACACCUAUUAAGAAUGUAAAAAGAGCCUACUGAAUCAGGCCAGUCACCCAUCUAGUUUUCUUCUCACAUCCUGUUCAUCUCUACUACAGAUGUGCCAAGGGCCUGAAACCACCCCCCAACCAUUUUUGCCACCCCAAUUGUGGGGUGCAAAUAUGGCAGGCAUUUUCGGCAAUUUUCAGGAGGGGGUGACAAAGGGAUCAAAAUAGAAUGCUUGCAGUAGCUCUUCUGGUGACAGGAAGAAGACAUUUUACCACCACCUGCUCCUGUGAAUUACGCCGUUUCAUCAUUACAAGUAGCAUUGCUGGGUUUAAAUAACACAGACACCUUUUCUUAAAAUAAAAAAAACCCUAAUUCCCUUUGGAAUGAUGUCAUGUGAUAACAAACCAUCAUUCCCAGGUGGGUGGGGAAGAGUAGGCAGCUAGUUACGUAGGGAUAUUGCCACUGCCACAAAACCUGGGGAGGGGGAGAGUGAGCAUGAUUGAAACAGGCCUCUUUCACCUCAAAUCUCUCCUCACUUGAAAGUGGGGGAUAUUGUUGGAAAAGUUUUGAAGUGACCCUUAAUUAUGGUCCAUCCACCUCUGGGUUCUGUUACCUGAGCAAAUUGAGAUUUGGGGACAUGCUGUUUACAAGGUAACGUAUAGUUCUGUCAAUGGACUUCAGGGUGACUAACUUCCUUUGACUCAGGCUCACUGUCUUCUGGUGUUACUGCAGUCAAAGAUGCAGCAAAUUUUCCAUCAGGCUGCAUUGUGGCUUUUCACUGAUACAUUGACUACUCAUAUGGGAAUUUCCAUGUCCAAUUUCAGUCUUUGAUUAUAUUGCAGCCCAAUGGUAUGCAUACAGAGCAAACAGGCAGUGGAGAAAAACCCAAAGGAUGCAGUGAUGUGAUCACUAUGACACUAUUUGUGACUUGGCAUAUUUUGUAAUUUAUGAGCUAGAAACCAGCUAAGUUCAGCAAGGUUCUGGAACAAGAAAGCCAGCUAUGUUUAUAACUUUUGAGGGGAUUUUGAAAGAAAAACUCUGGCCCUCAAUACACCCCUUUACUAUGGCUUUCCAUGUUCUUGGUUUAAUAAUGUUGCUGUUUUCGUUUGUUUUUUUAAUUUUGUUAGAGUUGUUUUAGAAAGUGAUUCUAAACUGUGGCCUCCAAAAAUUAAUUACCAUGAAAAGCAUAUAUGUCAAAAUAUUGCACUGUUCAUGUAGGUUACUAGGUAUCGUGGUGCUAUCUGUAGUUAAAAGUGAACUUAUUAAACAUUCUGAACUGCCCUUUUUCCAGCUUUUUGACUUGGUGUACAGAGAAGAAACUUUGUUGAAUGUCAUUAAAAGUGUCACUCGCAAUGGACGCUCCAUCAUCCUGACUGCUGUUCUUGCUCUUAUCUUGGUUUACCUGUUCUCGAUAGUGGGCUACCUGUUCUUCAAGGAUGACUUUAUCUUGGAAGUAGAUAAGCUCCCUAAUGAGACGUUGUCGCCAGGUUCGUACCAGAAUCAUCUUAAACCUCCCCCCCGCCCCCCAGUUUUCUAUCCGUGCAAAUGCACCAAGGGGGUUUAUCCUGUGAAUAUUAUGCUCCCUCUGCAGAUGACUGCCUGCUAAAAUCAGAUUUCCUUAGAGAACAUUCUGCCAAAAAUUUAGGUCUUGGUGCUUUGAAAGCAUAGAUAAUGAGGCUGAAAAUAAAACAUGACUGCAUCAAUAUCUCCUUUGGAGAAUAAUGUGGAUGUUUUUUGCCCUGUAGCACACAUUAGUAGGGAUUAUCUAGUACUUUGUGAUCAAAACUAUGUGCGUGUGUUCCAAAAUAGCCCAUAGUGACCCAGCAGAGGACCAAAUAUAAUCAUGUUAUGUGUUCUAGACAUACUUGUGAUUUUUAAAAGAUCAUAUAAUCGUCUUACAUAAUUUCCUUUUUUUUGCUUCCAAGUUGUACAUUUUUGGCAAAAAGAAAAAAAAGAAAAGUUUUUGGGGGAUGCCUAGGAUAGCUUCACGCAGCCCAUUGCUCUUCAGAUGUUGCUUGGUUGCAGCUCAUGUUAUCCCUAACCAUUGGCCAUACUGCCAGGGGCUGAAAGGUAUCAGCUGUGCUUUUUUUUCAGGGGGGUGUUCAAGGGUACACAGUACUGGCAUCUCUUUUUCUAGAAAAAAGCACUGGGCAUCAGACUCCAGGGAUAUCUGGAGUGCACCAGAUUGGGGAAUUCUGGUCCAGGAAAAUUUAAAUGCAAAGAGUAUGGAGAUGCAAAUUGGGGAGAAUGGCAGAGAAGAGCUAGGCAUGCAAGUAGAACCCUAUUUCUGAUCAAUGGUAAUUCAACUUAACCCUAUUUAGGCGUCUCAUAUGCCUCUAGAAACUCCCCACAUGCCCGGAUACCUGCAGUUGCUUUUCCAGGCACGGGUAGGGCAGAGAAGCAUGCAUACAAUUUGCCUCUGUUGCAUCUCUAACUUUCUGUAGCCAAAAUAAAGCAGAUUAUCAGCAGAGUCACAGGAAAAGUCUAGAGUGACUCACUGUGCAGCUUAAAGGUUAACUUGGUCCGGAGCAAAAGAAAAGGGGAGGGGAAUGUUAACUUUUGCUCUGGCAAAAGUGUAAUAAGUACCGUAUUUUUCAGUGUAUAAGACUAGGUCCCCCCCCCCCUAAAAAAUAAUGUCAAAAAUUAGGGGGUGUCUUAUACACGGAUACAUCUCCCCCUAUUUUCUUAAAUCUGGGUCCCAAAAAUAGGGGGAGUCUUAGACAUGGGGGCAUCUUAUAGAUGGAAAAAUAUGGUAUAUGCCUGCAUGCUGGCCAAUGGAGUGUGAAGGCAGUUAAGCGCUGGUUGGGUUGAGAGGGAGUUUAAAGAAGGGAGCAAAUUGAACCAAACUGACUUUUGCUGGGACCUGUUGUGUGGUGCGAAUGUGGGAAGGGUAUUUUGGCUAGAAAUCGAAGCAAAUAGAUCAGAUGAGGAAGGAUGGUGGUAGCUAAUAACUCCUACAGCUGCAUUCUGUUUAACAACUGUGGGGCUCAGGCAGCACUAGAUUGUUUCAGAGUCAGAGCCAUAGCUAGGUGAUCUUGCGCCCCUGUCAGAACCGUCCAGAUAGCGCCCCCUAGCCACGGACAAAUUAGCUCUUCUUUCCGCCUCUCCUCCAAGCCCCCCCCCAUUCAAUUCCUAACACAUUUCACCUUGUAAUGAAUUCUGAUUGAAGGAGGACACCAAGAUGGGGAAGGCUGACCUAAAUGAUGGUAUACAGUGGUACCUCUGGUUACGUACUUAAUUCGUUCCGAAGGUCCGUUCUUAACCUGAAACUGUUCUUAACCUGAAGCACCACUUUAGGUAAUGGGGCCUCCCGCUGCUGCUGUGCUGCGGCUGCAUGAUUUCUGUUCUCAUCCUGAAGCAAAGUUCUUAACCCGAGGUACUAUUUCUGGGUUAGUGGAGUCUGUAACUUGAAGCGUCUGUAACCUGAAGUGUAUUUAACCCGAGGUACCACUGUAUAAGCGUCUCCCUACUUACGCGUGGAGCACCCCACUUUAAUAGGAAGAAGGGCAUGGGAGCCAACUCCUUGGGGCCAAGGUUCCUUCACACACACCCUAAAAUUUUUUAGGAGUCCCCCCCCCACUUAAUGGGCAUUCCCAUUCAAACAGUGUGCAUGCACUCCGUCUUGUGGUCAAUUAUACAGGGUAGUGCUUACCUGCAACCCCCCAUAUAUUUUAUUCAAGUUGGCACCCUUGAGUGAAGGUGUGCGAAAGGAGAGAGAAGUGACUCCGGAGUAGGCCUGACGUCUGGAGAGGCAGGGGCGCAGGCAGUGAGGUGGGCCAGGCAGUGUCAGGGGCUGAGGCUGGUGAACCUUCCCAGCCCUGACCAUGAGUAAGGUCUGGGAGAGGCAGAGCCAGAUGGCCAAACUGGAUGAGACACUCGGGGUGUGCGCAGGCUGCCCCACCAGGCCAGCUACCAGGAGGGCCAAGGGGUGAGGGGGGCAGCCCAGCGCUGGCGCCGCCCAGCACGCCCUCUUCCCUGCCCUGCCUGGGUUGCGAGCAGGGAGUGCUGGCUGGACAGGGUGCCUCUGGCGGGGGCCCACCUCACCACCCACUAGCUAUAGCCCUGUUCAGGGUUUGUUUAUUUGUUUUAGGGAAAUAAGGGGAGGGGCUGUGUAGGUCAUUGCAGGAGGGGCACUGGAAGAGGGUGGUUUGACAGUUUCUCUUUAAGCUGUCUUUGCAAGCAGAAUCCCCCACCCCAAGUCCUUUUCUUUCCCCUUUCACCCCAUCUGCCUAGCACUGCUGCUACAAUCAACUUUGCAGCAGCCUCCCCCCCGCUCAGCUGUAUUUCCCUAAACAUAACCAAUAUCAGGGGACUAGGUAGGAACAUCCAGAUUAGGCUGGUAAUCCCCCACUCACAAAUAAGGAUAGCAGUACUGGAAAGGUUUUGCACGGCUGGCAUAACAACACUUUCAGCCACAGCCAUUCAUCAGGUGGAAUGAAUUAGAGAAAUUUUGUCAUGAUCACAUUUUAGCUAUCCUUAGGUGAAGAUAGCUAGAGUUCAAGUCCCUUUUUGCCACAGAAUUGGGCCCAGUUCUGACUGCCAUAUGAAAGAAGUCAAGAAAAAACUGUGUUAACUUUGGCUCAGAGAAUUUUUUUUUACUUGAAUGAGAUCUGGGAUAUAGCCCAUACUGGGCAAACCCACUAACACACACCCCCAUCUCAUGUGAUAAAUGCCAGACAAUCUCUCAAACAGAUUCAAAUGAAAUAUUUUCCCUGCUCCAUGCAUGCUACCUUUCCCAUACAACAAGUACCCCAGAACAAAAAAGGAAGUGUCACAAAGCCAUGUCUGUUUUGGAAAUGCAACAUAUAUGAUGACUGCGAGCUGUUGUUCAGAUUUUUAAGCAGGGAUAUGGAGUAAUUGUAUCAUUCUGAAUGAAGUAAACAGGAACAAUUGAAUUUUGGUGGGGGGGUUUUUUAUACAUUUAAUUCAAUAUAAAGUAUCAAUGGUUUUGAAUGUUAAACCCUGGUGAGCUUAUAAAGAAAGCUGGCAAAACUUGUACAGUAUGCAUUUUCCUUUGCCUAUAAAUUUUAUACAUUUUUAUUUGUUUCAAGUCCUCUUGAGAGUCUAUUUAGACUGAACGGCAACACAGACAUUUUAAAAUUCACAAUAAUUAUUUUUUAAAAAACAACAAGUGGUAACCGUGCAUGCUAAUGGUUGCGUAAGAACUUUGGUGUAUUGUUUUUAAAGCUACAUCCUUGGUGUCUUAAUUUGCACACAUUCAGAUCAGCAUACUGAAGCUGGUGAGGCAAUGACCGCAGAGUUCCUGUAUUCUAAUGUAUGCAGAAUAGAGAGUGGGGAAAACUGCUCUUCUGUUGUUCCUUCGGCAGGUAAGUAUCGGGUACCAGUUUUUAAAUGCAGCUCUCAAUGCAUGAGUUCUGUGUCAUAUGGAACCUACACACACUUCCUUUGCAUGCUAGUCCUACCACAUACUGAGAUGACAACACGUGAUGCUGUGCUAGAAUCCCAAGCUGGCAUAGAGGAUUGGACCCACAUAACAAUGUUGGUUGUUGCUGGUGCUCUGGUAACCCAUGAUUGGUCUUAGCCAAAAGGCUGAGAAGCAGUGCUCUGGUAUUCAUUGCUGUUGUUAGAGGCAGCAAAUCGGCAUCAUACAAUGUUUACACGAACUAGUGAAAACUUAAGAGGUACAGUCCACUCCCACCCAACCUUUUCCUUGGGAUCCACAUGCUCAAAGCUCAGCCCCAUGGAAGCUGCUCUUACCAGCUAUUGCAUCUAAAAAGAAUGCAGUGUUCAGAUGCAGUGUAUGCUGUUGCCCUUGUGCCCUUCUUGCAAGCCUCCAGAGAGGUUCAUGGCCUGCUGCUGGAAACAGAAUUCUGAGCAGGCCUGAUCUAGCAGAGAUCUUUGUGUAUUCUUAUGGAGCAGCAGCAUCUAGUUACCAUUACUUACGCUUCAAAGCCUUUUCUCUCCUUGCAGAUAAAUUUGCCUUUCAGAACCCUUGCCUGCCCACCCAAAAUCAUUUUCUCCCCAAAAUUCAAUUUCCACAAAGAGGUGUGUUUUUUCCCCCCAGCAGGAAGUUUAUUGCAGAAUCAGUGCUGCUCAUGCACACACGUUUUGUGCCCCAUUGGUCUUAAUUAAAUCCAGCCCAUCUUUUUCUUAUUUCUUCUUUUUAUUGCACAUAUAAUCUGGAUUUCCUCUUACUGAGGUAAAUCCAAUAAGCAAAUAAUAAUAAUAAUCUAUUAUGCAUCUGUAGUUGCCACUGGUGUGGAAGUUUGUUAGUGCGUCCUCUACUUUUUUUCUGGUGGGUGGUUUGUUGAACGUGGCGACGUUUCUGUGGUUGUUCUCUAUUGCCACGCUUCUACUUCCAUUUGCUCCUCACUGGAGCACAACCUUGCUAUUUUGUCUCCAGUGUCCCAAACAAUAUGGCCAUUUUUUUAAAAAAAUGAAAUUUAUGAUGUCUUUCAUCAAAAGAGGGCUCAACCCUGCAGCCGCCAGCCUGCCCGCAAUCCAAAAUAGCAGUGUAUACACAAAACUAAAAUUUCUUAGAACCAUUGUGUUUUGUUAGGGGAAUCAAAUACCUUAUCAAAUAAACUUUAUCCUUUAACCAGUCUGCAAACAAAAAAUGCUUUAACAACUCGAGAGAGUGAAAGUAGCUAUUUCCACCAAUUGCUAUAUGCAGAAGGCACGUUAGAACAUCAACAGUCCAGCUCAGAAGAGCUGUUCUCAACCUAUGUGGGAGAUUACCUUGGAGACUGUAAACACUGUACAUGCACCAGGAGUUUUUAAAUUUAUUUUUAAUACAAAGGUCUUGCACAAGACCUCUUUAUCAGCAUUUCAGUAUAUUUCGCUGCAACUGGUUUCUGCUGCUAAAGUUUUGCUGUUUGUCUGGGUCUGCUUUUAUGGGUCACUGUAAUGGUCUACUGUAUGCAGUUCUUUAUUUUAUGCUAUGCCUUCAGGUCUUAAUUUUUCACUCAGAGACUCUCUCAUAGUGAACAACUUAUAAAUCAUUAUUAAUAAUACAGCUAAAUUUCAGACUGGUGCAAGACCUCUGUGUUGUGAUUAUUUUUUCAAAAACAAACGAACAAAUUGAGAUGGGUGUUGUCCAGCCCCUGAAAAAGGCACAAACCUCCACUGACCCCAUUGUGAAACAUGGGAAUAUGAGUUGGUUGUGUUUUCUCUUAAGCACUUCCUGUGGAUACAUUUUGAAAAGCGUAAGAUUGAAUCUGCACAAUGAAACUGAUUGCUGGAGGGUUUGGGACAGACAAAAGGAAGGUCUUUUUCACCCAGCAAAGAGCUAAACUGUACAACUCACUCCCACAGGAGGUAGAAAUGGCUACCAACUUGGAUGGCUUUAAAAGGUUUAGACAGAUUCAUGGAGGACACGGCUAUAUUUCCCCCUCCAAAGUUGGAAGCAAUAGGCUUCUGAAUACCAGUUGCUGGAAACUGCAGGAGGUGAGAGUGCUAUUGCGCUCAGGUACCUGCUUCAGGCUUCCUGCAGGCAUCUGAUUAGCCACUGUGAGAAAAGGAAGCUGGACUAGAAGGGUCACUGGCCUGAUCCAAGAGUCUCUUCUUAUGUUCUUAUGCCAACUUCACACAGAAAAAAUGGGAUCUGAGUGGCUUGUUGGCAAGGGAUCACCCCCACCCCAUCUGGAAGCAUCCAGGAGUGACUGAUUGUUCAGUCACAUUUAUUAUGGUGAUUGACUUUUAAGUAGUGCCAAUUCCCCCAUCAUUUCCUGCAACUUUUUUUGUUUGUUACUGCAAUGAAUAAUAUAUGCUAUCAGGCCCAGAUGGAAUUUUGGCAUCUUAGGAAGUCAAAGGGCUUUAAGAUCUCAAACUUCUGAAGGUCAGUGAGUCCUUUGAAGACUACCCUGGUUCAUUCCUUAAGACAAAUUAAGAAACACAGAAUGAUUCAUCCCAGUCACCUUGAGCUGGAGGAGGAGGAAGUGGUGUCGGAAGACCUGACGAGGAUGUAGUCAUUCUUGGUAGAUUGCUUCUAUCCUUGGGGAAAAAAGGAGAUAUGUCGUACUUUUUUAAAUAAACCAAACAGAACAGAAACGUUUUCUGUAUGAUUGUGGUGCAUAAGUCGAAUCAUUCUCAUGGUCACUUUCUCUUUGCUACAUUGCUGCAUUAUUUGAAAAAGAAGAAGAAAUUUAAUUUAACUUGGACUCUGCUUUUUAAACCACCACCACCACCCUGCUUUCUUCUCUGUAACCCGUACCACGUGGUCUCUUCUGUGUCUCCUGUUCUCUGUCCAUAAUGUUCUCUCUCUCUCUCCAUUGUAUGUAGUAAUAAUAAUAAUAUAAUAAUAUUUUAUUAUUUAUACCGUGCCCAUCUGGCUGGGUUUCCCCAGCCACUCUGGGCGGCUUCCAAUAAAACACUAAAAUACAAUAACCUAUUAAUAAUAACCUAUGUACCCCAUAGCUUGAUCACACCAGCAGACACAUACACAUUCUUCUUUCUGUACCACCACAGAUCUACAUUCCUACGUUUCUGUUUCUCCAGUACUAGCUCUAUUUAGCCCUCUUAGUAAACAAAACAGUUCUUCUCUGCUUACAAAGAGCAUACACUGGCUUAAUCGCAUCUCCUUAAAAAAUGGCUUUAAACUUGGCCAGUCAUUGCAUUCUCUGCACCCCCAUCUUUCAGCCCCUCCUUUUAAAAUUUCUCUGUUGUGCCUUUUUCUGUUCUGUCCUUGUUGAAUUUGGUGACAGUAGCCCACAAGGUGCUUUGCUCACCCUGCAGCCCAGGGAGUGUUGGAAAUGUCUGCACUACGCAGCUUGGCUGCCUAGCUGCAUCCCACGGGAAAAACUGUCCCCAGCUGCAUCAUGUACCUCUGCAUCCAGGAAGAGAAGGGCAGUGCAGAUGUGAAGGCACAGGCAAUUUUCCAUUUCUACCUGCACAUCUGAUAGAUGUGGGUAGACUUUUGAUCCGAGGUGGCUAACCAGUGGCUGAACUACAGCUCCCAUCAUCCCUGACCAUUCCAGAAAGAGGUGGGAAAGAGCUGCAAACAGCAUUUGGGAUUCUUCCAGGAAGCUGGAGAUCGUAGGGGGACUACAACUACCCAUAGUCCUGCUCCAAAGUAACUCUUGUGAGCUUAAAAAUUAUGUUCAGAGAGAUUCAGAGCUCUGCAUUAUUAACGAGAAAUUGAGAUUUGUAUAUUUUAUGUUCACAUGUGCAAGUGUUUGGCUUUAGCUACUAUGUUCAAUGUUUCUAGAACUGGUAAAGGACUAUAUUAAGAUUAAUUUAAGUUUGCUUUAGGAUUUUCUAUUCAUCUAUGUCUUAAAAGAUUACCUAUAUCACCCCUAUUGUGUACUGGAGGUAUUUUAAAAGUCCCCACAACUCGGUCCAUGGUGGCUGUGUCACUUGAUGGGGUGUGCUGUUGCCAUAUUCCUAAUGGGUGCAAUUUUUUUACACCCUCACAACUUGUGUCAUUCUGUACCCAAGGUGUGGCAUCUCAAGAGGCGAAAGAAAGGGAGGUCUAUUCCUUUGACUUCAUGAGUAUCUUCAAAGUGGUGGUGCAAAUUCAAGCAAAGAUAAAAAUGUACUAGAUGAGAGUUUUCCAGACCAACCUUGUCUCACAAUGGUACCCUAACUUGCUUUGUUUAACAGAGCUGUUUUCUGAAGAAGCUGAGGAAGAGGAUAAAGAACAUACGUGCGAGACAUUGCUGAUGUGCAUUGUUACUGUGCUUAGCCAUGGCCUGCGGAGUGGGGGUGGUGUUGGAGAUGUCCUCAGGAAACCUUCCAAGGAGGUAAAUUACCACCGUAUGUGAAAGGGGAUGUAGUGCAAGAGAAACCAAAUAGGGUUAGAUGCCCAUUAAAGGAUUAGAACACUUUUCCAUGGGGGGGAAAUAUGUCGCUGCAUCAAUUGGAAAAAAGUUGUGUGCCAUGUACAAAGGAGUUUGGUUAUUUAACUUUAAGUGUAGGUGUGUGUAAUUGCCUUUACUAAAUGAACAGGUUCUAGUACUGUCAAGAGUAAGGGAAUGUGAGUACUUGGAGACUUAUACCUUAAAAGUACUCUUAAGUGGAAAAAUACUGCUGUAAUAAUUAAGCUCUGUGCAAGCAUUCCCCAACAAUGUUGUGGUUUUUUUAAAAAAAUUAUAUGUGACAUACAAGCAUCUUUUGGUCACGCAAAGAGGUUCCUAUGAAAUGCAGCAGUUAAUACCUGCAAUAUCAGAACUACUGUAAAAACUUUUCUAAUGUUAUUGGAAUGCUAGCACUACAGUAGUUACUAACAAUUUUAAUAAGGCCACAGGUACAAAAAAUAAAUUCUCCCCACCCCCUGCAAAUAAAUAGCAAGGCUUCCCAAACACACAUCUAUGUAUGCAGUGGUCACAAGUUUACGCCCCUCUUGAUAUCAUUUCUCUUUUCAUGUUGCAUUAUGCAGCAUGCUUUUCUUUGCACCAAAGCCUUUUAGGCUCCAAUUUUGUUUAUCUUAAAACUAUUUUAUUUUAGGAGCCCCUUUUUGCUGCAAGAGUGAUCUAUGACCUCCUCUUCUUCUUCAUGGUGAUCAUUAUUGUCCUCAAUCUGAUAUUUGGUGUUAUUAUUGAUACCUUUGCGGAUCUAAGAAGUGAGAAACAAAAGAAAGAAGAAAUACUAAAAACAACAUGCUUUAUUUGUGGUAAGUGUUGAACCCAGUGCUAUGAAACUAGCAGCUGUUCUGCCCCAGAGUCAAAUGCAGUAAUAGUAAUGUAUGGCUUCGACAGUGGAUUCAGUAUUUACCUGAUGAUGAUGUUUGUAAUCACUUGUAUAAUUAGUAGAAUGUUUCUUACUUUUUGAAUGAAUGAAUGAAAGGAAGGAAUCUCCAUGUAAAUCUGAAUGACUGAUUUGAUAUUGUAAAAUAUGUUGAUUUGUUAAGGGGACUUUCCAUUCCUGUUUUAUGUCUGUGUACAUGUUUUUAAAACUAUUUUAUAAAUGAAUUUCUUGUGGGUACAAGCUUACUUGUGUAUUUGUAAAAUGUGCUCCUGAAUGGCAGAUAAUAAUUGUAUUUUCACAAACUCAGUGUUAAUAAUGGCAUAUAGUCAUCAGAUACUUAUGCAGAGUUGAGAUACUUCAUUUUCAAAAAAAGAGAGUCGAACUUCUUUGAAGCUUAGAAAAGACUGUGGUUUUUAUGUGUUAUAAUGUUUCUAGGUGUGUACCAUGCUGAGCAGCCACAUUUUAUAUGGGUACUAUAAAGCACAUACAAUUUUUGUCAGCAAUAAAUGGAAUACCUUGAAUUGUUUAAGCAGCGGAAAAAAGUGUGCUACCUAAAGCAGUUUCAUAUACAACAGCUGCAGAACAUCCCCCCCCCCCCCGGCAAUGUGGCUGAAACCAAAAGCUCCAGUUGGGUGUCAAGACAUAAUUUUAGCAGAGAACCCGUGGUAGCGCCCCACUUUCUGCAAUUUGAGCAGACAUAAAUACUUUACCUCCAGCUGAGCUCAGGGGCAACACAUCAUUCCUGGUUGCAGGAGCAGCACUGAUGCCUUAAUUGGCUGGGGACCAGUGAGGUCACAAACCCACUUCACUGUUCUUCCCUGAAGUAGGUUUCGUUUAAGAUUUUAAGAAAUUCCUCCAGCCUUCCAGAGCAGAUUUGGAGGCACAUGGGGAGGGAAGAGGAAGUCGCAUUGCACAGGUGAAAAAGUCUCCAUUGCUAGUUGCAAUCUAUGAUAUCUAAGGCGGGGACACUAGUUUCUUCAGCUGCUUGUGGUUCUGGCAUUGAAUGGUAGGGUGAGGUUAUAAGGACCUAGGCACCCACAUGUCAGCAGUGGGAGGUCAGUAAUGCAGGCUGCUCUGGCCAAACUGCCUUCCUCCCCCUAACACAUCCCGCUCACCCAUAUGAACAGAUGACAGACCAGUGUAAAUGGAAGCCUUUGUUCUGAAGGGACAGGUGCCCUGUACCAGUGCAUUCGGCCCUCAAAAUAAAGGUGGACAAAUUUGGGAAAUCCUGUUACCUUCAGUGUGUUCUUCUCAUUGUGAUAAUUUUUCCACUGUAAAAAUUUUAAGGGAGGUGACUUGGCUGUGUGUCCCCCUUUAGGUCUGGAGAGAGACAAGUUUGAUAAUAAGACGGUCACUUUUGAAGAGCAUAUUAAAGAGGAGCAUAAUAUGUGGCACUACUUGUUCUUCAUUGUAUUGGUCAAAGUAAAGGAUUCUACGGAAUAUACCGGGCCUGAAAGCUACGUGGCUGAAAUGAUAAAGGUGAGUUGGGCGUGCUGGUCCUGAACUGUGGCUUUUCCAGACUUCUUUGCUUUUGAUUUAACUAAAUGCAAAUCCAGUUUGUACCAUUAAGUGAGACCUAAGGAAAAGAAGAUGGGGAAACCAAAAGUAUCCCAAUCAAUCAAACAAGUCUAGUAUUGUUUCCUUUAUUGUUGGUUAAACAUGCAGAAAGCAUGAAAAGGUGGUAAAUGCUCCAAUUAUUUUUCAGGUGACUGGUUUUUUUGCCUGCCACCCUAGUCACUAUCCAGAGGCUGUAGUGUGCCAUUCUGUCUGCCUGUUGGCUUUUUCCAAUCCCAAAAUACCCAUCAGACGAGGUGGUGGAGGUGACAAUGAAACAUUAAUUAAUAUACUACUUAAUUGCAAAAUAGUCCAAAAAAGAGAGAAUUCCUAAUACAGUUUCUUACUUUUUCAUUAAUAUGGAGUCAUAGUCAAAUACAUCUAAUUUUUAAACUAGGAUUAGAUUGGGUUCUGUAAUGACAAUAGCCCCAUAAUAUGCAAGCAAAGGAGGGGUGAAUUCAUUUUAGGUUCCUCUCUGAUUUAAUAUUAAAUUAAUCAAAGGAUUCUUUGGUGAGACCCAAAUGUUUAUUGCAGCAAUCAGUGCUAGCAUCUUCAUAACUAAAGUUGUUAAGCCUUUAACAUAUUUACGCAAGGGAGCCAAAUAAACAGGGCUAAAUAGCAAAGUCUUGCCGUUGUGUUUUGGGAUCAGUCUCCUAGCAGACAGUUUACUUUACUUUGAAAACAAUUUAUAAUAAUAUAAAGACGUUUUCUCCUUUUUUCAUCACAAUUGUCUUGUGAGUGAGAAAACUUUAAAUCAGGACACCUUUAUUAUGUGUUCCUAUCCUAUAUACUUCAUGUUGAUUUAUGAGGGUUUUAUUUUAAGUCACUUUUCUGUAGAAAAAAGUGGACCCCCCCUUUUUGGUCAUACUAGAUUAAUAAGUCCUGAAACAAUGUUCUCUCUUCAUAGUCUGAUUUGCUGAUUGGCACAUUGGCUGGUCAGGAGAGUGAGCUGCAUCUUUUCCCCCCUGAUAGCUUCUGCAUCGAAACUUCCUAUGAGGCAAAUCCAGUUAAAUGCUGGUUUUGCAUGUUUCUUAAAGGCAUGGAACUGCCCUUUUUAGGUGCAACAUAUGCUAACUUGUUGGGAAUAUAAAUCCUGUUGUCAAAAUCUCUUAUUAGGUAACCUAUAUUAUUUCAGGGUCAUUGAAUUCUUAUGUCCUGGUUUUGGAGUGCUUCCUAAGGGCUUAAAGAAAUCUUGUGAGUAGUCACCUGACAGAGGAUUAGUGGUGAAGUGAAGCAUGUUGCAGUCCUCUGUGUAAACAGCCUGUUAUUUUAUGGCUCCUCGGCAUGCUAGAAAAAGUAGCAGCCAGGGAAAUGCAGCCUUCUGUUGGAAUGGAUUUUGUAGUUCAGACGGAAUGCUAAUAUAGCAUAUGGAAAACCUUUCUAAUUCCAUGUUUUGCUGGAAAGCUAUAGUGUCUUCCUGUCAAAGUGCCUAGACUUAAAAAGGUGUAACCUUUGUGAUCAUGUAUGUCUGAGAAAAGCAUAGGAAUUUGCAGACAAAAUCUCCGUAAGAGCAUCUUGGGUGUUGGAAGCACUGUGCAUUGAACUUGUGAAUUAAGUUUAAAAAUACUCAUGCAUUGGUUCACAGUAAGAGUAGCAGUAAAAAAACCUAUGCAGGCAAAACACUUGUAUUUACUGUUUAACCUGCAAAACACUUAAAUUUAUAAGCAUGCCUGAGGCUGGAGCAAGCAGAGGCAUGUCUUCAUCCAAUGCUGGUCAAAGGAAAAGAGAUGAACAGGAAGUACAAUGUGCUCAUUCCUGUCCAGGAGAGAUGACAUCACACGGAGCCCUCUCUACCAAUUGUAUUUCUGUGGUCUGAGUAUCUGCCUGUCAUCAGGGCAGCUCUGUAGACUUUGCCCCUUCUCAGGCUAACGAGCAGCAAUAUGCAUUUGUUAGGUUUGGCUGCUAAUCUGCCACACUCAUAAGAACAUAGCCCAUCUUAUUUAGCAUCAUUUUCUCUCAGUGGCUGAAGAGAUGCUCAUGGGAAGCCUGCAAACUGAACAUGAGCGCAACAGCACUCUGCCCACUUGUGAUUCCUAGCAACUGCUGUUCAGAAGCAUUAUGCCUCUGACUGUGGAGGUAGGACAAAGUAAUCAUGGCUAGUAGCCAUUGAUAGCCUCCUGUGGGAGCAAGUUCCAUAGUUUAAUUAUGUGCUCUAUGAAGAAGUAUCUGUCCUGAUUCUUCCAAUAUCCAGUGCUAUAGUUUCAUACACUUGUAAGAUGCAUGGGCAGUCUGUUACAAAAUGUUAAAUCUAGUCAAAUCACAAUGUUCCUGAAUUUUCUGUUCUUCGUCACUUACAUAUGCUGUAGCACAUUUUCAGCAUUGUGAUGCAGUAUCAUAACUGUAAACAACUUAUUUCCUUAAAGACUGUUGGAAGAAGGCUCAUUGUGCUUUUGCCUAAAUGUCUGUUUUAAUCGAGGAACGAAGCAGAACUUUAAAAUGCGUUAUGUAACGUGGUUUUUUUGUGUUGUUGUUUUUUUGCACCCUUGAGGAGUUUGUUCCAAAAAAAAUAUGUUGAUCAUGGGAGUCGCAUACAUAAUAGCGGAAAGGUUUUGGGCUAUAGUUUUCCUUAGGAUGUGAGCACAAGAAAAGCCAGCAGUUGAACUCUGCUAGUCAAGCAUCCAUGACACAGCAUGGCUUGAGGGUGACUUAAGUGGUGUGUGUUCAAGAGAGACAGAGAGAGAGGCAGGCAGAGAGAGAGAAUAUAUGUAUGUUUUGUUUUUCCAAUUUCAUCAUAGGUCCAUGCCUAGGGCUCAGUAAGAGGGACAGAAGUGACAUGGUGCACCAGUUGCCCAAAAUAAUAUAGCAGAUACACAGCCUGGGGGUACUCCUUGAUCCAUCGCCAGAGGUCCCAAUGACCCUUGGCCAAGAGUACUAUUUACCAGUUCCUGCUGGUUAUGCCAGCUGUGACCACACUGGUAAACUCAAAGUUAACUUUUUAUAUGGUUUUUAUGGUACGGUUUUAUGUUCUAUUGCUGCAAAACACACACACACACGUGCUCUGAAAGAAGUUAGAAAAGCGUAACAGUGGCAUACACCAUAGAAAUUAAGAUAUCGGAAGACGUUUAAAAAUGCAAAGAGCUGGUUGGGGAUCCCUUCCCCUGCUUCAGAAGCUCAGAGACAGGGGCUCAGAGAACAGGGACUUGCAAGUGUUUCCUCUUCCCUGUUCUUCUAUGUGAACUUCUCCCUCUGCAGUAAGAUGUGAAUGCUUUAAAUGUGGAGACAGUUUUAAGUCUAACCGCAGGAGGAAAUGUGAAACUUCCACUUGUGGAAGUUAUGGAGAAGUGAGGAAACGAGAUGCACGGGUCACUUUUACUUUCAGACACUGAUACAUAUUUAGCCCAAGUUACUCUUGAGGCCUGGUUCAAAUGUUUUACAAUGUAGCUACAAGAUGAAGCCAUUUGACCAGGGCCCUGUGAAGUUGCAAGGAAGUUCAAAUGCCUUUAUCACACGAGUCUGUCAAACUGGGAGAGAUAUCUGCAUGCUGUCUCUUCUGCUAGAUUCUGGGGAGGUAUAGUGCUGGCGUGGUUCUUUCCCUUGUGAUUUAGCAGACUCAUGGGGAAAGAGCAUCAAACUGUUCUCUAAGCCACAUGGAGCCGUGCCCACAUGGCUGUGAUUAUUAGCUGCACCCUACCAAAAACAGAACAUCUGAAUUGGCUCUGAGAGAGAGGGAAAUCUCAAGAAGAGGUGGUCCGCUGCCUUUUAGGGAAGACCACAAAAACAUUUCUAUUGUGUGCAGUAGGUAGCUGCAGCCAUAGUUUCUAAUUACCUGCUCUUGCAAUCUUGCCAUCAUCAUUGCAUUUGAGUAGAGAAAGAAUUCGAACAAACCUCCUUUUUUGUAAUAUUUCCUUUUGUGGUACUACAGUCCAAGAAACUGCGAAGAUCAGAAACAUGAAAUUUUGGUUUGAGUUAGCUGGAUUAUGGUGAGACCUGGGUCUCUGCACAGGUUAAUUAAAUGCUUCAACCUAAGUUGGGAUAUUUUUGCCAGUGAGCAGAACACAGAUUCCAUUUCAUUGUAUUGGUUGGAUGGCCAUCUGUUAUGGAUGCUUUAGUUAAGACUCCUGAAUUGCAGGGGGCUAGACUAGAUGACCCUCAGGUUCACUUCCAACUCUAUGAUUCUGUUAUUCUAACCAUCCUGUUUAAUGCUAUAUUUGGCCUAAGCUUGAGGUCGCUGAACUGCUGAUCAUGAGCAGAAUCCACUUUACUCUUCUCCUGAGUAAACUCCACAACAGUGAAAUUUGUUGGUUUUGAUGGACGUUGUUUAGGUAAGGGAAAUUCAGUGGAUUGGCCUCAUUUGUAUAUUUUCUUUGCUAUGCGUGUGAUAUGUAUUCAACCCAGAAUGAUAGCUAACUACCAGUGUACCCAUACAAAUGAAGAAUGAGUGACUAAAAUUACGGUAGGGUACAGUUUAAUUGAUGCUUUGUCGCCACCCAAAUGUCUAGAGAACCAGUUCACAUAAUCACAUGCUUAAAUAACUUCAGAAGCAAAGGAAAGCUAUUGCUGUGAUGGGGGUUUUUUUUUGGGGGGGGUCACUUUGUAUAACGCCUGAGUCCUUUCUAAUCCUCUGGAUCCAGCAAGGAUUAAAAUCUAACGGAGAAUUCCAUUGUUGAAUUAGCAGGGCAAGGGUCAUAGUUGCCACCAAAGUACUAAAGUAUGGUCCUUAGUGUAACAAAGGAAGCUCCUCUGUGCAAGGGAUGAUGAUGAUGAUGAUGAUGAUGAUGAUGAUUACUACUGCCAUCUGACCGGGUUGCCUCAACCGCUCUGGCUGGCUGGGUGGUGAGUCCCUCCCUCACCUGGCUGGUACUGAGAAAGACAAUAGCCAGUAUGUGAGAGAGAGCAGGGCUAGAAGCAGGCAGGAGCCAGAGAGUGAGCACCAUGCUUGAUUUCUGCUGGAAUCCAAAGCUGUGACUAUGGGAGAAGCAAGAAAUUCCAGGGUGUUAAUGCGUGAGAUGUAUAUAGACUGAAUAUAUAUGUAAAUAAACCAUAUAUCCCAAAGUCCCACAUUCCAAGGAAACCGAACCCUGGGUUAGAACCUAGAACCCCUGGUAUCUCGCACCACUUGAACAUCGGGGUGGCGUGCAACACUAUGUUUUGUCACUAGUACUGGGCCCAGGCUGCUGGAAGCUGGGUAUCAUUAGGCCUGAGGAUUAAAUGUGCGUAAAUGUUAGGGUUGAAACAAAUGACCUAAAAAAAUUGGGUGUGCCACACAUCAGCAAUUGCUGCAGGGAGAAACAAGUCUGUCCUGUUCAUAUCUAGUACGUUCUGUCCUCUAGACGUAAAGUCGGAAACUGCAUUUGAAGUAUGCUCGAACUAGUUGUUCAGUCUUUCUGCUGUGCCAUUCCUUAGCUUAUUGGAAGUUAAAAGAGGGAGGGAAAGAGAUAAUUGUGUGUCAAAUCUGAGAGUGCACAUGGUCCAAGUAUUUAUUCGUUAACUUAUUUAAAGCAUUUUUGCCAAUUCCCACCAUGUCUUGCAAAGAUUGUUAGUAAGACAAAUCUCUGCUCUUAGGCUUACAAUCUGACACACAAGGAAGAAGGAACAGGGAGAGAGAGGACAAGGGAAGCAAGCUCAGGGACUAAUUCUUAAUCUUACACUUCUUACAACAACUAGCUAGGAUCCCAUGUUUGCAGGGGGUGGACCAAAAACAGCCAGUUUUUCCACAGAGAUGAUGGAAUUGUACUGCUUCUCUUCUCUCCCUCUGCCCUGCAGCCUGAUAAAAAGUAGAUAUAAUAAACUUGUUGCUUUGCCUUGGCUGAAGCUGGCCAUACUAAUGGCUGCUUUUUAACCAUCAAAUGGGAACAUUAAUUACCACCUUCCUGUGGUUAUGAAGAUUAGUGGAACAAGGAUUGCAGCCUUUACAUGCUGUAAUAGGAACAGUAACAAUUUCCGCCAGUGAGUGGCUUAUUGUGGAACACUGAAGUGAGCUAAUGCGCUAGAUUUAAAGGCAACACACCAGUGUUAGACUGAUAACUGUGGCUCUGCCUCACUGUAAACUUUCAGGGCAGGUGUUCAGUUGCCUCACUCUCUUGCUAAUCUAUGAGUUAUCUGUUUACCUGGAUUGUUAUCUGUUAUGUUCAAGUGCAUUUGUUGCUCUCAUCCAGUACGCCUCCCUCCAAGUCCUGUGUGUUGACUCAAUUUUAACCCCUUUAUUAUUGCCAUCUGUUUAUUUAGCCAGAAACCCUGUGCAUGAACCCCUUUCUUAAUAUGGUUGAUGCCUCUGCAUGAUCUAUACAAAAGUGUGUAACUUCUAGACAGGAAGGAAGUUCAAUGGCCGGGGUCAAAAUAUGUGCAUGUACAUGGGCGGGAUUGAUGGUUUCCCCAUUCGGUAGUAAUCUGUCAUGCCCCACUCUGAAGGGUACCCUGUCCCUUGGCAUGAGAGGGGAGUUUCUGUUAUAGGAAGGAUGGGCCAUUCCUGCCAAUUUCAGGAUCCUAGUCCAGAGAGAGAAGGUUAGAGGAGCUGCCAUUCAUGGCAACACUGAAGUUUCACAUUUUGUGUGGAAUUGUCCAUUCUUGUAAAUUGUUUGGGUCCCAGAGUGCUAUGUAGAGAGUGCCAUGUUCAGAAACAGGUUGCAUUUCAUUGACAAAAGAAAUGCAGGGGGUGGUAUAUAGAAUUACAUUCUUUGGAUUAUAAACAAAUUUGUUUUACUUUAGUCCAUGAAUGCUUAUGUCAAAAUAAAUAUGUGUUGCUCACACUGCUGUUUGUACUGCAAGAGACUAAUGUGGCUGUCCCCUUCUGGAAAUCUGCUGCUUUUUGAAAUGUGGGUAUGACGUAGUUGCUAGAAUUUGGUGAUGAUCAAACUUUUCUUUUCUAAGUCUCCCUGAACUGAACAUUCCCAUAGAGAGCAGGUGUUUGAGACCUUCCAUCAGCCUUUCAGGACAAGCCCAAGCUGCCAACAUGUCUGUGAGGAAAUGAAAAAUCAUAGCCAUUAUCCCAGUAACCUGGCAAGUUUGCUUGUGCUGACUAGCUGAAAGCCGUGCCCCAGAACCAUCCCCUGUGGGCAUGAUCACUCCAGUCAUAGUGGGAUGAAGAGUGCAAAGGGAUUUUUGUAAGUAGGGCAGCAACUAGAACUUGUGACAGAGUAGUAAGUUAAGAACUCUCAAGUUCUUGAAUACUGGAAGUCUCAUGUUUCUAUGCCAUUUGCAGAUUAUUUUUUUGCAAAACAGAGUACUAAAAAUUUUUAUUCAUAGGAGCUGAGGUCCAGAAGAUUGUGAGUGCAGAAAUUCAGGUUCACGGUUUAUAAGAAACUGUUCGUGUCCCAAAAUAAUAACAGGGGAUUUCAUAUAAUGUUUGAAAUUCUCAAGGGGGGGGUGGGGACUCAAUCUGGCUUGCAUUUAAAUGUGCUUCUACCAAAUCACACUUUCCACAACAGUGUGAGAAACAAAAUAUAGCUGCCCUUCAAAAUUCACACUUACCCAAAUUUUGCAGUGCAGUUCUCCAACUAAAAUGCAUAUAUUAGGGGAAAGUGUGCAUAAAAGCAAUUAUAUUGGUGAAAAUAACAUACAAAUACUAAGGGGAAUCACUUGCCAAAAAUAUAUGCAUGAGUACUCAGUACGAAAUGUGUUUAUUAGGAGAAAUUCAUACUAAAAUGCUGAAUAAUUUGCAUGAGGUUUUUUUUAUUUUAUUUUAAUUUUAAUCACAAAACUGCUGUAGAAAUGUGGAGAAUAAAUUUAAGUUUGGGGAAAUAAGAAACUGAGAGCUGAAAUUGACAGAUCCAAUCCAUCUGUACUCAAGAAUAUUAAUUUUGCUUCUAUUUUUCUUUCUCUUUAAGAAAACUGCAUCUUUCAAUCACAGCUUCCCCAGUCCAAAAUACUUGCAACAUACAUUGGCUUGGUUCUUAGCCCAUCUUGUGUGCUGCCAUAUUCUGUGUACCCAGCCUAGAUGCUGUGGAGCUCUGCAUUACCUGCUUAGCCCUUCUAUUCAGAGAACACCUCGGUCACUACCCACUUUAUCCAUUGCACAAUAAUUUUAGGGUGGAAUUCAUUACCAUGGGCAGGUUAUAGACAAUCCCUGUUAUAUGUGUUUGUGUAUGCUAGUGUUGUGUUUUUCUAAUGAUCCAUUUUAUGCAAUCGGCCAAUUAAUUCCAGCCCAGCUGCACAUGAUAUAAUGUGUCCUGGUUUACUUAUGUAAUCCCUACAGUACCAAACAAGAACUAGGUUAGCGGAAGGGCCAGCACUGUCAUAGUAUGAAACACAAAAGGGAACCUCCUUUGGGCAAUCCCUCAGCAGCUCUUCAUCACUGGUUAUGUAAAAAGCUGGGCAAGGUUUGCUCGUAAUGAAAAUUACUUCAUCGUGGGAAACAGCUGUGAGCUGUGAAUUUCCCUGCAGCCAGUGAACUAUUUUAAAUUAAGAAAGAAAGAAUGAGCUCUCAAGUAUUUGUCUUGCUUGGCCUCUGGGUGGAGUGGUGGCUUACUGAGAAGAACUCAUUUCCUAAUAGCGAAGGGCUGCUACCUGGAAAAGUUUCCACCAAGAUCAAUGGUCUGUUGAAUUGCCUUGUCUCCUUCUCUGCACGCAGGUUGGCAUGUGGUGUUGGGUGUGGUUAAAGUUGCUUAAUAUUAGAACUAAACUGAACUCAAAGCAUUGGAAGCAACUGGCUAGCUUUCUGCAUCUGAGAAAGGUCAAUGGAGAGAAUCAUCAGCAGAUGCAGGUGUGCUCACUCUUGCUCUCCAUUUUCUUUUAGAGAUGUGGAACCUACGGCUCUCCAAAUGUUGGACUCCAAGUCCCAUCAGUCCCCAGCCAGUAUGACCAAUGAACUGGGAUGAUGGGAGCUGGAGUCCUACAACAAAUGGAGGACCACAGCUUCUCCAUCUGUUUUUUUACAUGGCAACAGGAAGACUCUCUACCCACUCCAGAGUUCAUUUGCCCUUUUCAUGUACAGAAUUGUUGACCAUAGUUCACAUGUUACAUAUGCAUUGAUUUUCAAAUAAAUUUUGAAUUUCUUUCCAGUUCUUACAAGACUGCAUCUACAAUUCACAGCAUGGCUAUAAGCAUAAUGUGGAAUGGCUUCAACUGGUCUUUCCCCAUAAUCAUGGCAGUAGGCUGAACUGUUUCAGGAUGCUUUUAGAGACAUCCCUGUCUGAGUUAGGGAUAGUCAUUCUUUCCACAUAAUGACUGUGCGCUGUUAGUAAGAUUUCAAGAAUGAAAAUUAAAAACUGGGAGAUGGAUCUCAGACUUGGUUAUUAUUCAGUGGAGGUUUCUCUGUCUUUUAAAAAGUGGUACAAACAAUAACCCUUGGAUAUUUUUCUCCUAGCCACUGUACCCAACAGAUCCAUGCAGAAUGCAAUAAAUACUGCUAUUCAUAUAUUGCAAGAAGUUCAGGUGUUUUCCCCCCAGAAAGGGAUACUGCAUUUUCCAGCACUCCGAUAUUUAUCACUGUAUAAAAUAAAAUUCUCUGGCCAGUAUGUCCACCACAAUUGUUACUGCAGGUGUAGGAUGUGGCGAUUGCAAGUAAGUAGUAGUCACGAGGCCCUAUUAGAUAUGACAUGUGUUAACCAUAGUAACACAAACUACAAACUCCAUUUCAUGUCUGUACCAUUCUAGGAACUGUUUAAAGUCUUUAAUUUUACUUCUUUGUAGCAUUAUUUUAUGAGGAAAUGUGAUGAGAUGAACAGAGCUACCUUUUCCACACCGCAACAGCACAUUGUCUUUGAAAUACAUCUGUUGCCAUGCUGUUUUUUUGUUCUUUUGAAGAAGGUGCGCUCCCCCCCACCAGCCCCCCAGUGCUGAACCCAUAUGCCAUGGUUUAAAAGAGCGUAAAAGUGCAGCUAUCCCCCACUCACCUCCAAUCAAUUACAGAUCAGGACUGCGCACUGGAAGAUAGAUUUGACUUUUAACGAUAAACUCCAAGGUUGGAAAGACCCCUAAAAGCAAGCUCAGUUCAGUGAAAGCAAGGAAGUGUGAGAUUUCUCAGAAUGAAUUAUCGUUUCCAUUGCACAGAGCAGCUUCCUUUUUUGGAAAGAAAGAAAAAACAAACAAGUUACCAAUCAUGGACAUUUUAAAAGCUCUGGCCAUCGCCGCCCCCGUGUCUGAGAUUCUGACGAUUGCUACUUGAAAGGGACUUUUCCAACUUUACCUAGAAAAGAGCUAGCCAGAAACAUAACACUUGUGGGUUAGCCAGCUUCCGUCAGUGGCUUAAUUCAGUUGGUCUGUUUAAAGAGAGGAAGCUGCUGCUGUGACGGGAAGAGGGAGCUGACGGCACCACCAGGCUUGUAGGAAGGCCAAAGCAGACAGUGCAUAACAGCAUUGGUAUGUGGGACACCAGUAGGAAAGGGGUGUGCCUGUGGAGGCAAGGAAACAGACCAAACAUAAAGGCUCAAGAUUAUGGCUCACUUAAUGCAUGCAAAAAGGAGGUGGGGGGAGCCAUGGUAACUUAACAUGUUGCUUGCAAGACCAGACACCUUAAGGGCUUUGUUGAACUUUUAACAGAAACCUGCUUGUCAAGCUUACUCCUUGGACACAACACCUCCAAAAUUAAAAUAUCCUGUUCUUAUUUUAAUGCCACCAACAUUGCAGAAGUGUCUGUUUAAAUAUUGAUUUAAAAUGUAUUGUAACUUUUGAAUAAAUGUUUUUUUUUUUAUAAAAAACAAACAACCCUCUGAAAUGGGUAUGAUUUGACAGUGAGAUGAAGGAGAGGGAGGAGCAGAUUAAGGUGCACUCUGUUAUAUAGGCUGUAGAAUUCUUUGGCCCGCAAAACGAGCUGCUUUGAAUACACGUUUCAGGUUCAUUUCUUAUGUCUCCUGAAAACAUCAAUAUAACCUCAUGCAGGGAAUUGAGAAGCAAAGCUGGUGCACCAUCUUGCAGAAGCAUAUCAACUGCUACUAAUCCAGUUGAUUUGCUGCUUGUUGGGUUAUGACCAAGAUCUGUGAAACAAGGAUGUCAAAGUUAUUUGCCAAAAAUAUUUGUUUUGUAUGUCUCUCAGCAACAGAAACUAUUAUCUGCCCCCCCUUUCCUCCCACCCUGAAGGUGUACCUGUUCCAUUUUACUAUGUAUGGAGUUCACAGCUUUUGAUAUUUCUUUGAAGACAAAAGUAAUCAGUGUAGGGUUUCUGAAAACCAGAUUUGCUGAAUGUGUCAGGAGUGUGGUGCUUGGGGUGGCACCAUAUUUCUACAGUGGUAACCACUCAUUCACUCUAGCUCCCUCCCCUUCUUUUGUUGUUAAAUACAGCCCAUGGUUUAUGACUACCACCCAGUCACAAAUACACAUUUCUUGGGUAAUGUGGUAGGAAGAGUGAUGACCAAGAGAGAAUAUAUGGGUUAUAUCCAACAAAAUUCUACUUAGAAAUAAACCCAUUGAAAGUAAUGUAUUUAAAUUAGUCAUGUUCAUUAACUAAACCCAUUAGUCUACUCUAGCAUUGCACACAAACUUGUAUGUAUAGUCAGUAUCUCCAUACCAUUCUUCUAUUGUUCUAUUCUAUGAUUUAAGAAGGUAUCAUGGCUCUGGGAGUAGUAGUAGUAGUAGUAGUAGUAGUAGUAUGGAGUGGUGUUUACAAGCUCCGCUAACCUGGACGUAAAUGCUCCCAGUUGUGACCUUUGCCCCAGAAUGUGAGCGGAAGUUGCGCACCAGCAGUGCAGCAGCAGCAGCAGGCUCCAUUACCAAAAGUGCGCCUCAUGUUAUGAGCAGUUUUGGUUUACAAACGGACCUCCAGAAUGAAUUAAGUUUGUAACCACUGUACCUUGAUUGAUUCCCACAAAUCACGGCAAGCUGCUGACCCAGUUUUAAUAAGCAGCCCCUUAUUUCUAUUGUACAGUCGUACCUUAUUUUGCAACCAGGAUCUGUUCCAGAGCCCCGGCUACUAGCCGAAAAGAACACAAGGCAAAGUGCCGUGUCUGCGCACGUGCGUGGAGCAGUUUGCACUUCUGCGAAUGCGUGAAGUGCAAUUUAGUGCUUCUGCGCAUGCGCAGCAACAAACCCGGAAGUAACCCAUUCCGGUACUUCCGGGUUUGCCGCGGGCAUUCGCCAAAGCAGACGCUAGACGAGGCAUUACUGUACUGAAACCCUUGUUCCCCAUGUGCACAAACCACUAAUUAUUAAGUGGAGAUAUGCAUGCAAGUAAGUUAUCCAUACAGAAAUGUUUUGUGAUGUAUAUCCUCAGCAGCUGACAAGGGCGCUAAUGUGGGUCAUUGUCUUAGGUUUCAUAGCCAGCUGGGAUUAACAGUCGUAGAUCUGUGAUAAAACCAGCCAGUUGCCAGGCACCCCUGCUCCCAUUUACUGCUUUGAGUAGGUUAAAGGGCAAAUCCAGUAACAGCGAAGGAUACCUAAGGUUCGGCAGGUGUACUGCUUGCCUCACGCUGGGGUGAGGGCCAAGCAAGCCACCUCUCCUAAUGUUCUUUGGUAUGCCUUUAAAAAAUCCAGUUGAGAAUCUCUUCUCUGGUUACUGGAUGUUUUUCCCUCAUGCAUUUUCAAUUCUCAUUACAAAGGAAAAGGGUUUGAGACUCUGUCAGGUGAAUGGCAAAGGCAAUGGGAGGGGGGUUGUGUUGGUAGGACGGCAUUCUCCUUUUGUCCAUCACCGAAGGAUUUGUUUUAUAGUUUUUUAUAGUUUUUAAACUUAGGGCAGGAGAAACAAGUUGGUCUGUUCAGAGUUCAGACAAUUGUGCAUUGUGCUCUAUGGAGUAACAUGUGAGGUUUAUAAGGUAGGGGAAAUGGCUGAUCAGAUUUUAUGGGUUUGUGCUAUAUAGAAGAUAGAGGGCCUGUCCUACAUGGGUUUUGUGAUUUGGGUAUUACAAAUUUGUCUGUGGGGCCUGCCCUCUGGGACAAGACACUCGGUGGGGGGCGUGUUGGAGAAUUUAUGGCAGUUUACAAAAGGGACAAAACCGUAUGAAAGGUUGUGACCGAAACAUGAUCACACUGUUGCCAGCUGCUGACCAUAAUGGGACCUAUCUAUGGCCUUGCUAUACCGUUAAACCCAUGGGGAAGAAGAAGAAGAAAUGUUUUCAUGGAAGGGGACUGUGGCAGUUGAGUAGGUAUGGACAGGGAUCCCACAAGGGAUUCCAGAAACUUAAGUCGCAGGAGCUUGGAUUAGACGACCCUUAGGAUCCCUUACAACUCUACAACUCUAUUAUUCUUUUAGUUAUGUUUCUGAUAAAAUGCUAGCACUAGAUUACAAGAAUGCUGCAAAACAAGUUCAAAAAUAGUAACAAUGGUUCUGAGAAGAUCUUGUGAUCCAUUCAUCUGCAGUGAGAACUUUGAUUCACCCAUCACUAUUACAAGCAUAUGCCAGUUGAAAAUAGAAGUUAGAUUGUAAAUUCAUUGGAAGAGGGCAACAUAAUUUGCUUUAGUUUUUGAGGUGCUCUAAAGCACUAUCUACAUUGAUGGUGCAGCUGCAUAAAUGGUAAUAGGACUGAGCUGUUAGUUCUGAAUUUCUGUUUUUACUUGUUUCUGUUUUUCCAUUUAAUAUAAUGACAUUUUACUUUUUAAUGGUAUUUUUAAUGCCACAUAGAGGCAACUAGCACAGCAGGGCUAUGGUCACCAUGUUUUUGCUUGUGUGCCUUCCAGAUGCAUGACUGGCUACUAGAAAGUAGGACGCUAGACUUUAUGAACUUUCGGUCUGAUCCAAUUGGUACAUGUGUAUAUGUACACUCAAAGGCACUAGAAACUCAGAAUAAUAAAAUAUUGGUUCCUAAAGCAAGAACUGGUUUUUGAAAGGUCACCUAUCAAUUUCAAGUGGCUGUGGUUCUGUAGAGCAUGAAGGUGAAUGCCAGAUUCCUCUCCUCAGGUUGUAUCCGACGCUGCUAUUUUCCUCACACAACAGACACCACCUUGCGCAACAGAACUUCACCUUCUUUCCUGCCGCUCCUUUCCCCUCUCCCCCAAAUGCACCGUCAAAAUCUGCUCCACAGGAUUUGAGGAUCCUCAGCAGCAGAUUGGGGGCAGAGGAAGAGGAAGUCCUGUUGCAUGAGUGGAGUACCACUUGCCUAACCUAGAGAUGCUCCACUGACUAAAUGGAAAUAGCUAGAACUUGGCAGUUGUCAUAGCGUGUGGUUGAAAUUGAUUGUUACAAUAGAUAAAACUUGGCUAUCAGACUAGUUUUGUCCCAGGUUUCAUAUGAGGUAGUAUUAAAGUGCAUCUGCUUACACCCAGGCUUUCUUGCUUCCUCCUCCUCGUCUGAACUUCAUCAUUAAAGAUAUGCCUCCAACGUGGGAGGGGAGAGAAAUCAAACAGUAGCACUGAAUGGCUGUCAGUGCUAGCCUUUAAUGAAUUGAGAAACUUUUGUCUGCUACUCACCCUUUCUCUUCCCUUUCUGCUCCCACAGUACUUAGGGGGUUUUCUUUUUGCCAGUUUCCUUCCCUUUUAUUUUGCAUCACUAGCUGUAUACAUCAGUACAGAAGCAUGCAACAUCACAUGUAUAGAGUUGAUUUGUUGUUGUUUAGUCGUGUCCGACUCUUCGUGACCCCAUGGUCCAGAGCACGGCAGGCACUCCUGUCUUCAGAGCUGAUUUACCUGUCAGCAAUUAGCUGUGGAACCCCCAAAUAUGUAGUCAAAACAGAUUCUAGAACUGGGGGUGGGGAGGGUUUCAACAUUAGAUUUUGCAUUCACUUAUUACUUGCUCCUCUGGAUUCUGUCAAGAAGUGUUGGGAUGUAUGUUGACUUCACUAGAGGUUACUCAUCCACUUCCUCACCUUGGGGAGAAAGUAACAAGAUCACCAGGAGAUCUUAGGUUCUGUAAGGAACCCAUAUUCUGUAGGGAAGAACCAGCUUUCUAAUGGAUUCUGUCCUGCAGAACCAGGGAGUUUCAAAUACACAAGGAAUCUUCCAGUUCAGUUGCUUUUGUCUCAUAAGGAAAGUUGCAAGGGAAAUCCCAAAUCACCUGUAAUAGAUUUAAAGAGGCCAACUAGUGAGUAAAGUCUCCCCAAAUAUAUUGUGAAGGCAUCUCAUUAUUUUAACUGAAUACUUUGAAAGGAUCACAGAACACAUUACUAUUAUGAAAGUUAGCAUUGUGAAGCUUUAGCCUUCUCCCACAAUUUGGGGUAUAAAAUUGAUUGGUAAACAUACUGCUGAUUAAAACAUGUUUUAGGCACAGCCUACCUAUCCAGACAUACAGAAGUUACAAGUGUUUUCUUUCUUUUUAGCUACUGUUGAUUUUAGUGCUUUUAAUAUUUUUAAUACCUGUUUUUAACUGUUUUUAUAGAUAAUUUAAAAUGUUUUAUUUUCUAUUGUUGUAAACUACAUAGAGAUUUUUGGAGGGUUUUACAAUUAAGUAGUGUUUAAGGUUUCAUAAGACAUAUAAAUGAGUAUCUUGUUUUUCAAGUGUGGAGGGCUCAAGAAAACAUUGUUACUAGAUAUGUAAAUGGAAAAAAAUAAUGUGGGGAACAUGUUACCUGUAAUUCAAAAGCAGAAGCUACAACAAACAAUCUCUUCUUGAAUUGCUACAGUUAAGCAUGGAAUAACUUCACAGUUAUGAGGUGUGAAGGAAUUCUAAUAUUGCAUUGUUUUGUGACUUCUGAGCAAUAGUCAUUAAAAUUAUCUGAGAUUAAUUGGAUUUAUUUUUUUACACCAGAAGCACAUGAAAUGCAUUUUUAGUGAUUCAAAAUUGUAUUUUAGAACAACCUUUUGGAGCAUUUGCCAUAUUCAAGUGAAUUUACAGUGGCCAAUAUGCAAUUGUGCCUUUGCCACGCAUUUAUGUCAUUAUCAUGCCUGAAUUUCAGGAGAGAAAUCUGGAUUGGUUCCCUCGGAUGCGUGCCAUGUCGCUUGUGAGCAGUGAUUCUGAAGGAGAACAGAAUGAACUUAGAAACUUGCAAGAGAAGCUUGAAUCUACCAUGAAGCUGGUGUCCAAUCUUUCUAAUCAGCUAUCUGAGCUUAAAGAGCAGGUAAGAGACUUCCAGAAGAUGCAGACAGGGUAUGAAUUUAUACAAAGCCUUUAUGUUUUCACAAAUUUUGGAAAACCAGAAAUGUCCUGGUCACAUUUAAUAAGUGUCACUGAAUGGAAAACCUGAGGGUGGGGAAACCAACUGUUUGUGUUUUUAAUGCAGCCUUCAAUAUACAAAAUUAUAUUGGACUUGGGAGAGAGUAUGACAGACACUCCCCCUGCCUUGAUAUGAUGGGCAAUAGGUAAUACAGCAAGAAGCUUCAAAAUUAUUGGUAUUCUUUGCUUGUUCUGCAGGGUUGGUGACAAUGGUUGCUAAGUUAGAAGGCCAAACACACACAUAUCCUAGGUUACCAUUCACCAGGCUUGUUUAAACUGGCCUAGCAAGAGGGGUUAUUUGUUUUUUUCUGUGACGUGUUUGGUUCCACCGGGAUUUUUAAUUUGUUCUAGCUUAAAAUUAGUCAGAGGGAAAUUGACACAUGCAAAUAAGCAUGCUUCUGGUUCUUCAUUUCUGGCAAUGUGGCAACCCUCAUUUCUAUUCUCGUGGUACAUCCCUAACUUACAUAUAAUAUCUUUGCCUUUUAAACUUAAAAAAGUUUAUGCCUUAAUAAUCUUUUAAAAACACACACACCAUAGGAUUAAGGGCUGAGUACAGUGGUACCUCGGGUUACAUACGCUUCAGAUUACAGACUCCGCUAACCCAGAAAUAGUGCUUCAGGUUAAGAACUUUGCUUCAAGAUGAGAACAGAAAUCGUGCUCCGGUGGUGCGGCGACAGCAGGAGGCCCCAUUAGCUAAAGUGGUGCUUCCGGUUAAGAACAGUUUCAGGUUAAGAACGGACCACCGGAAUGAAUUAAGUACUUAACCUGAGGUACCACUGUAAAGGCAUGGAUCUCAGUGCAAAUGCACUGUCCUCGUAAUUCCUUUGGAUACUGCACAUCCUUUUGCCUCCUGCUUGUUCCUUAUCAACCACAACAUGCAUUGCUGCACUUUGGAUUUGUAGCCAGUAUUUUAAAACAUGUGACUGAAGUAAUCCAGAAUGGAAUUUGAUAGCAAGCUCAAUGGGAGGCCCCUCUUCUCCUUCCCCACCUUUUGCUUCAACCUCACCAGCUAAAGCCUGAAUAUGCCUUAAUGUUUAUAGCCUUCCACUUUUAACUUGCCCGGCUUUUAAACUUUGCCCUUGUGAAAAUGAGAGAGAAUGACAUUAGCAUUCAGAGGGCCUCUGCCCUGCUGAGGAAGAAGGGGAAGCCAGGUUUAUUAACAUGAGAGGACUCUUUGGAAUUUCCCCUAAGUGCAGUCAUUGAGUGUGCCCAGAUCAAGUUGCAGCAUGUACCAGUUGUGUGACCAUACCAAUACAUCACUUUCUCAUUAGGAACAACCCUUUCUAGAAAGAAGAGCUAACUGAGAGGCUGGUUUGAAUCAAAUAAGAGCAAGUUUCCCUUUCACAGCUGUCACUUCUAAUUGGUUUCUAGAGUCUAGAGCUGUCAUUAAUGCCAAAAUUGAACAACUCCAUUUGAAACACCAUUGAACUGCAACAAGUGGUGUAAACAUUCCUGGCCAACUAUUAAAAAAAAUACCACUGGCAAUUUAAUGAAUACAAAGUUGUUGGUUUGUUACGAAUUUUCAGUACACUUAUGCAGGAGUUAGUAUGACCUUUACAUUUUCUCUCUCUCUAGUAAAUGCCUUGGUCUGCUUUUUUAUACCACACUCCACAGCAUGUCAUUACAUCACACACACACACACACACACACACACACACACACACACAAAUUAGUAGUUUGCAAGCAAUAGACCAGAGGAGGAUCCCGUUGUACCUCUCCCAUAUGCUCCCACCGCCUUUGCUACAUAGCUCCAAAUUUUCUCCAAUGAAAACAGAGACACCCUAUCCAAUUAUUAUUAUUAUCUGACUGGGUUGCCCAUCCACUCUUGGCAGCUUCCAACAUAUAUAAAAAUAUACUAAAACAUUAAACAUUUAAAAUCUUCUCUAUACAGGGCUGCCUUCAGAUGUCUCCUUGGCUUGGGGAUUUCAUAACACCAUACCCUCCAACAUUUUUCCAGUGAAAAUAGAAAAUAGAGACACCUUAAAGAAAAGCAGGACAUUCAGGGAUCAAAUCAGAAACCGAGAUGGUUUCUGUAAAUCCAGAACUGUCCUUGGAAAAGAGGAACAAUUGGAGGGUCUGUUGCUAUGGCAACAUUGCUUGUUCACACACCACAUAACUCAAUUUUUGGGGGGGAUUCUCCAUAAUGCUAAGAAUGGACCAGAUUUGUACCGGCCAAGCACUUUCUGCAGUGACUUGUGGCUUCCACUUACCCCAGCCCUGUACAUCUCACGAAUGCACUCUGUGAACCUCGUAUGAAUAUGCAAACAACCAGGUUUUAAAGGUGCAUACACCCUUUAAAAGGAAGGGAAGGAAAACUACUAAUAGUUUGCCUCAGGAUCCACUUAAGUGAUAUGUUGCAAAUGCUAAUUGGCAAGUAAUAUGCUGCAAAUAACAAAUAAUUAAAGGGAACUGGUUUAACAGAAGAAGAAGAAGAAGAAGAGUUUGGAUUUGAUAUCCCGCCUUUCACUCCCCUUAAGGAGUCUCAAAGCGGCUAACAAUAUCCUUUCCCUUCCUCCCCCACAACAAACACUCUGUGAGGUGAGUGGGGCUGAGAGACUUCAGAGAAGUGUGACUGGCCCAAGGUCACCCAGCAGCUGCAUGUGGAGGAGCGAACCCAGUUCCCCAGCUUACGAGACUACCGCUCUUAACCACUACACCACACUGGCUCUCAGGGACUGUUAUCAAGUUAUCAGGGGCUGAAGCACCAAGCUUAAACAUUUCUUCCACCAUAAUGGAAAUGUAGCUAAUUCAUGACAGAAUGAUAUUUCAUGAACAUUUAGAGAUAUCGCAUGAAGAUUAUGAUUAGGCCCUCAUUCCACUAAACUAGCUAAUUAAGUGUGCUUUAGUUCUGUUUUCUUUAGCAGUUAAUUUAGUAAUCUGCCCAUUCUCUAUGUAGUUUAAGACAUAAAAUCUCAAUAACAAUUAUAUACAUUUUAGUACAUGCUUCAAGCAUAUGCAAAUUUAAAAAUGAUGUAAAUACUUCUUGCAGUUGGGGUGGGGCUUAAAUAUUUGUUUAGUAAUACAAAGUUCCUUUCAAAAAGGGGGGAAAUUGACUUCCACAGAAUGUAACAUUCAUAUUGUAACCGAAACAAUCUUUUGAAUUGCACUUGCUACUGUGUUUAUUUUUAUUUUGUUUUAGCCCUUAAAUGCCACUUUUUCAGUAGCUGGGCAAAGCACUUUGUCUGCAGAGGUGUGGGUCUUACAAUGCAGUCCUAUGCACGUCUACUCAGAAAUUAGUCCACUGCAAUUUACUCCUAGUUGUGUAACAUUGCAGCUACCUUAAAAUUUAUUGUUUGAACCAGCUUGUUGUAUCUCGUCAGCCUAAAAUGUAAUUUUCAAAUUGCCAUUUAUAUCUUGGGUACAUUGCAAAUUCAUAUUCAAAUACCUUCCAUCCCAAUUUUAUGAAUCAGUGUACCAGUUCUAGAUGCAGGAUCAGGUUAACAUAGCCUGCAGCUGUGUAAAAAAGGGACCGGGAUGACUUGCCUCCCUUCCAUUGGGCUGAACUCUGUUCCCAAUCCAGUAGCAUUCUGUGUUCCCAAGCUCAAGUUUCUACUCAGGGAUAUGUGUGGCACACAGCCUAAGAGUGGGUUGCAUCAGCAGGCGGGGAUAGAAUAGAGUCCAUUCCUAUGCCCUUCUGCAAAAUCCUGGAGAAUAGCAAAUAGCUGUGGCAGCCAAAAUGAUGGGGCUGUCAUUUUGCAGAACUGAACAUUCUACCUAGGGAGCUGCUACACACAAAAUGUUGCCACAUAUAAAGGAGGCUCUCCAACGUUGGAUUUAAUACAGCUACCAUGCAAGCAUUUAUUUGUUUGAACUUCUUAUUUGAUAGCUUGCCCAUGUCACCCAGCUGAGCUCUGUGGGGACUGAGUGGGGAUUUUCCUUUGCAUUUCCCAUGUCCCAACCUCUCCAUUCCACCACGUAGCUUGCUUGCUGUCAUGAGAAGUCAAUGAGCACUUCAUGCUAGACUCCCAAACUUUCUCUCUGGGUUUUCCCAGCUGGGCGGGGGUGGGGUAGCUGUUUUUCUCUUAAUUGUUUUUGAUGCAUCAAACAGGAUCGUGCUUUUCUGUUGCAAAUGGUUUUCAGAAUAAACCUUGACCACAAUAUAACAGCAAUAGCUCAUUCUGUGGUCUGACGUACAGGAAGUGCUUAUGUCUAACCAAGUACAUGUUUCAAUUUUCCAGAUGACAGAGCAGAGGAAGCAAAAACAGCGUAUUGGUCUCCUAGGACAUCCUGCUUCUAUCAAUGUGAACCCACAGCAACCAGCAUAA